GUGUAACAACCAUGUUCGCACUUCUGAGCAGUUGGAGCAUUCCCAAACCUUGCCUCGGGUGUAGGGAUUGCAGAGAAAAGCAAAACUACACGGUGAAGACCCUGUGUAGUUUUGUUUUGGGGGGUGUUUUAGGGAGGCCAACUCGUUCUCACAUUGGAUUUUUCUGAACCGCUUUCUGGAUAAGGAGAUUGUUUUAGAAGAUUUCACACCUUUGGGCUUCGUCCCUUCAAUUCUAGGCACUCUUGUGAACACAAGGUGCCUACCAACAUGUCAACACAGGCGCCAACGUUUACACAACCGCUUCAGAGCGUUGUGGCACUAGAGGGUAGUGCCGCAACGUUCGAAGCUCAAGUUAGUGGAAAUCCAGUUCCUGAGGUGAGCUGGUUUCGUGAUGGCCAGGUUCUUUCUGCUGCUGCUCUGCCCGGCGUUCAGAUCUCGUUCAGCGAUGGCCGCGCUGUUCUGAUGAUCCCUGCCGUGACAGCCGCACACAGUGGAAGAUUUUCUGUUAGAGCCACCAAUGGAGCUGGACAAGCCACUAGCACCGCUGAACUUCUUGUUACAGCGGAAACUGCGCCGCCCAACUUUACUCAGAGACUACAAAGUAUGACCGUGAGACAAGGAAGCCAAGUGAGACUGGAUGUUCGUGUGACAGGAAUCCCUACACCUGUGGUGAAGUUCUUCAGGGAGGGAGCUGAGAUUCAGAGCUCCACUGACUUUAAGAUCGUACAAGAGGAAGACCUUUACAGUUUGAUGAUUGCUGAAGCCUUUCCAGAGGAUUCUGGAAACUACUCUGUCAGUGCCUCCAACAGCAGUGGCCGUGCCACCUCGACUGCUGAACUACUCGUUCAGGGUGAGGAGGAAGCAGUGCCAGCCAAGAAGACAAAAACGGUUAUUUCCUCCUCUCAGAUUUCACAGUCACGUCAGACAAGAGUUGAGAAGAGAAUGGAGGCUCGCUUUGAGUCGUCCAGUUCAGCCAUGAUGAUUGCGGGAGGUGUUGUCACUGAGCACCUGGCACACAAGACACCCCCACGUGUGCCCCCAAAGCCAACUUCAAGGUCCCCGCCAUCAGCAAUGUCGAGAGUGUCCAGCACUCGUCACCAGUCCCCCUCCCCAGUGAGGCCUGUAAAGGGACCAGCACCAGGCCCCGUCAGGGCUGUGUCCCCAGCCUCCAGACUGUCUGUGUCCCCCAUCCGACCAGUCAAGUCCCCACUCAUGAUUCGCAAACAGGUGAUCCAGACCACAGAGGUGCUGCCACCAUGGAAACAGGCUGGCUUCUUGUCCGAGUCCAGCUACAUGACUUCCGGAGCCAUGCACAGUCAGACCUCGGGAGCCAUGCACAUGCAGACCUCCGGAGCCACGCACAUGCAGACCUCCGGAGCCAUGCGCAUGCAGACCUCCGCAGCCACGCACAUGCAGACCUCCGGAGCCAUGCAGAUUCAGACCUCGGGAGCCAUGCACAUGCAGACCUCCGCAGCCACGCACAUUCAGACCUCGGUCACCCAGUCCGGCUCAUGGGAGAGCUCUUCCAUGCAGCAGUCAGUGAGUGGGAUGGCAGUAAAAGAGGAACAGCAAAUGCCGGAUGACAAAACAGUCGCUGUUGCUACGGUGGUAGCCGCAGUGGACCUUGCUCGUAGUCGAGGGCCCCAAAGUGGCUCUGUCAAGCUGUCUGCUCAUGAGUACAGCGUCACCUCUGCACAAGUUACAUCUGCAGCAGAGCAGAUAGGACAGGGGGAAUCCGAGGACCUAUCUGAUACCACAGUGUCCCUUGACAUCAGUAUUGGUGCACCAUACAUUGAAAGCACCACACUGGAAAUUCCUUCGACUAUAGAGAUCACACAAGAGGUUAAGAAAACUACAACAAUGGUGGCAGAGGUUGGCCAGGCUAGUGAAGCACUACCUGUUAGCUCUCUGGUAGAGCACAGUGAACUGGACACUUCUUCUGUGUCUGGUUGUAACGCAGCCCAGGAGCAGGGUGAGGAUGGGAAAAAGGCUGACGCCGUGGCAACCGUGCUUGCUGCCGUUGAUCACGCACGUGUGCGCAAGCCUGUGCAUGCAGAGAUGGCCGCAGCCGAAGAGGAAACCGUAGAGUUCGAUUUAAAACAGCAGGCCAUGCUCGCCGCUGAGCAACAAGUCAGAGUUAAGACAGAGGCCACACUAAUGCCCUCUGCUGCUCAAGUCUCUUUCACUGAAAAGACUGUUCAUGUGUCCCAGAUCCAAAGAAGCACCGAAACUAGCGCCCAGGUGGAUACUGGCCUGGCUCCUUCCCCAAUACCGCAUUUUACAGUUUCAAAAGUUACUGUGCCUAAACCUGAACAUAGCUAUGAGGUCUCAAUAGCAGGCUCUGCUAUUGCCACUCUCCAGAAAGAGUUAUCCGCCACCCACGGCGGUCAAAAGGUCAUCCAGCCUGUCAAGGCCCCGACUCACAGGGUCGCUGAGAUGAGAGUGACCCCUGAGCCGACACUUCCUCCAUUUAGAGAUGAGCGUUAUCAGGCGCAGUACGACACGCAGUUGCAAACGGAGAUAGGCGAAUCCUACACAGGUGGCAUGGAGCAAGCUUAUGACGAAUGGGAGGCCCAGGUUAUGGAGAUGGCAGCUGUCCCAGCUGCACAAGAGGCAGCUGUGCCACCAACACUUGUUGCUGCUUUGAAAAAUGUCACUGUCACAGAGGGAGAAUCUGUGACUUUGGUGUGCCAAAUUUCUGGAACCCCGGCCCCAACCAUCAUGUGGUUCAGGGAGGACUACAAAAUUGAGAGCACCAUUGAUUUCCAAAUUACAUAUGAGAGCGGAUAUGCCCGUCUGGUGAUCCGCGAGGCCUUUGCUGAGGACAGUGGUCGCUUCACUUGCACUGCUACUAGCCAUGCUGGAACCAUCAGCACAUCUUGCUACCUGCUUGUCAAAAUAUCUGAAGAGAUUGAAACCAGAGAGGAAGUGACCAUAGUCUCUGGACAAGUUAUUUCUGCAGAACAGAAACUUGUCGUAAGUGAGGCCAAGGAGGAGACUAUGUCUGAAAUGAGCGCAGUCUCAGAGACCGUGGAGGUGGUUGAUGGUGUUGCACCUUUCUUCGUGAAGAAGCCCUUCGUACAGAAGCUGGUCGAGGGGGGAAGCGUUUUCUUUGAGUGCCAGGUUGGAGGAACACCCAUGCCUCACAUUUACUGGAAAAAGGGUGGUGUGCCUCUCACAACUGGAUACAGAUACAGAGUAGCCUACAAUAAGGAGACUGGCGCCUGCAAGCUGGAGAUCUCCAUGACCUUUGCUGAUGAUGCAGGAGAGUACACCAUUGUGGCAAGGAAUCAGAUGGGAGAGUCAUCUGCCUCUACUAACCUUCUUGAAGAGGAGGAAUAUGACGCCUACAUGAAGCAACUUGAGGUGACUUACAAGACAGAAGUGACUACCAUGGUGCAGGAACCCAGAGCAGGGGAUCUGCCCCCUGUGAUAGUGAGUGAUUAUGAGAAAGAGCAGCAAUUUCUCAUGCAGAAGAGGACAACAUAUAUUUCUGGACAGGAAUUCCAAAUAUCUGCUUUUGAGCAGAGAAUAAUCCAAGAGAUUGAGAUUCGCAUCCUGAAGAUUACCUACCAACAGCUGGUGAUUGAAGAUGGGGAAGAGAUGGUCAUAAAUGUGGCCGAACAUGAAGCACAACAGCCAAGCUUUGACACACCAGUCAAAAACUACAGAAUCCUGGAAGGCAUGGGUGUCACAUUCCACUGCAAAAUGGCCGGCACCCCACUGCCCAAGAUUGCUUGGUACAAAGAUGGAAACCGCAUCAGGCACGGGGGCCGUUAUCAGAUGGAGUUUCUUCAAGAUGGAAGAGCCAGUCUGCGCCUGCCAGUGGUGCUGCCAGAGGAUGAGGGUGUCUACACCGCUUAUGCUUGCAAUAUGAAGGGCACUUCUAUUUGCUCCGCAAAGCUGUACAUGGAGCCUUCUGCUCCUCAGGGGCCUCAGCCCUAUCAUCCCCAGUCAGAGGCCAUGCAAAGAAUUAGGUCCACAUCUCCUCGUUCCACCAGCUUCUCUCCUGGACGUUCACCCAGCUUCUCCCCUGGACGUUCCCAAAGCUUUUCUCCAGCACGUUCUCCUGGACGUUCCCCAUCCCGUAGGCUUGAUGACACCGAUGCAAGUCAGCUUGAGAGGCUAUACAAGCCUGUGUUUGUCUUGAAGCCGUCCUCCUUCAAGUGCUCUGAGGGACAGACUGCAAGAUUUGACCUGAAAGUUGUUGGCAGACCCAUGCCAGACACAUUCUGGUUCCACAGUGGUCAACAGGUGGUUAAUGACUAUACCCACAAGAUAGUCAUAAAGGAAGAUGGAACACAGUCUUUGAUUGUGGUUCCAGCCAUGCCCAGUGACUCUGGUGAAUGGACAGUUGUGGCCCAGAACAGAGCUGGAAAAACUACUGUUUCUAUGACUCUCACAGUUGAUGCUAAGGAAAACUUGGUCAGACCCCAGUUUAUUGAGAAGCUGAAGAACAUCAGUGUCAAAGAGGGCACUUUGGUUGAGCUGGCUGUCAAAGCCAUUGGAAACCCCCUCCCUGAUAUUGUAUGGCUGAAAAACAGUGAUAUCAUUUCAUCUCAUAAAUAUCCUCAAAUCAAGAUUGAGGGCAUCAAAGGAGAAGCACAGUUCAAAAUUCCCUCAGCUGCUGGAUUAGACAGUGCCUGGUACACUGCUACAGCCAUUAACAAAGCCGGACGGGACACCACACGCUGCAGGGUCAAUGUUGAGGUUGAGUUCAGUGAACCUGAGCCUGAACGGAGACUCGUUAUUACAAAGGGAACCUACAAGGCCAAGGACAUUGCUGCUCCGGAGUUGGAGCCACUGCACCUUCGCUAUGGUCAGGAUCAGUGGGAGGAGGGUGACCUCUAUGACAAAGAAAAACAGCAGAAGCCCCAUUUCAAGAAGAAGCUGACAUCAGUCAGACUGAAGCGCUUCGGACCUGUGCACUUUGAAUGCAGACUGACCCCUAUUGGUGACCCCAACAUGGUGGUGGAGUGGCUGCAUGACGGCAAACCCUUAGAAGCAGCUAACAGGUUGCGCAUGGUCAGUGAAUUCGGCUAUAGCAGCCUUGACUACGAGGGUGCAUACGCAAGAGACAGUGGCGUCGUCACCUGCAGGGCCACCAACAAAUUUGGUGUUGAUCAGACCUCUGCCACACUGAUUGUGAAAGACGAUAAAGGCCUUGUUGAGGAUACCCAGCUACCAGAUGGCAGGAGGGGCCAAAGAAUGGACGAGAUGGAACGCAUCGCCCAUGAGGGCGGCCCCAGUGGCGUGACCGGAGAUGACUACUCAGAGAAAACAAAACCAGAAAUUGUCUUGCUUCCAGACCCAGCACAAGUCUUGGAGGGACAGAACGCUAAAUUCCGCUGCAGAGUGACUGGGUAUCCAGCUCCCAAAGUCAACUGGUACCUUAACGGACAGCUUAUCCGCAAGAGCAAAAGGUUCAGGCUUCAGUAUGAUGGUAUUUACUACCUUGAGAUUACUGACAGCAAGUCCUACGACACUGGUGACGUCAGAGUUGUAGCCGAGAAUCCUGAAGGUGUUGUCGAGCACACUGUGAAGCUGGAGAUCAAACAGAGGGAGGACUUCAGAACCGUCCUGAGACGGGUCCCUGAGGUUAAACCCACAAUGGAACCCCAGGGAGAGCACGGUAGAGUGCCUUUUUCAGUCAUGAAGGUUGACAAGCCCACAGAUGUGGGCCGGGAGAAAGAGGUAGUAAAACUACGAAAAGUUGACAGAGUUGUCCAUGACAUAUCGACAGAGGAGACUGAUGAGCUGAGAGGCAAAUUCAAACGCAGGACAGAGGAGGGUUACUAUGAGGCUAUCACUGCUGUUGAGCUCAAGAGUCGCAAGAAGGAUGAGUCUUAUGAGGGUAUGCUUAAGAAGAGGAAAGACGAGCUUCUUCACCAUAUAAAGGACAUUCCUGAGUCUGAGAGGAAGAAGGAAGAAGAACAAGGCAAAGUCACCAUACCCAGCUAUAAACCAGAGAGAGUGGCUCUCUCUCCAAGCAUGGAGGCUCCCAAGAUCCUAGAACGCAUCCAGAGCCAAACCGUUGCUAUUGCAGACGAAGUUCACUUCCGUUGUAGAGUUGUUGGAAAGCCAGAGCCAGAAUGCCAGUGGUUCAAAAAUGGUGUGCUGCUGGAGAAAUCUGACAGAGUUUACUGGUACUGGCCUGAAGACCAUGUCUGUGAGCUGGUGAUCAAAGAUGUGUCUGCAGAAGACUCUGCUAGCAUCAUGGUCAAAGCUAUCAACAUCGCUGGAGAGACCUCUAGCCAUGCAUUUUUGUUGGUGCAAGCCAAGCAAGUUAUUUAUUUCACUGAAGAGAUGGAAGAUGCCGAAGCCAAAGAGAAGGACACCAUGGUUACCUUUGAGUGUGAAACAAAUGAGCCUUUUGUUAAAGUCAAAUGGCUGAAGAACAAUGCUGAGAUUUUCUCUGGUGACAAAUAUAGGAUGCACUCUGACAGAAAAGUACAUUUCUUGUCUGUUCUGGUAAUCAACAUGAAGGAUGACGAUGAGUAUUCUUGCGUUGUUAUUGAGGAUGACCAUGUAAGAUGUUCUGCCAGACUCCAUGUGGAAGGUGCCCCACUUGACAUUGUGAAGAAACUGGAGAGUGUUGAAGUUCCUGAAACAUAUGCUGGAGAAUUUGAGUGUGAAUUGUCCCGUGAAGAUGCUGAGGGAACCUGGUACUUUGGAAACAAGGAGAUCACUCCCAGUUUGAAAUAUGUUGUCUUCUCUCGUCGCGGACGACACACCUUAUCUGUUAAAGAUGUGAAGAAAGAGGAUCAAGGAAAAUACACUUUUAAAGUUGGAACUUUGAGCACAAGUGCUUCCCUGAAGAUGAAAUUGCGUCCUAUUACACUCAUGCAAGGCCUCUCUGACCUGACUGUCUGUGAGGGUGAUAUUGCUCAGCUGGAGGUACGCUUCUCACAGGAGAAUGUCGAGGGGACAUGGAUGAGAAAUGGACAACCCAUCGCAGCCUCAGACAGAAUUCACAUUGUCAUCGACAAAUUGGUUCAUAAGCUGCUCAUUGAAAAUGUCAACAGAGAUGAUGCAGGAAUGUAUUCCUUUGUUGUUCCUGCUCAUGACAUUUCCAGUACUGGAAAGCUCACCGUUCAAACUAUUGGUAUCUUGGCACCACUCAAGGACAUUACAUCCGUUGAGGGCACCAAGGCUGUGAUAGAGGCUAAGAUCUCUGCUUCUGACGUCAGCUCAGUGAAAUGGUACCACAAUGACAAGCAGGUGAUGGCCAGUGACAGAAUCCAGAUAGUGGCAAAGGGAACCAAACAACGUCUGGUGCUCACCAGGUCCUUUGCCUCUGACGAAGGUCAAUACAAGCUGGUUGCUGGCAGAGUUGACACAAGCUGUAAAGUGACCAUUGAAAAAAUUUCUAUUGUUAAGCAAAUGGAGGACCGUGUUUGCACAGAAACCCAGAAUGUGACUUUCGAGGUGGAGUUGUCUCACGCUGGUAUUGAUGCCCUUUGGACCCUGAGGAACCAGCCACUCAAGGCUGGUCCCAAGUACAAGAUAGAGUCCAAAGGCAAACGCUACAGCCUUACAGUCGUCAAUACUAUGAAGGAUGAGGAGGGGCAGUACAUGUUUGCUGCUGGGGAGAAGACAUCCAGUGCAAAACUGACUGUAUCAGGUGGUGCCAUCAACAGACCCCUUCAGGACCAGACUGUGGCUGAAUCCCAGAGUGCCGAGUUUGAGUGUGAGGUCGCCAAUGCCAGUGCCCGAGGGAAAUGGCUGAAGGACGGCCAGGUCGUUGACUUCAGUGAUAAUAUCCGCAGUGAGGACAAAGGUGCUGUGAGGCGCCUUAUUAUUGUCAUCACCAGAACACAAGACGUUGGUGAAUACACCUACCAGGUGGCCAACUCCAAGACAACAGCCAACCUGAAAGUUGAAGCUGUGAAAGUGAAGAAGACUCUUAAGAACCAAACUGUCACUGAGACUCAGGAGGCUGUGUUCAGCCUGGAGCUCACCCAUGAGAAUGUGAGGGGGUCUCAGUGGACCAAGAACGGCAUUGAGCUUGUUCCAAGUGACAAGUAUGAAAUCUCCAUGGAAGGCAUGGUGCACACCCUAAAGAUCAAGAACUGCAACACACAAGAUGAAUCAGUCUAUGCUUUCAAAUUGGGAAAGCUCUCGGCUAAUGCCAGACUGAAUGUUGAGACAAUCAAAAUUGUGAAGAAGCCCAAAGACAUCACCUGUCUGUUGGAUGCCGCUGCUUCCUUUGAAUUGAGCCUAUCCCAUGACAACAUCCCAGUGAAAUGGAUGUUCAACAACAUUGAACUGAAGCCAAGUAACACCUGCCAGAUACUGUCAGAGAGGAAAGCACAUAAACUUAUCAUCCAAAAUGUUGACAGCAGCAAGGCUGGGGAAUACACUGCUGUAGUUGGACAUCUGCAAUGCAGUUCUUAUCUACAUGUUGAAUCCCUGUGUGUCACAAAGCCAAUGAAGAACAUUGAAAUCCCUGAGACCCACGUGGCAACCUUUGAGUGUGAAGUGUCACACUUCAACGUCCCAUCCACAUGGCUGAAGAAUGGUGUGGAGAUCGAGAUGAGUGAGAAGUUCAGGAUUGUGGUGCAGGGGAAGCUCCACCAGCUCAAGAUCAUGAACACCAGCAGACAAGACUCAGCAGAGUACACCUUCACCUGCGGAAAUGACAAAGUCUCUGCUACACUGACAGUUAGCCCCAUUUUGAUCACCUCCAUGCUUAAAGAUCUCAAUGCUCAGGAGAAAGACACUAUUACCUUUGAGGUUACUGUCAAUUAUGAAGGCAUCACCUAUAAAUGGUUGAAGAACGGUGUAGAAAUUCGGUCCACUGACAGGUGUCAGACCCGAAGCAAGCAACUCACCCACUCUCUCACCAUACGCAAUGUGCACUUUGGUGACAGUGCGGACUACAAGUUUGUUGCUGGAGCAGCAGAAACAGCUGCAAAACUCUAUGUUGAUGCUCGUGUGAUUGAGUUCACAAAACACAUCAAAGACAUCAAGAUAACUGAAAAGAAAAAGGCCAUAUUUGAAUGUGAAGUCUCUGAACCUAAUAUCCAGGUGACAUGGAUGAAAGAUGGACAGGAACUUGAAAUAUCCGAAAGAUACAAGGUUACCACAGAGAAAUGCCUGCAUCGUCUGAUGAUUCAGACUGUCCGCAUGUCUGACGCUGGAGAGUACUCUGUGGUUGCUGGGUCCAGUGUGUCAAAAGCUCAUCUUACCGUUGAGGGCCGUGAUAUCCGGAUCACAGAACCUGUCGAGAAAGAGAUCACGGUUGUUGAGAAACAUAGAACUACAUUUGAGUUUGAAGUCAAUGAGGAAGACAUUGAAGGCCGCUGGCUGAGGAAUGGAGUUGAAAUCCAUAUUCUCUCAGAGGAGCGGUUCACCUAUGUGACCAUUAGGAAGACCCACCGCCUGUCAAUCACUGAGACCUUCAGAACUGAUGCUGGGGAGUACACCUUUAUCGCUGGCAAGAACAGGAGUGUGGUCACGCUUCAUGUAAAAAUUCCUGAGCCACCCAGGAUCAUUCGCCAGAUGGAGCCUCUCACCGUUGAGGCUGGCAAGCCUGCCCGCUUCACCGUGGAGGUGACAGGAAUCCCUCAGCCUCAGGUGGCUUGGUACAAGAACUCCCAGGCCCUGACAGCUGGAUUCAAGUGCAAGUUCCUUCGAGAUGGGAAUGAGCACACACUGCUGUUGAUCGAGGUCUUUCCAGAGGAUGCUGCAGUCUAUAACUGUGUGGCCACAAAUGACUUUGGCCAGGCAACUAGCUCUGCUAAUCUUACUGUGGAAGUCUCUGAAGUGGUGUCCCCUGACUCAGGUGCUCCUCUCUCUCCCCCUGUCAUCAUCUCUCCAAUUCACAAUGCCUCUGCCAAGGAGGGUGAAUCUGUCAGAUUCCAGUGCCGUGUCUCUGGGGAUGAUCUGAAUAUCUUGUGGUACUGCAAAGAUAAGGAGAUCAAGCAGUCCGACUUCUUCAGGAUGUCCCAGUUUGACGAUAACUGCAAACUUGAGAUCGCCAGGGUUUACCCUGAAGAUGAGGGGGAGUACACUUGUGUUGCCCGUAACUCCGCAGGAAUGGUAUCAUGCUCUGCAGUUCUGAAACUUGAUGGAGAAAAGUACGCUCAGGACACUGCAUCCAAACAGUGGCAUGCCACAUCCAGUCUCUCCACAAGCAUAUCAAGUGUUAAGAAGGAACCAAUUGGUCAAAGUCCCACUUUCAUGCAGCCUAUCUUGAGCUGCUCCGUAUAUCACGGGGAAGUGGCCAGAUUCCAUGCUUGUGUGUCCGGUAUGCCGAAGCCAGAAAUCUGCUGGUAUCACAACCAGGAACCCAUAAGGCCAACCAAAAAUGUUGUCUUCCAUUUCGAUGAGAUGACAAACACUGCCACACUUAUCAUAGUUGACGCUUUUUCUGAGCAUGCCGGACUGUACACAUGCAAGGCAAUCAAUAGCACAGGAGAGGCGGUUUGCACAGCUAUCCUGACCGUAACUACAGAAGUGCCGAAAGUGCAAGAGGUGAUUGAAGCCAAAAUUGAGGAAGAAGUCAAAGAAUUUUCUAGCGUGACUGUGACGACUGAAGAACAAGAAGAAACCUACAGCAGUGCCCUCCAAAUACCUGAAAAAUCUAAAACACUUGAACUCAAGCCAGAGCAAAAAAUGUACUCAAGUUCUAUAGAAAAGAAAAAAGAAAAGCCCAUUUUUAUUACCCAGCUUGCUCCUGUAGCUGCCACAGCAGGAGACACGGCUCGACUCACUGUCACCAUUUCUGCUUUCCCAAAACCAAAGGUUCAGUGGUUUCAUAAUGGCAGAAUUAUUACAUCAUCCUCUGUCUAUACAUUCAUAGAAAAUAAAGAUGUGUACACAUUGAUUAUCUCAGGAGUUAAGAAAGAAUAUGAGGGAGAAUACUCUUGUGUCGCAACUAACAAAUUUGGCAAGACAACUUGUACGACCACACUUAACGUAAACGUAAGUGAUGCAACAGAAGCAGAGAGGUGGGUUGAACAAAUGUUCAAGAUACCUGGCCAACCUCCACGUUUCGUCACACCGAUUGAAUCAGUGCAAAGUGCAGAAGGUGGGGAGGCGAAAUUUCAGUUUAAAGUGAGCGGGGCACCACUCCCCGAAGUUCAGUGGUUUAAAGGUAGUUUCCAAAUCCAGCCGAGUAAACGUAUAACGAUAGUGUACAACCCUGACGGCUUAGGCUUUAUGAGUAUGACUGGCCUCCAUCAGCAAGACAGUGGGCUCUACACAUGCAGAGCAUCUAACUCUUUUGGAGAAGCCUCCAGCAGUGCUGAACUGAUUGUCUUCCGUGAAACUGUUUCUGUGUCACGCCACAAAGAAAAGGCAGUCACCCAGAAGCAGAAAGGCUACAAAGUUUCAACGACCGAACAGGCGACUGAGUCCCGCCUGUACAUGGUUAAUAUCCCAGGCGAGACAAGAGAGCAGGCAGGACGUGAAAUGAUCUACACUAUUGGCACUGAGGAUAGACAGGUUGUUGCCAGUGAACAGGUGGAUACCUUAAGAGAGGUAGAUAUUUCUGCUGCCACCAUUCAUAGAGAGCAAGUAACCCACCAGGCUGCAGUGUUGCAGUCUCAUGAGGUGCAAGAGAGAGUGUCCAUGGGUCCCCCUCGGCCGCAGCCAGUUGUAGCAACUCCAGUGAAACAGAUUCAUACGGCUUCUCUAACGUCUGCCGUUGAGGAAAAUCAGGGCUUCAUAGAGCAACACUCUGAACGCAUCAAAAGCCCUGAGAUUACAGAGUUAGAAAUGGCAAGAGAACGGCCCUCAAAAAUGAUGUCUGCGAUAUCUGAAAACAUAACCCCUUUUACAAUAGUAAAAGCUGGACCUUUAGCUAAGAGAGAAGAGGAAAAGACAGAGUCAACUCGGGAACCCAAACACCCUCUCAGUAGUCAUCAGGUUGAGACUACACUUUCAAUUAUGAAAGAGGACUCGCAGACAAUUCCAGCACCACAAGUAGAGAAAAGUUACAAAGUCAAAGAAGGUGUGAAAAUUCUAUAUUCUGCCAUUUCAACAGAGAAACAGGAAAUCACUGAGGGCCACUCUACAGAAUUAGCCACCUCAGACUCAGCUAUACAAUCUUCUGUGAAAAAGGAAAAAUCAAAACCUGUUAUUCUUUCAGUAAGUGAGACUAAACAUACAUUAUCCAAAGAGGAGAGAUUUACCAUAUCGAGACCAGAAGAAGAGGUGGCGUACAGCGCCAAAGACAGUGUAUUUAAGACUGCUCUUUCAGCAGAAGAGAAGCGAGAGCUACAGGCGGAGCGCAUGGGUGAACUUCCUGGUUUAGACAGUGCUGUGUCAGUGCACUCAGAGAGGGAAGGAGAGCAAAUCUUGCACCUACAGGUGAUUAGUGAUCAGGGUAUUUUGCCUUCAGAGGGCAGGUUUACCUGUGAGAAACCAUCUGAGGAACAGGCAGAUGUUAGGAAGAGUCCCACCCUGCUCCACUCGAUAUCUACAGACGAGCAGAGAACUGUAACUUGUGAGGACUCUGCACACUUUUCUUCCGAAAAGACCACAAUGACUCUGCAGCCUCAGAAAGAGCCCUUUGGGACCUUGCACCUUCAGUCUAUUCAGUCAGAAAGUGCCUUGACCAAAGAGGGAAUGAUAUCCUUUGAGAAGCCAGACCAGCAGGUGGCAGCACAGAGGCAGGAGAAAGCUCGUAGACAUGCAGUUACAACAGAGGAAAAGAGGGAGAUGACAGCAGAUUACUAUGAGACCCUUGACACGUCCGUCACAGGUCUUCAGCCUGAGCACAAAAAAGAGCCAAAGCCUCAGAGUAUACUUCAGGUCAUCUCAGAACCCAUGCAACUACCUAAAGAAACACCUUUCUCGACUGAUAUGAAACAGCAACGUGCGUUAGUGCAGAAGGAAGACCGCUGGAAUAUUGUACAUGUUACUUCUGUGUCAGACAGGCAAGAUUUGGAGGAGGGCCACACCGAUGAUUUGGGGUCAGUUGAGAAAUUCACAUGUAAGACAGAUGUGGAGCCAAAACUACCCUCGGAAUCCAUCAGUGUAGAGGAGAGAGCAGUCUCCACAGAGAGCAGUGUGGCUCUUGAGGCAGCGGAACAAGAUUUUGCAGUCCAAAUUCAGGAGGGUCAGUCUGUCAGACAGUCUAUCAUUAUGGAUGAGAAACGCAUUUUGACUGGAGAGCAGUCUAAACAAAUCUCUAAGUCUGAAACAACAACAGCAAGUGUAGUGAAGCAGAGCAAAAGUGCCUUCAUGGUAUCAGAAUCUAGUGAGAGCCAGACCCUUCCGAAAGAGCUCACUUUUGUGAUCCAAGCACCAAAAUCAUUCACCUUGGAUGUCCGGCGUCAGCUAAAGAGUUCACUACAGUCUGCUGUGGCACGAGAUCAACCGCUGAUACUGGCAGAUGUUGUGCAGAGUUUAGCAGUCGUAGAAGUACAAGAGGUGAAGGUACUUAGAGAGCCAAAAUAUGCAAAGUACACAUACCUCAUCACAACAACAGGUGCACCUAUCGAGAUCACAAUUGCCUUUGAGGGUGACUAUCCUCAAACUGCAGAUCUGAAAAGUGAGCUUCAGGCUGCUUUCUACUCCAUAGUCUAUCGAGAGCAGCAUGUUCUGACAUCUGAACAGCCUGGCACAAUGCAAGUUGAUAGGCCUCAGAGAUUGCAGGUUACUAAGGCCUCCUCAAAAGAAAUCCUCUCACCCAUGGUGCAAACAGUCCAGACGAGUGAGAAUGUGUCAGAUAUUGCAUCGCCCAAGGCACAGUCUGCGGCGAUUAAAACUGAAACCAAAGCUUCCUUCCAGACAGUAACAACACAGGGGCAAACUAUUGUGCAAGAGUCAAAAAGAACCAUGGUGCAAAUGACCACUGAAUCAAAAUUAGAAAUCGAAAAGUCCAUUGAGAUUUCUUCUCAGGAAAGCAGAUCUGUGACAAUAUCGGGCCGUGAGAGAGAUGUUGGUGCAGCUGCUAUUACUAUAGACGUUCCUUUUGCACCAGUACCUGUUGAGCAGUCAGUAGAUAUCCACAUUAAACAUGAGAAAACGCAGGAAUUCCUUACAGAAGAGACCAUUAAAACAACCAAAAUUACUGAAAAGGUUGGUAAAUAUGCCCCAAUAUUUGAAACUGAAUUGGAAGAUAUUACAGUGGAGGAAAAAGGCAAAGUCACUUUUACAGUAAGCGUAAAAUUUGUUAAAAAUGUCAAUUGGAUGUUCAAUGGAAAAUUGAUUAAAUCUGGCAAAGAGUUCAAGUGUUCCAAACAAAAUAACACAUAUACACUAGUGAUCGACAAAGUAAUCAAGGAGAAGCAUGAAGGAGAGUAUGUCUGUGAGGCAGAGAAUGAAGGCGGCAAGACUUCAACAUCUUCAACACUCACAGUUGUCUCAAGAGUACCACCUGUUUUCAGGCACAAAAUCCAUCCCCUGGAAAUCAAUGUUGGCGUCAAUGCCAAAUUUGAGUGCGAGACAGAAGAUGCACCAAGUAUCACUUUCAAGUGGUACAAGUCUGGCUCCGAGAUCAGACAGAGUGAGAAGUACAGGAUCCUCAGCCGUAGCACCACAUCCUCUUUUGAGAUUCUCAACCCAGGCAAGGUGGACACGGCUGAAUAUACCUGCAAAGCUUCCAACCAGCAUGGAAGCGACAGCUGCGCUGCUAGUCUCAACGUGACUGAAGUCUUCCCACCAGAAUUUGUUACAAAACCUGAUCCUAUGACACUGUUUGUGGGCAAACAAGCCAAAUUCCAAUGUGUAGUCAAUGGGUCUACUCCAAUGAAUGUUUUAUGGCAUAAAGACAACAUUGCCAUUUCACCUGAUGACCAUUAUAAAAUAUCCUCGGAUAAGAACAAAUACACUCUUCUGAUUAGCAAACUUGAGCAGAACGAUCAGGGUACAUAUCUGUGCAAAGCAUCAAACAGUGUCGGGACAGCUACGUGUUGCACAGAGCUGAAGGUUAUUGACAAACCCAGCUUUGUAAAGACUUUUGAGUCUGUGUCAGUAGCAGUGGGUAACCCACUGUGCCUUGAGUGUCUGGUGAAUGAAGACACUGGAGUCAUCAUUACCUGGAUGAAAGAUGGCAAAAAGAUUCACAACACCAUGGAUUGUAAACUCUCUUUUGAGGAAAAAACAGCCAGUCUUGAAAUUCUAAAAGGCAAACUAAAAGAUACUGGCAAAUAUGUCUGCACUGCAGCAAACGAUGCAGGAAGCAGUGAAUGUUCAUCUGCGGUAACUGUACAAGAGCCUCCAACGUUUCUUAAGAGGCUUGAACCAAAGAUUCUUUGGAAACAGGGUGUAUCUGCACGCUUACAGUGCACAGUCAAAGGGACACCUGAGCUCCAUGUAACAUGGUUUGUUGACGACAGACAGCUCAGCACUUCAGACAAGCACAAAAUCACUUUUGCGGAUGGCAAAGCCACUCUGGAGAUUAAUAGUCUUGUCGAAUCGGACAGUGGAAAUUACACUUGUGAAGUGCUAAAUGAGGCUGGCUGUGAGAGCUGUAGCUCACAUGUGACAGUCAAAGAACCUCCUUCUCUCAAAAAAGAACUAAAAACGCUUGAGGUAGUCAAGGGAACCACUGUCCAGUUUGAAUGUGAAGUUACUGGCACAGCACCGUUUGAAGUCACCUGGUUAAAGAACAAGAAACCAGUCAGCACUGACAAGAAGCACAAUGUUGUUUCAAAAGAUUCCUGUGCUUAUUUGGAGAUCCGUUCUUUUGAAAGUGCAGACGUGGGUGAUUAUCAGUGUUGUAUAUCAAACGAUGUGGGUAAAAUCACUUCAAAAUCAGUUGCUAAAUUGAAAGAUCCACCAACAUUUGUAAAGAAAGUUGAAAACACAACAGCAGUUUUGGGCAGUGCUGUUAAACUUCAGGGCACUGUUAAGGGCUCUGCCCCAAUCUCUGUGAAAUGGCUAAAGGACUCUGACUUGCUGACAGAGGUGGAUCCCAAUAUCAAAAUUACAUUUGAAAACAACAUUGCUCAAUUGGCCAUUGCCAGUGUUGCCAUAACCCAUGGUGGUAAAUAUACCUGCCAAGCAGAAAAUGAGGCUGGUCAACAGAAAUCUGAAGCCACGUUAUCUGUCCAAGAACCAGCUAGGAUUGUUGACAGACCACCAUCUAUCAGUGUUACUGUUGGAGCCCCUGCAACUCUGGAGUCCACAAUUUCAGGGAGCCCAGAUCUUAAAGUCAAAUGGCUCAAAGAUGGAAAAGAAAUGACAUCAGGCCGAAAAUACAAAAUUACGCUAAAAGACAAUGUAGCCACCUUAAAAAUUCUUUCAGCUGAAAAAGGCGACAAUUGUGAAUACAGAAUGGAGGUGGCUAAUCGUGUUGGAAAAGAUGAAUGCUCCUUUGCUGUAACUGUGCUAGAUCGAAUCAUACCACCUUCCUUCACAAAAAUGCUUAAAAAGGUCGAUGGAAAUGUUGGAGGCGAUGCUAUUAUGGAAUGCAAAGUGUCUGGGUCACAACCCAUGACCGUAUCUUGGUUCAAGGAAGGAAAGGAGAUCACAUCAGGGAUGAAAUACCAGACUGAAUUUAAAGAGAGCACAGCAUCACUGAAAAUAUUACGUUUAGAGACUGUUGAUGCUGGGGCAUAUACAUGUCGGGCAAAUAAUUCUGCUGGACAUGCGGAAACAAGUGGGGCCCUGCAAGUGAAAGAACCCCCAGUCUUCACAACCAAACCAGAAACCCAGGAUGUCAUCCCAGGAUCUACAGUCGUUUUUAAAUCUGUCUACUCUGGAACAGCUCCAUUCAAUGUGAAAUGGUUCAGAGAAGAAAAGGAAAUUCUAACAGGAGGCGCGUGCUUCAUCAAGAAAGAGACCUCCUCAAGCACACUGGAGCUUCACUCUGUGAAGCCAUCUGAUUCCGCUAAAUACAUUUGCCAAGUGUCGAAUGAUGCCGGAAAAGUGGUUUGCACCACUGUCUUGUUCGUGAAAGAACCUCCAAAGUUUGUGAUGAAGCUCGACUCCACAAAACUUUUAAUGAUUGGAAACCCUGUAACUUUAGAGUGCAAAGUAACUGGCAGCCCUCCUAUCAAUAUUAAGUGGCUUAUGAAUGACACUGAAAUCAGCUCCAAUGACAAAUAUCAAAUGACCUUUGUCGACUCAGUUGCUACCCUCAAGAUGGUCAAUUGCAACAUUGAUGAUAGUGGCAGUUAUAUAUGCAUGGCAUCAAAUGAUGCUGGUAGUGACCGUUGCAGCUGUAUGAUUACUGUCAAAGAGCCGCCAGCAUUUUUUCGGUGUUUUGAAUCCAAGGAGGUUGUCAAAGGCUCUGAUGUUGUACUAGAAGGUUUGGUCUCAGGUUCAGCUCCAUUUGAGAUGUCUUACUUCAAAGACUCAAAACAGAUCAGGAAUGACAGGAGGCACAUCAUGAGCCUGAAGAACGACAUUGCGACUCUCAACAUUCUUAAAUUUGAUGGCAGUGAUGUCGGAAAAUAUCAGUGCACAGUAGCAAAUGAUGUAGGGAAGUCAUCUUGUGAUUUCCAGUUUUCUCUAAAAGAGCCACCAUCAUUCGUCCAGAAGAUUGAAAACACAAAUGCCGUUCUUGGCAAAGAGAUAACUAUGCAGUGUGUAUUGAAAGGAUCCGUGCCAAUGACUGUGACCUGGAUGAAGGAUGACCAUGAGGUCAAAGAUUCUGAGCAUGUACAGAUUUCGUUUGAAAACAGAACAGCAGUCUUAUAUAUCAGCAGUGUUCAGUUGAAACACAGUGGCAAGUAUACUUGUAUGGCACAGAAUGAAGCUGGAAGCCAGAAAUGCAUUGCAACAUUAGUAGUAAAAGAACCGGCAAAUAUCACAGAGCCAGCUAAGUCUAUCAACGUCACAGCAGGGGACCCCGCUACUCUUGAGUGCAGGUUCUCAGGGACUAAACCCCUUACUGCCAAAUGGUGUAAAGAUGGAAAAGAGUUGACAUCAGGCAAAAAAUACAAAGUGCAAAGCACUGACAAGAACUCAAUCUUAAAGAUUUUGUCCACAGACAAAAGUGAUAGUGGAGAAUACAUGUUUGAGAUUUCCAACGAUAUUGGAAGUGGCACUUGCGAUGCUGCUAUCACAGUUCUAGAUCAAAUAAUCAAGCCAUCGUUCACAAGGACGCUUAAAGAAUUGGAAAGCAUCAAAGGAUCUUUUGCCCAAUUGGAGUGUCUCGUCUCUGGCUCCUUGCCCAUUACUGUGCAUUGGUACAAAGACAAUAAGGAAGUAGAGGUUGAUGAGAAGCACAAAUGCAUAUUUUUUGAAAAUGCCGCUUCUCUGGAAAUUACCCGCCUUGUUAGUGGUGACAGUGGCACGUAUACCUGCAUUGCUGAAAACAAAGCGGGCAGUGAUCAGUGCUCUGGCAUUUUGCGAGUUAAAGAGCCCCCCUCAAUUGUUGAAAAGCCUGAGUCUAUGGAGGUAAUCCCUGGAUCAAGGGUGAAGUUCAAUGUACUUAUUGCUGGCACUCCACCCCUGACCAUCAAAUGGUUUAAGUCCAACAAGGAGAUCACAACAGGGGUAGACUGUGCCAUUCAAAAAGAUGAUUCCUCCACCUCUUUGGAGCUCUUCUUUGGCAAGACGUCAGACUCCGGGGAUUAUAUCUGUGAAAUCAGCAAUGAUGUUGGCUCAGACAAAUGCCAAGCAACCCUUUUUGUGAAAGAACCUCCGAAAUUCACACGAAAGCCAGAAGGGGUGUCUGUUGUAAGGCCUGGCCAGAAUGUUGUGUUUGAAUGUCAGGUCAUUGGAACUCCUGAAAUAGAUAUCUAUUGGUUCAAAGAUGGAAAUGAGUUAAGUCCAAGUAAUAGAUAUAAAAUGGACUUUUCUAACUCUCUGGCACGGCUUGAGAUAACUGGUUCUGAAAUCAAAGACAGUGGAGUUUACUACUGUGAGGCACGCAAUGAAGCUGGCAGCGAAAGCUGUAGCAUGGAGUUUAAAGUAAAAGAGCCUCCAGCCUUUAUCAAGCCAUUAACACCUGUUGAGGUUGUAAAUGGUGCAAGUACGUCCUUUGAGUGUCAGGUUACUGGAAGUGCUCCUUUUGAGAUAACUUGGCACAAGGACUCAAAGGAGAUCAAACUGAGCUCAAAGCACGUAAUGUCAAAGAAAAAUGAGUCGUUAUAUCUUGAAAUCCAGAAAUGUGACGCUUUAGAUGUCGGCGAAUAUCAGUGUACGGUGGCAAAUGAAGUGGGAAGUUGCUCUUGCCAAGCCGAACUUAGCAUAAAAGAACCACCAUCAUUUGUAGAGAAGAUUCAGAAUGUUGCCAUUGUCCUCGGGAAAGUGGCCGAGUUGAAGUGUGUUGUAAAGGGAUCUGUCCCCUUGAGUGUGCAGUGGCAAAAAGAUGAACAGUGGAUCUUGGAGGAUCCAAAGAUUGAAAAGAUGUUUGAUGGUAGCGUGGCUAUUCUGAGAAUUCCAGUCUGUGAGUCUUGUCACAGUGGAAGGUACACUUGUCAAGCUGUUAACGAAGCAGGACAGGAGAAAUGCUUUGCAACCCUUCUGGUGCAAGAGCCCCCACAGAUAAUUGAAAAGCCAGAGGUGAUCAAUGUCACUAUUGGCGAUCCAGUCAGUUUUGACUGCAAAGUUACAGGCACUCCUGAACUCAAAGUGAAAUGGACUAAAGAUGGAAGGGAGCUGGUUCCCAGCAGACAGCACAUCCUCAGCUUUGUGAACAAUAUCAGCAGUCUUAAAAUACAGUCUGCCCAAAAGGAAGACAAAGGACAUUAUAUCUUUGCGGUCGCAAAUCACAUAAAUGUCUGCACAUGCAAGGUUGAGUUGGUUGUAGUAGAUCAAGUAAUUCCUCCUACCUUCAUAAAACCACUGACUGACAUGGAGGAGAUUUUGGGUACCUCUGUGCACAUUGGCUGCAAAAUAUCUGGAUCCCUCCCAAUUACUGUGGAAUGGAUAAAAGAUGGAAAUAAACUAUCUGGUAGAACAAAGCACAAAAUUGUCCAGGAGGACAACAGUGCGUUCUUGGAGAUUGAGCACUUAGAAAAGGCAGACACUGGGACAUACACUUGCAAACUCACAAACAAAGCAGGAGGCUGUGAAUGCAGUGGAGUGCUAAGGGUGAAAGAGCCUCCAAGCUUUGUGCUGAAGCCAGAAUCUCAGGCAGUUCUUCCGAACACUACAGUUCGGUUUAAGAGCACCUUCAAAGGAACCCCUCCUUUUACUGUGAAAUGGUUUAAGCAGGACACGGAGCUGAUAACCGGACCAUCGUGCUUUACUGGACUGGAGGGUUUAUCAUGCUUUAUAGAUCUUUUAUCCGUUGGUGUUUCACAAAGUGGAACUUACUCUUGCCAAGUCAGCAACGAUGCUGGUACUGUGAAGUGUACCGCUGAUUUACUAGUCAAAGAACCUCCAGACUUUGCGCAGAAACUUCCGAGCACAAAGUAUGUGAAGCUGAGCGACGCAGUCGUUCUUGAAUGCAAAGUCACUGGCACUGCCCCACUCCAGAUUAACUGGUUUAAAAACGAUUCAAAACUGACCGACAGUGACAACUGCAAGACAUCAUUUGAUGGCUUUGUGGCAGUUCUCCACAUUUCAACCACAUCAUUUGAGGAUGGUGGAGUGUAUUCGUGUGAGGCUCAGAAUGACGCUGGCACUAAAAGCUGCAGCACCACACUCACAGUGAAAGAACCACCCUCUUUCAUCAAAGUGCCUGCACCUGUUGAAGGACUGAAAGGCAAAGAUGUCAGUCUGAACUGUGAACUGAAGGGCACGGCACCGUUUGAGAUAACCUGGUUCAAAGAUAAAAAGGCACUAAAGGAGGGCAGAAAAUAUAAGCUUGUGUACGAAGGAUGCUCUGCAACUAUGCAUAUCCUUGGUCUGGAGGCAUCAGAUGCUAAUGAAUAUGAGUGCAAAGCAUCCAACAGUGUAGGAAGUGACACAUGCAAUGUGUCUGUUAAACUGAGAGAGCCACCAGUCUUUGUGAAGAAACUGUCACAUAUGACAGCAGUGUCUGGUGAAGAAGUGACUUUGGUUGCCACAGUUAAAGGCUCUCAGCCGAUGACAGUAUCUUGGGUCCAGGACAAAGACCAUGUUCUUAGGGAUGGUGACAACCGCAAAAUUACCUUUGAGAACAACCAGGCCACUCUUAAAAUCUUUAAGGCUGACAAAACCACUACUGGGAAAUAUACCUGUCAGCUCAAAAAUGAUGCUGGGGUGGCGGAAUGCAUGGCUAACCUGACUGUUCUAGAACCGGCUCUAAUUGUUGAUAAGACAGAAUCCUUUAGUGUCACAGAAGGGGAUUUAGCAGCUCUGGAAUGUACUGUAUCUGGAACUCCCGAAUUAAAACCAAAGUGGUUCAAAAAUGGAGUGGAACUGUCAACUGGAAGGAAGUACAGGAUUACCUUCGCCAAAAUGAUCUCCAGUCUAAAUAUUCUGACAAGCGAGAGGGAUGACACUGGAGAGUACAUGUUCGAGGUCAAGAAUGAAGUUGGCAGUGAUGUCAGCAAAAUGCACCUAACUGUUCUAGAUAAAAUAAUUCCUCCAACGUUCUCACGGAAAUUGAAAGACACACAGAGCAUUGUGGGUAAAUCUGGUGAACUGGACUGUAAAGUCUCUGGAACCUCACCAUUCACAAUCUCUUGGUAUCAUGAUGGGACGGAGAUCACAAGCGGACCUAACUACGAAAUUGCAUUCAGUGACAACACCUGCACUCUGAAAGUUCCCACACUCAAACUGUCUGAUUCUGGAGCAUACAAGUGCAAAGCUGUCAACAAAGCAGGAACAGCUGAAACCAGUUCUACUUUUGUUGUAAAAGAGCCUCCAUCUUUUGUGACUCAACCUCAACCACUGGAAGCGUUGCCUGGCACUAACGUUACAUUUACAGCUACUGUGAGUGGAAGUGCCCCUCUGAAACUGAAAUGGUUUAGAGGGAGCAAGGAAGUUUUGCCGGGAAAGGGCUGUGAAAUAGCUCUUAAAGGUGACAAGGCUACUUUGGAGCUGCGCAACGUUGAUAAAUCCCACGCAGGAGAGUACACAUGCCAAAUUAUUAACGAUGCUGGAAAGGAGAACUGCACUGUCAACCUGUUUGUGAAAGAACCUGCUCGUUUCAUUAAGAAACUUAAAGACCUUUCUGUUGAAAUGGGAAAAUCCUUGAUUCUUGAGUGCACAUACUCUGGAAGCCCAGAAAUCCAUGUUAAAUGGCAUAAGGACGGGCAAGAGAUCUAUUCCUCUUACAAAUACAACAUGACAACCACUGAGACCUCCUGCAUCCUCGAGUGUCUGAACAGUGACAAAGAGGCUGCAGGAAAAUACUCCUGCGAAGUCUCCAAUGGAGCUGGAACUGAUAUUUGCCAUGCCAAUGUGUCCAUAUUAGAACCCCCAUACUUUAUUGAGCAAUUGGAGCCAAUGGAUGUCACAGCUGGAGAUGCUGUUUGCUUGAAAUGCCAAAUAGGGGGAACACCUGAAAUUAAAGUAUCCUGGUUUAAAGCCGAUGGAAAACUGAGAUCCUCUGCCAUGUGUAAAAUGGAAUUCUCAAAAGGUGUUGCCUGCCUGAAAAUAAGCAAAACUUCUAAAGCUGACAUUGGCGAAUAUACAUGCAAAGCUGAAAACAAUAUUGGAACAGCAUCCUCCAGUUGCCAACUAACUGUGCAAGAGGUCAAAACACCACCGUCUUUCCCCAAGAAAAUUACUAGUAUACAACAAACUGAGGGACAGGCAGUCAGAUUUGAGUGUCGUGUCGCUGGAUCCUCUCCUAUGGAGAUAUCUUGGCUUAAAGAUGGUGACACCUUGAGAAAUGAUGCAGAAUUCUCAAUGAGUUUUGAUGAUAAUUCUGCGGUCCUACAAAUUUCUCGAGGAGAAAUGAGACAUUCAGGGGAAUACACUUGUGUUGCAACGAAUAGUGUUGGAACAGCCUCUUGCAGAGCCAAGCUCACACUUCAAGAGCCAAGAUUUCCGCCAGUUUUUGAUAAAAAGCUCUUGCCAGUGGAUGUUACAGUGGGAGAUAGUGUGGAGCUGGAAUGUCACAUGACUGGAUCUUUGCCAAUAAAAGUGACAUGGUCAAAGGAUCACAAAGAUAUUCGCACUGGUGGAAAUUAUAAAAUAUCCUGUGUGGAUAACAGUGCACACCUCACCAUUCUAAAAGCAGAUAAAAAUGACUCUGGACGAUAUUCUUGCCAUGCUAGUAAUGACAUGGGGAAGGACUCUUGCUCUGCUGAAGUAUCAGUGAAAGAACGUAAAAUUCCUCCCAGCUUCACCAAAAAGCCCGCUGAGACUAUCGAGGAUGUUGAGGGCAAAGUUGUGAAAAUAGAGGGCCGUCUGGCUGGAUCUCAGCCCAUAACAGUGAACUGGUACAAAGACAGCAAGGAAAUCUUCAGCUCUGACUACUAUGACAUAUCCUUCAAGAGCAAUGUGUCUGUGCUCUGUAUCAAGAAGUCUCAGAGCUCAGACAGUGGCGCAUACACCUGCAAAGCCACUAAUGAAGCUGGCAGCGCUAGUUGCCAGGCGACAGUAAAUAUCUCAGAGCACAAGGUGCCUCCGAGCUUUGAUAUACCUCUUAAGCCAGUGACCAUAAAUGAGGACAACAAGCUCACCCUGAGCUGCCAUGUCCGUGGAUCCCCUCCUCUGAAGGUUCAGUGGAUGAAGGACAGACGGGAGUUGUCAUCCUCAGCCAGCACUAAGAUCACAUUUGUGGAUGGCACAGCCACUUUUGAGGUUCUCCGUGUGUCCAAGAAUGAUGCCGGAGACUAUUUGUGCAAAGCUACAAAUGAGGCUGGAAGUGAAUUUUGCAAGUCCAGGGUGACCGUGAAAGAAAAAUCAGCUGCAGCUCCAGCCCCUGAAGCGGCCGAAGUUGCUAAACCAGCAAAGAAACUUGAUAACUUGUUCUUCAUCGAAGAACCCAAGAGUGUUCAUGUAACAGAGAAGGGUGCGGCUACCUUCAUUGCUAAAGUUGGAGGUGACCCAAUCCCCAACGUGAAAUGGAUGAAGGGCAAGUGGAGGCAGGUUACUGCUGGUGGUCGCAUAACCAUCGAGCAGAAGGGCCAAGAGGCCAAGCUGGAAAUCAGGGAGGUUACCAAGUCUGACUCUGGACAGUACAGAUGUGUUGCAGCUAACAAACAUGGAGAAAUUGAGUGCAGCACUGACCUGAAUGUUGAGGAUAAGAAAGAGGCUGCCUUUGAGACGGUGAAACUGAAGAAGACACCAUCAAAGCAGAAAAGUCCAAAGGAAAGCCAAGAGAUUGAUAUUGUUGAGCUGCUCAGGAAUGUAGAUCCCAAAGAAUACGAGAAGUAUGCUCGCAUGUAUGGAAUCACUGACUUCCGUGGUCUCCUACAAGCUAUUGAGCAAUUGAAGAGAGAAAAAGAGGAGGAGAGUGGACGACCUGAGUCAGGUUUAGCUGGAAGAGAGUCAGACGAAGAUUUGGCCCAAAUCGUGGCUGAUUUGCAAAAGAGAAUGGAACAGACAGAGCCUGUUACUCUUGUGAGAGACAUCACUGAUCAAACAACAGUCGUUAACAAGGAGGCUGUGUUUGAAUGUGAGAUCCAAAUCAACUACCCAGAGAUCACAUUGUCCUGGUAUAAGGGCACACAGAAGCUUGACUCUAAUAAUAAAUACGAGAUCAAAAUUGUCGGUAAUCGCCACAUACUGAAGAUCAAGAACUGCCAAUCUGGUGACCGCGGCAAUUACCGGGUUGUAUGUGGGCCACAUAUCUCCAGUGCCAAACUCACAGUACAGGAAGCUAAAGUGGAAGCACAUUUGGAGGAAACUGCUGCUGAACAAAUUCACUUCACCAAACGCAUCCAGAACAUUGUGGUGAGAGAGCGUCAGUCAGCCACUUUUGAAUGCGAGGUGUCUUUCGACAAUGCUGUUGUAACAUGGUACAAAGACACAUGGGAGCUUAAAGAGAGCCCCAAGUAUAACUUCCAAAGUGAAGGCCAACGUCACUUUAUGAUCAUCCGCAACGUAACCUCAGAAGAUGAAGGCGUAUACUCAGUGAUUGUGAGGUUGGAGCCCAGAGGUGAAGCUAAAAGCACAGCUGAACUUUACCUCUCAGGCAAAGAAAUUGAUUUAGGAAGGUUGCCUUACGAUGUCCCUGACACAUCCAUUCAAGUGCCCGAUGCACCUACUGCAUUUGCCAUUAAAGAAGAGUCAUCAACUGAAUACUAUCAGUAUGAGGAGAAGAUGGAGUAUCGAGAACAUGAAAUCUGGACAGAAGAAGGGGUAGUUCAGGAGGUCACUACAGUUGAAGUUCCAAGGGUGCCUGUUGAAGAAUCAGUCCAGAAGGCGAAAUUGGGAAUGAGAGAGGAAGCCCCAGUUAGAGUUCCUGAGGCCCACAAGCCUGAAGAGAAACCAUCUAAGCCAGUUGAACCAAAGGCACAAGCACCAGCUAAAGUACCUGAAGCCAGGAAGCCCGUGGAGGAAAAAGUAAUUCCAGUGAAAGUGGCGGCGGCAAAAGAUGUGCCAUCACCAAAAGAAGAGGCAAAGGUUUCUGUUCCUAAGCCCACUCCCACUGUUCCUGUAGAACAACAGGUCACUCCUAAAAAAGAUGUCAAAAAACCAGCAGCCACUGUGGCUCCUGAGCCUAAACCACAGGUGCAAGUUGAGCCUAAAGCGGCUCCGGUGCCACGAGCUGAACCUGAAGCCAAGCCUGAACCUAAACCAGCACCAGCGAAGAAACCAGAGGCCCCUUCAGUGAAAGUCCCUGUGGAGGCAAAGAAACCCACGGUACCAGAACCAUCAGAACCAACAAAAACAGUACCAGCUAGAAAACCAGAGCCAACACCCACCCAUCCAGAAGUUGUCGCACCAAAAGUGGCUGAACCAGAAAAGAAGGCUCCAACUGAAAAAACCCCAGUCAAAGUGAAAGAGGAAGUACCUCCACAGAAAGUGCCUGAAGAGAAGAAGAAGACACCAGCUCUGGUAAAAGAACCUGUCGCACCAAAAGUAGCUGAGCCAGAGAAGAAAGCUCCAUCUGAACCGACUCCUGUGAAAAAGGAAGUUGCUCCCGCUAAAGUGCCAACGCCUGAAAAGAAACCAUCUCCUGAAUCUGUUCCUAAGAAGGUGUCUCCACCUGAAGUACCAAAAGCUGAAAAGAAACCGUCUCCUGAACCUGCUGCAAAGAAAGUGUCUCCGCCUGAAGUUCAAAAGAAAUCAUCACCUGAACUUGCCACAAAGACAGUAUCACCUGAUUCCGAAGAUGGUGGAAAGGGACCGGUUACUGCACCUGGACCUGCUAAGAAAGAUGGAAAGCCUAAAGAGGAGGGUGCUGCUGCUGGAAGAGGGAGAGGGAUGAAACCAAAACAAACUCCCUCCCCUGGAGAAAAGGGCAAAGGGCUGAGACCCGGAGGUGGAGGCAAACCUCCAGAGGAGCCAGCAUUCGCUGGUUUCCAGCUGAAGGCUGUCCCACUGAAAUUUAUCAAGGAGCUCAAAGACAUUGUGCUGAAAGAGGCUGAGUCCAUUGGUUCUGCUGCCAUGUUUGAGUGUGAGGUGUCACCCUCUACUGCUAUCACCACAUGGAUGAAGGAUGACAGCAACUUGAGGGAGAGCCCUAAGCACAAGUUCACCUCUGAUGGCAAGGACCGCAAGUUGGCUAUCAUUGAUGUCCAGCUCUCUGACAUUGGUGUAUACACUUGUGUGGCCACACUUGGCAAAAAGGAGAAGACCUCAACUGCCAAACUCAUGGUGGAAGAGCUGCCAGUGAAAUUCGUUAGGGAGCUUGAGGAGGAGAUGUCUGUCCUGAAGGGACAGCCUAUGUACCUGACCUGUGAGUUGAACAAGGACAGAGAGGUGACAUGGAAGAGAAAUGGCAAACCCUUUUACUCAAUCCCUGGAAAGAUCAAUGUCGCCGUCAUUGGAUUGUCACGCGCUGUUACAAUCCAGAACAGUGGUGAAGCUGACACUGGCAUUUAUACAUGCGAGUGUGAAGAUGUCAAGACAGAGACAAAUAUCAAAGUCAUUGAAAUUAUCAAAGAUUGGUUGGUCAAACCUCUGAGGGACCAGCAUGUGAAACCUAAGGCUAAUGCCACAUUCAAGUGUGAACUCUACAAAGACACCCCCAACUGGAAGUGGUUCAAAGGGGAUGAGGAAAUCCCUAACGACCCAACAGAUAAAACAGAGGUUCAGAAGGAUGGGAAAGACCUCACUCUGACCAUCAAAAAUGCAUCCCCUGAUGAUAUUGGGGAGUAUGCUAUGGAAGUAGAGGGUCGCAGAUACACUGCAAAGAUGACACUUGGAGAGCGUGAAGCUGAGGUCCUGAAGCCACUGGCUAGUAUUGAAGUUGUUGAGAAAGAGGAGGCUAACUUCGAGACUGAAAUUUCAGAGGAGGAUGUUCCAGGAGAAUGGAAACUUCAAGGACAAGUUCUGCAGAGAUCACCAACAUGUGACAUCAGAGCCGAAGGCACAAAGCGAUUCCUCACUCUGAAGGGCGUUCAGCUUGACCAGUCUGGUGAAGUGUCAUAUCAGGCUCUGAAUGCCAUCACCAGCGCAAUGCUAACAGUCAAAGAAAUCGAAAUGGACUUCACUGUCCCUCUGAAGGACGUUUCUGUGCCUGAAAAGAAACAGGCAAAGUUUGAGUGCACCAUCACUAAGGAUGUGCCUAAGGUGAUGUGGUUGAGAGGGCCUGACAUUGUAUCCUCCGAUGAAAAAUAUGACAUCAUUGAUGAUGGAAAAAGGCACAUGUUGGUUAUAAACCACUGUGAAUUUGAUGAUGAGGGAGAGUACACUAUUGAAGUGUUGGGCAAAAAGUCAGCCGCUAAGCUCACGGUUGAGGGCAUGAGGCUCAAGUUCACCACACCAUUAUCGGAUCAAACUGUGAAGGAAGGUAACACUGCUCGGUUUGAGCUGGAACUCUCUCAUGAGAAUGUGCCCAUUACAUGGUACAAAAACGAAAUCAAACUCCAUCCAAGCAGAAUGGUUUUGACCCAUGUUGAAGGAAAGAAACACAUAUUAGAAAUAAAGGAUAUCACUCUAGAUGAUAUAUGCCAAAUUAAGGCAGAGGCUAAAGGAAUAUCCACAACCGCAAACGUGAUGGUCCUAGAGGGCGAUGCACGCUUCGUUGUAAAAUUGCAAGAUUAUACUGCUGUUGAAAAGGACAAAGUUGUCCUGGACUGUGAAUUGAGCAAAGAUGUCCCAGUGAGAUGGUUCCAUAAUGAGAAAGAAAUCAAGGCCUCAAAGAUGGUGACAAUUAAGGCCGAAGAGAAACGAAGGAUUCUGAUACUUAGGAAAGUGGAGGAUAAAGAGAAAGGUCAAUACAUUUGUGACUGCGAAACUGACAAGACCAUGGCUAAUCUCAACAUUGAAGCACGUGACAUCAAAGUGGCUCGGCCCAUAUAUGGUGUUGAGCUCUUUGAUGGAGAGACAGCUCGUUUCGAGGUUGAGCUCUCUGAGGAUGAUGUUCAUGGCCAAUGGAAACUGAAAGGAGAAGUCCUUACUGCUUCAGCCGAGGUUGAAAUUAUUGAGGAUGGAGCCAAACACACCUUAACACUGUAUAACUGCAAAGUACCGCAGUCAGGAGAGGUGUCCUUCCAGGGGGCAAAUGCCAAGUGUGCAGCAAAUCUGAAAGUAAAAGAGAAUCCAGUGUCAUUCGUCACACCUUUGAGCGACGUACAUGUGUAUGAGAAAGAUGAGGCAAGGUUCGAGUUGGAGGUGUCCAGAGAGCCAAAGACUUUCCGCUGGCUCAAAGGAACUCAGGAGCUGGAGAAUGAUGACAAGUUUGAGAUAAUUCAAGAAGGGAAAAGGUACACUCUAGUGGUGAAGGCGGCUGGCUUUAGCGAUGAGGCCAAGUACACCUUUGAGGGAGAGGACAAGAGAACGUCAGGGAAGCUUGUCAUCGAAGGUAUUCGUCUUGAGUUUGUCAAGCCGAUUAAGGAUGUGACCGUGAAGGAGCGCGAGACUGCAGAGUUCAAAGUUGAACUUUCCCAUGAGAAAAUUCAGGUGGCAUGGUACAAGAAUGAUGUGCGCCUGCACCCCAGCAAGUUGGUGCACAUGUCAGAGGUCGGCAAAGUCCACACCCUCUCCUUCAAGGAGGUGUCCAUUGAUGACACCGCCCUGAUCAAAAUAGAGGCUCUUGGCAAGACCUCAGAGGCCAUGCUCACUGUUCUAGAGGGAGACAUUUACUUCACCACUAAGCUUCACAACUACACUGCAGUGGAGAAGGAUGAGGUUGUCCUGCAUUGUGAGUUGAGCAAGGCCUCUGCCGAGGUGAAAUGGUUCAAAGAUGGCAAGGAGAUUGUCCCCUCCAAGAAUGUUAUUAUCAAAUCAGAUGGAAAGAAGCGUAGUCUUACAGUGAAGAAGGCUGAGAAGGGAAACAUUGGUGAAUACACCUGUGACUGUGGUUCUGACAAAUCCACCGCUAGGCUGGAUAUUGAAGAGCGCAACAUCAAGAUUGUACGCCCCCUGUACAGUGUUGAGGUAACAGAGACAGAAACUGCCCGAUUUGAGACUGAAAUCUCUGAGGAAGAUGUUCAUGGUAACUGGAAGCUCAAGGAUGAUGUCCUUCACCAGUCUGCUGAUGUUGAGAUUAAGGAAGAGGGCACCAAGCACAUGCUUAUCCUCUACAAUGUGCGCAAGGAUAUGGCUGGAGGAGUCGACUUCCAGGCUGCAAACGCCAAGUCCAAUGCCCAACUUAGAGUUAAAGCACGAGUUGUAGGCCUAAUGAGGCCUAUGAAGGAUGUUACAGUCACUGCUGGAGAGACUGCCACCUUUGACUGCGAACUCUCCUACGAGGGAAUAGCUGUGGAAUGGUUCCUUGGGGGUACUAAGUUGGAACCAAGUGACAGAGUGGUCACCAGGGCGGAAGGGAAAUCGCAUACGCUGACCAUUAGGGAUGUUAAGCUGACAGAGGCCGGGGAAGUAAAACUCACUGCUAAGGACUUCCAGACACAAGCCAACCUCAAAGUGAAUGAGCCACCAGUUGAGUUCAGCAAACCUCUGGAGGACCAGACAGUUGAGGAGGAGGCCACUGCCACUCUAGAGUGUGAAGUCUCCAGGGAAAAUGCAGAGGUCACAUGGUACAGAGAAGGACAGGAGAUCCGCAAAACCAAAAAGUAUGAAAUGGUUGUCGAUGGCCGCAAAAGAAAACUCCUUAUUCUCAAUUGCACACUUGAUGAUUCAAAAAUGUAUACCUGUGAUGCCAAACAUUUCAAGACUUCAGCUUUCCUGAACGUUGAACCUCCACAUGUUGAGUUCUCUAAGCCGCUCCAUGAUGUUGAGGUCAAAGAGAAGGAAACCGCACAGUUUGAAUGUGAAGUAUCCAGAGAAAAUGCAAAGGUCCGCUGGUUCAGAGAUGGCAGCGAGAUCCGUAAAGGCAAAAAGUAUGAAAUCAUUGCCAAAGGUGUUAAGCGUAUUCUGGUCAUUAACAAGGCCGUAUUUGAUGAUGAAGCUGAAUACGAAUGUGACGCAAAGACCUCCAAGUCUUCCGGCAUGCUGACUGUUGUUGAGGAGGAGUCUAAGUUCACAAAGAAUCUGUCCAACGUUGAAGGAACUGAAACAGACAGUGUAAAAAUGAUCUGCGAAGUAUCCAAGGCCAGUGCAGAGGUCACUUGGUACAAAGGUGACGAGGAACUGCAGGAGGGAGUCAAAUACGAGUGCAUCCAGGAUGGCCGGAAGAGGAUCCUCAUUAUUCAGGAUCUUCACAUGGGGGAUGCUGGAGAGUACAACUGUAAACUACCAAACACAAAAACGUCAGGCACCCUGAAGAUAAAUGAACUGGCCGCUGAGUUUAUCGCCAGGCCUCAGAGCCAGGAGGUUGUUGAGGGACUGAAGGCUGAGUUUGUGUGUUCAGUCUCCAAAGACACUUUUGAGGUGAAAUGGUUCAAAGGUGACAAGGAACUUACAUCUGAUGACAAAUACGAAAUUGUCUCUGAAGGCAAAAAACGAGUUCUUGUUGUCAAGAACUGUGAACGAAAGGACGAAGGUGGCUACAUUGCGCUCAUUGGCAAUGUCAAAGCAUCUGCUGAUCUGGCAGUUAUCGAAAAACUAAGGAUAAUUACGCCAAUCAAAGACACCAAAGCGGGUGAGGGACAGGAGACUGUUCUGAACUGCGAGGUGAAUACAGAAGAAGCCAAAGCAAAAUGGCUUAAAAAUGACGAGACAAUGUUUGAAAGCGGCAAGUUCAUCAUGACCCAGAAAGAUAACGUGUUCUCACUGAGAAUCAAAGACGCCCAGAAGACAGACGAUGGCAAAUACACCAUUAUGGUGACGAACAGUCGUGGGGAACAGGCCAAGUGUUCUGCCCAGCUCACAGUCCAAGAGGAGGACCUCACAAUCAUUAUACCUAUUGAGGACUGUGAAACACAGGAGAAGAAGACAAUCGUCUUCACAUGUAAGGUGAACAGACCAAAUGCGACACUGAAGUGGAUGAAGGCUGGUCAGGAGAUCACCUUCAGCAAGCGCAUCGUGUACAGAGUGGACAAAGACAAACACACCCUGACGAUCAAAGACUGCACCCUCAAGGAUGAGGGAGAGUACUCCGUCAUCGCUGGAGCUAAUAAGGCCUCAGCUGAGCUAAUCAUCAGUGAGGCACCCACUGACUUUAGCACACAACUCUCAGACCAAACUAUCACAGAGUUUGAAGACGCUGAGUUUACUUGUAAACUGACCAAGGAAAAGGCUGAGGUGAAAUGGUACAGAAAUGGACGUGAAAUCAGAGAAGGACCCAGAUAUAAAAUCGAAAAAGAUGGCAAGAUUUGCAGACUUCGCAUCAAAGAAUGCAGACCAGAUGAUGAAUGUGAAUAUGCAUGUGGUGUGGAUGACAGAAAAUCCAGGGCUAGACUCUUUGUUGAGGAGAUCCCUGUUGAGAUUGUCAGACCACCUCAAGAUGUAUUUGAGCCCCCUGGCUCAGAUGUCCUUUAUGAGGUUGAGCUGAACAAAGAUAGAGUUGAGGUCAAAUGGCUGAGGAACAACAUGACCAUCGUCCAGGGUGACAAAUACCAGAUGGUGAGUGAGGGAAAAAUCCACAGACUUCAAGUCUGCGAGAUCAGACCUCGUGAUCAGGGAUGCUACAGAAUUAUUGCAAAGAACAAGGACGCCAAAGCCAAGCUAGAACUUGCCGCUGUGCCAAAGAUCAAGACUUUGGAUCAGGACCUUGUGACAGACGCUGGAAAGCCAUUUGUCAUGGGAGUUCCCUUCAGUGCUUACCCAAAGGCAGAUACAGAAUGGUUCUACGAGAGCACCAGUUUGCCGAAAGACAACAUUCACACAUCUGCUGACAAGACAGAGUACAGACUGAAGGAUCCAAAGAAGUCUGAUCAGGGAAGAUACAAGGUGACCAUCAAGAACAAGCAUGGCCAAGGAGAAGCCUUCAUCAACCUGACUGUUAUCGAUAUCCCUGGAGCUGUGAAGAACCUCCAUGUGGCUGACACUGCUGAUGGAGAAGUCAGCCUUGUCUGGGAGGAACCAGAGAGCGAUGGUGGCAGCAAGAUCAUCGGCUAUGUUGUGGAGAGACGUGAUGUCAGGCGCAAGACAUGGACUCUGGCAACUGACCGUGCAGACAGCACAGAGUAUACAGUGACAGGCCUGCAGAAAGACUCCAAAUACUUCUUCCGUGUGUGUGCUCGUAACAGGCUGGGAAGUGGGCCGAUUGUAGAAACUGACAAGGCAGUUCAAGCCAAAAACAAAUUCGAUGUUCCAGAUCCACCACAGAAUGUACAGGUCUCUAAUGUCACCAAGUUCAGCGCCACCCUCACCUGGCAGACCCCAGUGUCUGACGGCGGUUCUGAGAUCACUGCUUACAUCAUUGAGCUCCGUGACCGCACUUCUGUGUCGUGGUCUGCUGUAAUGGUGACCAAGCCUCAGGAUCGCACUGCAAUCAUCAAUGAUGUGAUUGAGAACAAAGAAUACAUAUUCCGCAUCAGAGCCGAGAACAAGGCUGGAACCGGCAAGCCAAGUGCUGCCACAAACCCUGUCCAGAUCAUGGAUCCUAUUGAGAGGCCAAGCCCACCCCUCAACCUGUGCCAUGCUGAUCAGACCAAGACGAAUGUUCAGCUCACAUGGGAGACUCCCUUGCGAAAUGGUGGCAGCAUGAUCACCGGAUACAUCAUUGAGAGAUGCGAAGAUGGCACAGACAAGUGGCUGCGAUGCAAUGCCAGACUUUGCCCAGACCUUGUCUACAAUAUGUCUGGUCUGAAAUAUGGAAAGUUGUACAACUACAAAGUAUUUGCUGAAAAUGCUGCUGGUUUAUCUGAACCAUCCAAUGUUAUUGGACCAGUUCUGGCAGAUGACCCACACUUUGCUCCAACGCUGGACUUGAGUGCCUUCAAGGAUGGCUUGGAGGUCAUUGCUCCCUUCCCUCUCAAAAUCCGUGUGCCCAUCUCUGGAUACCCAAAGCCCAAAGCAACAUGGACCUUUGGCGAAAAGCAACUCACUCCAGAGGAGCGUGUGUCUAUGGUUACCAAGAGUACCUUCACUGAGCUGGUGGUCUCACCAAGCAUUCGUCCAGACAAAGGAACAUAUUCUCUGACUCUGGAGAAUGAUAUCACCUCUGUCUCAGGAGAGAUUGAAGUCAAUGUCAUUGCAUCUCCAAGUGCACCCAAAGAUUUCAAGGUGGCAGAGGUCACCAGGAGGCAUGUGCACCUCAUGUGGGAGGCCCCAGACCAUGAUGGUGGAAGUCCACUGACUGGCUAUCAGGUUGAGAAGCGUGAUGCUUCUAGGAAGACCUGGGUUAAGGUCAUAAGUGGUGUCCAGGAUCAAGAAUACACCAUCACUGAUGUCGUUGAGGGAAAAGAAUAUUUGUUCAGGGUAACCGCCUGCAACAAGUGUGGCCCUGGAGAGCCAGCUUACAUUGAUGAACCAGUCAAUAUCUCUUCACCAGCAACUGUUCCCGAUGCUCCUGAGAACCUGAAGUGGAGGGACAAGUCUGCCUCAGGCAUCUUUUUGACCUGGGAGCCUCCAAAGUAUGAUGGAGGCACUGGCAUCAGAGGCUACAUGGUUGACAAAAUGCAGCGUGGAACCGACAAGUGGGAGCCAUGCAGCGACGUCUUUCCUGAGCUGAAGUUUCAAGUGACUGGACUGGUUGAAGGCAAGUGGUACGCUUACCGGGUAAGAGCCUUGAACAAACUGGGUUCUGGCAAACCUUCCAGGCCGACUGAUGAAAUCUUGGCAGUGGAUCCCAAAGAGGCCCCAGAAAUUAUCCUGGAUGCUAAGCUUCUUGCUGGGCUGACCGCCAAGGCUGGAUCAAAGAUUGAUCUGCCCGCCGAUGUUACCGGAAAACCAGAGCCAAAAGUAAAAUGGACCAAAGGCGACCUGGUCUUGACGGCUGACGACAAUGUCACUGUUGAGUCCAAACCAGGCCACUCUGUGGUGUCCAUUGCCAAAACUAAGAGGGGGGACACAGCUACUUACAUCAUUGAAGCUGUCAACACCAGUGGUCGUGCAACUGCAACCGUCGACGUUAACAUUCUAGACAAGCCCGGGCCCCCUGCUGCCUUUGACAUUUCUGAAAUCACCAACGAGUCUUGCUUCCUGGCUUGGAAUCCACCUCGUGACGAUGGUGGCUCUAAAGUGACCAAUUACAUUGUGGAGAGAAAAGUAGCAGAGAGUGAACUCUGGUACAAGCUCUCUUCCACUGUUAAACAGACCACAUACAAGGCCACCAACCUGACUGCUUUCAAGAAUUAUGUCUUCAGAGUCUUCGCUGAGAAUCAGUUCGGCGUUGGCCCCGCAGAAGAGCAUGCCCCAAUUACGGCCAGAUACUCCUUUGAUCCCCCUGGCCCUCCCUACAAGCUCGAGCCUUCUGACAUAGCAAAGGAUGCUGUGACUCUGACAUGGUAUGAGCCUGAUGAGGAUGGCGGUAGCCCCAUCACUGGGUACUGGGUGGAGAGGUUUGAGCCAGAUGCUGACAAAUGGAUGAGAUGCAACAAGAUUCCCAUCAGGGACACCACAUUCAGAGUGAAGGGAUUGCCUACAAGAAAAAAGUACAAGUUCCGUAUCUUGGCUGAAAAUCUUGCUGGACCUGGCAAACCAAGCAAAGAGACAGACCAGAUCCUCAUUAAGGAUCCAAUUGAUCCUCCCUGGGCUCCUGGUAAGCCUACUGUUAGAGAUCCUGCUAAGACAUCAGUCUUCCUUCUGUGGACCAAACCCGAGCACGAUGGCGGUGCCAAGAUCGAGUCCUAUAUCAUUGAGUUCCUCAAGAGUGGAAAUGUUGAAUGGAUCCGUGUUGCCGAUGGUAUUAUCAACCUGGAGCAUCGCCUGACGGGACUGAUGGAGAAGCAGGAGUACUCCUUCCGUGUUAGAGCCGUCAAUGCCGCAGGAGAAAGCGAACCCAGUGAACCAAGUGAUCCCGUGCUGUGCAAGGAGAGGCUCAAUCCUCCUACUCCUCCAAGAUGGCUUACAGUGGUGACUGUGACCAGAAACAGUGCUGAGCUGAAAUGGACAGCCCCAGAGAGGGAUGGCGGUUCACCCGUCAUCAACUACAUUGUGGAGAAGAGAGAUGCCAGGCGCAAAGGCUGGCAGGCUGUGGACACCACUGUCAAAGAGUGCAAGUACACCGUCUCACCUCUGAAUGAGGGCUCCCUCUACCUGUUCCGUGUGGCGGCUGAGAACGCAGUCGGACCCAGUGGAUACUGUGAACUCGCAGACUCGGUUCUGGCCAAGGAUACCUUCACUACUCCUGGACCUCCUUAUGCCUUGGCUGUUACUGACGUGUCCAAGCGUUACGUUGACUUAAUAUGGGAAGCCCCCAAGAAUGAUGGUGGAAGACCAGUCUUGAGAUAUCAGAUUGAGAAGAAAGAGAAACUUGGCACACGCUGGAUGAAGUCUGGAAAGACAUCUGGCCCUGACUGCAAGUACAGAGUUACCGAUGUAAUUGAGGGAACCGAUGUCCAGUUCCAAAUCCGUGCUGAGAAUGAGGCCGGUGCCGGCCAUGCAAGUGAACCAACUGAGAUUCUGACCAUUGAGGACCCAACAGGCCCACCAUCUCCUCCUCAGGAACUGCAAAUUACUGAAGCCACAAGAAACCACAUCACCUUCGCCUGGAAACCUCCAGAGAGACAUGGAGGAUGCCCAGUCUCUGGCUAUCACAUUGAGCUUUGUGAGGCCGGAACUGAGAAAUGGAUGAGAGUGAACUCCCGCCAAGUCAAGGAGCUGAAGUUCACAGCAGGAAAGGAGGAGGGAAUUGUUCCUGAAAAGGCGUACAUCAUAAGAGUGCGCGCCGUGAACUCUGUUGGUGUCAGCGAGCCCUCUGACAUUUCUGACAAAGUCUUUGCCAAGGACUCAGACUGCAUCCCAACGAUGGAAAUGGCAAGUCAGGACAUGGUUGUUGUGGAGCACGAGACCAUGCAUAUUCCCAUUAAAUUCAAAGCUGUACCAUUGCCUAAGGUGAUCUGGCACAAAGACGGCAAUGAAAUGAAGGCUGACGAGAGGGUCGGCUUCAGGGCUGAAUACACAGCUUGUCAUCUGGAGAUUCCUAGCUGUCUUCAUGCAGAUGCUGGCCAGUAUAAGGUCACCCUUGAGAACAGCCUUGGCACCACCAGUGGAACAAUCAAUGUUAAAGUCAUUGGUCUUCCUGCGCCAUGCAAGGACAUUGUUGCCAGUGCCAUCACUAAGAACACCUGCAAGAUAUCCUGGGAUCCUCCAAGCUAUGAUGGAGGCAGCCCCAUUAUUCACUAUGUUCUGCAGCGCAGAGAGGCAGGCAGGAGAACCUAUACGAAUGUCAUGUCCGGCGAAAACAAAGUCAGCUGGCCCGUGAAGGACCUGAUCCCCAAUGGGGAGUACUAUUUCCGUGUCAAGGCAGUGAACAAGAUUGGCGGUGGAGAGUUCCUUGAGCUCAAAAACCCGGUGAUUGCUGAGGAUCAAAAGCAGCGUCCAGAUCCACCUGUUGAUGUUGAAACCCACAAUCCAACUGCUCACACCAUUACUCUGACCUGGAAGCCACCCAUGUAUGAUGGUGGCUGUAAGAUCAUGGGUUACAUCCUGGAAAAGAUGAUAAAAGGCGAAGAGAAGUUUGAGCGAUGCAAUGACUUCCUUGUGCCAGUGCUGUCCUACACUGUGAAAGGUCUGCAUGAAGGAAAGCAAUACCAGUUCCGUGUGUCUGCUGAGAAUGCUGCCGGAGUCAGCGACCCAUCACGAAGCACUCCAGUGGUGAAAGCAUCUGAUGCUGUCGAAUCACCAAAGGUAUUCCUCAGUGGUAGUCUUCAGUCUGGCCUGCUUGUCAGGAGAGGCAAUGAGAUCAGGCUGGAUGCCCGCAUUUCUGGUGCCCCAUACCCAACAGUGACCUGGAUGAGAAACGACCAGGCCAUUUGGCCCCAGACACCGAAGAAGCGUGAAGAGAAGCCUAUUGUCAAGAAGAAGGAAAAGGAACCCAAGGAGAAGGAUGCCAAGGAGGCUAAAGAUGCUAAGGAAGAUGCAACUGAAGCAAAGGAGGGUCCAGAGAAGGAGGCCAAGGACAAGGAAGCUUCAGAGGCUAAAGACAAAGAAGCCGCCGAGGCCAAAGAUAAGGAGGCCGCCGAACCUAAAGAUAAGGAGGCCGGCCAGGCUAAAGACAAAGAAGCUAAAGAGAAAGCCCCAGAGGAGGAGGUCGAGGCACCCGAGGAGCCAGAUUACCCAUCCCUCCAGGAGCGUCUCACAAUCAACAACUCCAGGAAGGGUGAAUCAUUCAUCAUCAUCACAGACUCAGUCAGAACUGACUACGGAGUGUUCUCUGUCAGGGUGGAGAAUGAUCAUGGUAUUUGCACUGCAACCUGCGAGGUUAAUGUUCUCGACACACCAGGGCCUCCCGUUAACUUCAGAUUUGAGACGGUCAGAAAGAGCUCCGUCCUCUGUAAGUGGGACCCACCUAUUGAUGAUGGUGGCAGUGAAAUCCUGAACUACACCCUGGAAAGGAAAGACAACUCUAAGGUUGAUCUCGGAUGGACAACCGUCACAUCAACCUUGAUAGGAUGCAAAUACCCAGUGACAAAACUGCUCGAAGGCAAAGAGUACAUUUUCCGUGUGACUGCUGAGAACAAGUUCGGAGCUGGAAGACCAGCUAUCUCCAAACCUAUGAUUGCAAGGAAUCCUUUCGAUCCACCAGAGGCACCUGAAAAGCCAGAAAUUGAUGACGUCACAGCUCACAGUAUGGUUGUCAGCUGGGAACCACCCAAUGACAAAGGCAGUCCCAUCCUGGGAUACUGGCUGGAGAAGAGAGAAAUCAACAGCACUCGCUGGUCACGUGUCAAUCGCAACUUGCAUCCUGACACAGAGAUUAAUGUCGAAGGCCUUUUGGAGGGCCUAACAUACAUUUUCAGGGUUGCUGCUGAGAAUCAGGCUGGACCCGGAAAGUUCAGUCCCCCAUCAGAGCCCACAACAGCACAAGCUCCAAUAUUGCCACCUGGUCCACCAUUCCCAAGAAUUGUGGACACAACUGACCACUCCAUUGAAGUUGAGUGGGAUCCACCCCUGGACAAUGGAGGUGGAGAAAUCCAGGGAUACCAUGUUGACAAGUUGAUGGCUGGCACAAAGGACUGGUCUCGUAGCACAGAGAGACCAUGGAAACAGCGUACCUUCACAGUGUUUGGUGUCAGAGAGACUGCUAAAUACGUUGUCCGUGUGAUAGCAAUAAAUUCAGCGGGAGAGGGAGCACCUGGAAUGACAUCAGCUGUCAUUGUGAAAAAUCCUGCAGAGGUUCCAGUUCUUGAGCUGGACCUAUCUAUUAAGAAUGGCGUCAUUAUUCGAGCUGGUGAGACACUGAGGUUGCCUUGCCAUGUUCUGGGAAGACCGCAGCCAAGCAUUAAAUGGACAAAAGAUGACAAGGACCCUGACAAGGAACGUUCGGAAAUUGAAGAUGUGGGUCAGGAUAGCACUCUUAUCAUUAGGAAAGCACAGAGAAGUGAUGCUGGUAAAUACCAGAUCACUGCAGCCAAUCCCAGUGGAAUUAAGUCAGCAUCGACCAGAGUUGAGGUUAUGGAUGUUCCUGGGCCUAUUACUGAUCUGAAGCCUGUUGUUGUGACGAGGAAGUUGAUGAUGCUGAACUGGGGUGAUCCUGAUGAUGAUGGUGGUAGCGAUGUUAUUAGCUUCAUUAUUGAAAGAAAGGAACCUAAGUCACACACUUGGAAGCAGCCUAUGGAGACGCCUUCAUCCAAAUGUGAAAUUGUGGGCAUUAUGGAAGGACAAGAAUACUUAUUCCGUGUCGUGGCGAAGAAUAAAUAUGGUUGUGGUCCUCCAGUUGACCUUGGUCCUAUUCGGGCAGUGGAUCCCCUCUCUCCACCAUCGUCUCCUGAGAAGUUCCACUAUUCUGAAAGGACAAAGACAUCCCUUAGCCUCACUUGGAGGCCACCUCGUAAUGAUGGUGGCAGCCCGAUCUCUGGCUACAUUAUUGAGAAGAAGAGACAAGAUGAACCAGAAUUCGUGCCUGUCAAUAAGGAGCUCUGCACAGAUCUGUUCAUGACUGUGCCAGAGCUUGCAGAGAUGUUCGUGUAUGAAUUCCGUGCCAAAGCAGUCAAUUCUAUGGGUACCAGUGACCCAUCUAUCACAAUGACAGUUGUCAUUCAAGAUGAUGAAGUCGCCCCAACCUUGACCAUGUUGAAACACUUCAAGGCUGACACAAUCACUAUUAGGAAGGGGCAACCCAUUGACAUUCCUGCUGAGGUGACAGGCCUUCCACUGCCUACUAUUGAAUGGUUUAAAGAUGACGUUUUGAUUUCUGAACCACUUCCUGAGACUUCUGAACCACCUCCUGAGACUUCUGAACCACCUCCUGAGGCUUCUGAACCACCUCCUGAGACUCCUGAACCACCUCCUAAGACUUUUGUGAUUGAUACAGUGGAAGUCAACAGACUGACAGCUACAACAAAGCUGAGCAUUCCUGUUAUCGCCAGGAAAGAUAAGGGCUAUUAUACAGUGUCUGCAUCAAAUCGCCUUGGGACCGUAACUCAUAAUGUCCUGGUCUUCGUGCUGGAUCGCCCACUGCCUCCAAGAAAUCUUGACAUUUCAAAAAUCAAGGCAGAGUCCUGCUACCUCAAUUGGGAUGCCCCACUGGAUGAUGGAGGAAGUGAACUUACAAAUUACAUUAUUGAAAAGAAAGAGAUCAUUGAAAUCGACGAGGAUGAAGUUACUGAAUCUGGAGAGCCUGUUCCUAAGCCAGACUGGGUGAAGGUUACAAACACCAUUGUUGAGAAGAAAUACGGGGUGUGGGAUUUGAAAACCAAUGGCACAUACCAGUUCAGAGUCAAAGCUGAGAACAAGUUUGGGAUUAGCGAGGCAUGUGAGGCACAGGAGGUAAUGAUCAAGGAUCCGUUUGGCCUCCCUGGGCCACCAUUGAAGGUCAAAAUUGCAGAGCACUCAAAGGUUGCCAUGCUGGUGACAUGGGAACCUCCCAUGGACAGCGGUGGCUCAACCAUUAUCGGUUACUGGCUUGAGAAGAGAGAGAAGGGAGCAUCUUACUGGUCUCGUGUGAACAAAUCCCCCAUUACAAAGAGGGGCAGCAAGGGCUGGGAGUUCCAGGCGACCCGUCUCAUCGAGGGCGUUGAGUAUGAGUUCCGCUGCAUGGCCUACAAUUCUGCUGGAAUUGGACCACCCAGUGCCAUUUCCGAAUCUGCUUUCGCUGAUGAGCCAAUCACUAUUCCUGGCAUUCCAGCAGCGCCAGAAAUCGCAGACAAGAACAAGCACAGUGUCUCCCUUUCAUGGGUUCCACCAGCUAAAGAUGGUGGAAGCCCCAUUAAAGGCUACAUCAUUGAGGUUCAGGAUGAGGGUUCCUCCAGCUGGAUCCGUGUGAAUGAUCCAGAGAAUCCUCAUCCAACCACAGAGUUCACUGUGCCAAAUCUCAGAGAGCUGAAGAGGUACAAGUUCAGAAUCGUUGCCGUGAAUGACAUUGGAGAAUCACUGCCUAGCCCCCAAACUACUGAGGUUCUUCUUGAGGAUAUUCAAGAGGGACCAAAGAUCUGGGUGGAUAUUAUUGCACAUGACAUGUUGUCCAUUCGGGCUGGUUCUAUGUUCAAAAUCCCUGCUAGAAUCACCGGUCGCCCUGUACCCAAGGUUACGUGGGAGUUUAUUGGACCAGCUAAGACAGUAAAGAAGGAUCGCCUUCAUACAGUGCCCGUAGCGGCCCAGGUUGAAUCCACUGACACUACUUCUGUGAUCACAAUGCCUGUGAGUGAGAGGAGCCAUUCUGGCAGAUACACGAUCACAGCGAAGAACAAGUCUGGACAAAAACAUAUCAAUGUAAUGGUGAUCGUGCUUGAUGUGCCUGGCCCUCCAAAGGAGCUCAGAGUGACAGACAUCACUAGAGCCACAUGCAGACUCAUCUGGAAGCUGCCUGACAAUGAUGGUGGCGAGAGAAUCAAGAGCUACUUCAUUGAGAAGAAGGCUGUCACUGGAAAGGCGUGGACCGUAGUCCAUCAAGCUUGUUGCAGCCAGGCCUUUGUUGUGCCUAAACUUGUUGAAGGAAGUGAAUACUUCUUCCGCGUUCGUGCUGAAAAUCGCCUCGGCAUGGGCCCAUUAACAGAGACCAAGGAGCCUGCCAGGGCCAGAGAUCCUAUUUAUAUUCCUGAUCCUCCAACAAAUGUGAAGAUCAAUCUUGUCACCAAGGACACUGUGACCUUGACCUGGAAGCCCCCCAAGAACAAUGGCGGUGCUCCAGUGAAGCACUACAUCAUCGAGCGCCUGAGCUGGGACACCAGCGGCCCAACGAAAGAGACCUGGAAACAGUGCAACAAGCGUGAGGUGGAAGAGACCAUCUUCAUUGUUGAGGAGCUCAAAGAGGGUGGAGAGUAUGAAUUCCGUGUCAAGGCUGUGAACGAGGCUGGUCCUAGCAGACCAUCCGGCACAGCUGGACCCAUUGUGAUCAAAGACCAAACAUGUGCUCCAACUAUUGAACUCAAGGAGGCCGUGGAGGGUGCUGAAGGCUUUGAUGUCAACAUCGUAGCCAAAAUUCAGGGCUGCCCAUUCCCCUCUCUUGUUUGGCAGAAGGCUCCUUUGGACAAGCCCGAGGAAAAGGCCAUUGUGCAGUAUGGUCAGCACGUCAACAAAAUCGUUGGGAAUGAAAAAUGCACCCUACUGAUUCAACAGAGUAAGAGAGAUGACAGUGCUGUGUACACACUCACUGCCACCAACAGUAUUGGCAAGGCAUCCAAGGACCUCAAACUCACUGUACUAGGCCGACCUGGAAUACCCAUUGGACCAAUCAAGUUUGGAGAAAUCUUUGCUGAGAGGAUUUCAAUGACUUGGCAACCACCUACAGAUGAUGGUGGCUCAAAGAUCACAAACUAUGUUAUUGAGAAGCGUGAGGACAACAGGAAGACCUAUGUGCACGUCACCAGUGAUCCCAAAGAAUGCGCUUACACAGUGCAGAGACUCACAGAGGGCCAUGAAUAUGAGUUCCGCAUCAUGGCUCAGAACAAAUUUGGAGUCGGACCACCACUCUACAGUGAACCGGAGAAAGCCAGAAAUCUUUUCACUGUUCCUGGCCAAUGUGAGAAGCCUACUGUCACAGAUGUAACCAUUGAGUCAAUGACAGUCGAUUGGGAGCCGCCUGAAUACGAUGGUGGGUCCCCAGUCACAGGAUACUGGCUGGAACGCAAGGAGACAACAGGCAAGCGCUGGACUAAAGUCAACCGUGACCCCAUUAGAAUUAUGCCUUUGGGACAAACUGACGAUGUCAGUGGACUCCUGGAGGGGGCAAUGUACCAGUUCCGUGUCACUGCCAUAAAUUCUGCUGGAUGUGGACUGCCAAGUGUCCCAUCAGAUCCAAUGAUGUCAAGAGACCCCAUUGCUCCUCCUGGACCACCUACUCCCAAGGUUACAGACUGCACAAAGUCAACUGUCGACCUUGAAUGGAUUCCACCACUUGUGGAUGGUGGUUCUAAGAUCACUGGAUACUUUGUUGAGUACAAAGAGGAAGGACAGGAGGAAUGGGAGAAGGCUAAAGAUAAGGAAAUCAGAGGUACCAAGUUUGUUGUUCCUGGACUGAAGGAACUUGGACUCUACAGAUUCAGGGUCAGAGCAGUGAAUGCUGCUGGUGUUGGCGAACCUGGUGAUGUCGAGGAAGUAAUUGAAGUCAAGGACAGAACAAUUGCCCCUGAGGUCGAUCUGGACGCCACUGUAAAGGAGAAGAUUGUUGUCCAUGCCGGAGGGGUUAUCCGUAUCUUGGCCUAUGUAUCAGGGAAACCCGCCCCAGAGAUAAUCUGGACCAGGGAUGAUGCGCCCUUGCCCAAAGAGGCUGCUGUGGAAACUACUGCUAUCAGCUCAGCUUUGGUAAUCAAGGGAUGCAGGAGACACCAUCAAGGCAUUUACACCCUAACUGCCAAAAACGAAGGAGGAGAGAGAAGGAAGGCCGUCAUUGUUGAGGUCUUGGAUGUUCCUGGCCCUGUGGGUGAGCCCUUCUCUGGUGAGAAUCUCACAAAUGAUUCCUGCAAGUUGACCUGGUACACACCUGAAGAUGAUGGUGGCUCAGCGAUCACCAACUACGUCAUUGAGAAGAGAGAGUCUGACCGCAGAGGCUAUACCACAGUUUCAUACACUGUCACCAGAAACAAUGCUGUGGUACAGGGUCUGAUAGAUGGAAAGGGAUACUUCUUCAGAAUUGCAGCUGAAAACAUCAUUGGAAGAGGUCCUUUCAUCGACACAGCAAAACAAGUGACAAUCAAGGAUCCAAUUUCACUUCCUGAACGUCCAGAAGAUCUGCACAUUACAGCUGUCAGGAAAGACAAAAUCAGUGUAGCAUGGAAACCACCAAAGUAUAAUGGUGGCACAGAUAUCACAAGUUACGUUCUUGAGGCUCGUCUGAUCGGAAAGGACAACUUUACCCGCAUCUCUGAAGACACGUUGAUGGAAAGAAAAUUCACAUAUGAGGGUCUUAAAAAUAACUCCUCUUAUGAGUUCCGUGUCAGUGCUGUGAAUGCAGUUGGUCAGGGCAAGCCCUCUUUCAGCACGAAACCAGUAACUUGCAAAGAUGAACUUGCACCUCCAUCCCUCGACUUGGAUUUCCGUGAGAGGAUUACAGUGCGUGUUGGGGAACCAUGCCUCAUGCAAAGCCGGUACAAAGGAAAGCCAGAACCAACGGUUAAAUGGAUGAAGGAGGAAGAGGAGCUUAAGGCAGACGAUGUCCUCACAUUCUCACAUACCUCAAAGUCCCUGUGCUUGAACAUGACUAAGGCCAAGCGUGAGCACAGUGGAAAAUACACAGUCAUUCUGGAGAACUCCAUUGGUUCAUGCAAGGGAAUCUGCACAGUGACAGUUGUCGAUCGCCCACAACCUCCAGAGGGUCCAGUUGUCUUUGAUGAAAUCUACAGAAAUUACAUGGUCAUUUCUUGGAAUCCUCCACUGGAUGAUGGUGGAUGUGCAAUCUCCAACUACAUUGUAGAGAAGAGAGACUCAAACAGAGACCUCUGGAUGCCUGUCACAGAGGCCUGCACCAGGACAUCAUGCAAAGUUCCCAAACUCAUUGAGGGACGUGACUACAUCAUCAGAAUCUGUGCUCAGAACAUCCAUGGCAUUAGUGACCCAUUGCUGUCUGCUGAGACAAAAGCAAGGGAUGUGUUCAAGGUACCUGACCCACCCUCACAGCCCAUGGUGAAGGAGACCUACAAGGACACCGCUCUCAUCACCUGGGAACCACCAGCUGUUGAUGGCGGCAAGCCUGUCACCAACUAUGUAGUGGAGAGGAAAGAGACAAUGGCCAACAGAUGGGUACGGACAGGAAAGGAACGCAUCUUCCCCAGCACCGAGUACUGGGUUCCGGAUCUCCUGCCUGGCUGUGAAUACGAGUUCCGCGUCAGUGCCGAAAAUGUUGUUGGCGUGGGUGACCCAAGUGUUCCAUCAAAGCCCAUCUUUGCCAAGGAUCCCAUUGUUAUUCCAAGCCCACCUGUUAAAGUGGAGGCCAUUGACCAUACAAAGGACUCUGUCACUCUUGCCUGGAAGCCACCACUUGACUGUGGAAGAGGCAAAAUCUUCGGAUAUCUUCUUGAAUAUCAGAAAGCUGGAGAUGAAGAGUGGCUUCAGGUCAAUCAAACUCCUGACUCCUGCCAGGAGACACAGUUCAAGAUCAUCGACUUGGAGGAUGGCGAGCUGUACAGGUUCAGAGUGAAAGCUGUGAACGCUGCUGGUGAAUCUGAGCCUACUUCUGUCAAGGAACCUGUGAGAGCAACGGACAGACUUGAGCCACCAGAGCUUAUUCUGGAUGCUAGUAUGACAAGAGAGGUGAAGGCCAUGGCAGGAACACACAUCGCACUUAUUGCUGAAGUCAAGGGAAUACCCUUCCCAACAAUCACAUGGCAAAAGAAUGAGGCAGAAGUGCCUCCAAGAACUGAAAUGACCACAGCUGGAUCGACAACCAAGUUGGAGAUGCGUUUCUGUACCCGUGAAGACUGUGGUGAUUACACACUGACUGUGGAGAAUCCUGCUGGAUCUAAAACAGCCACAUGCACAGUGCUUGUCCUUGACAAACCUGGUCCUAUUCAGCACCUGAGGGUAUCUGAUGUCAGAUGUGACUCAGCUCAACUCUCUUGGAAAGACCCAGAGGAUAACGGUGGAGCUCGCAUCACUAACUUUGUGGUGGAAAAGAAGGAUGCAUCAGCAGCACAAUGGGUGCCAGUGUGCUCAACCUCCAAGAAGCGCAGCAUGAUGCUUAAGCACCUGAUGGAGGGCACUUCCUACUUGUUCCGUGUUGCUGCUGAGAAUCAGUUUGGCAGAAGUGAAUAUAUUGAGACAACCAAAGCUGCCAAAGCCAUGAAUCCUCUGUUCCCACCUGGACCACCAAAGGACUUGCAUCAUGUAGAUGUAGACAAAACAGAGGUGUGGCUUAAGUGGAAUUGGCCAGAUCGCACAGGUGGAAGUGAUAUCACUGGAUUCUUGGUUGAGUACCAAGAGGAGGGAGAGAGAGACUGGAUUAUCUUUAAUACAGUCAGUAUUCCUGAAUGCCAUGUGACAGGGCUUGAGGAAGGCAAGACCUAUAGGUUCCGUGUGAAGACUGAGAAUGCCAUUGGUCUUAGCCGACCAGAUACCACGGUUCCUGUCCUAUGCCAGGAAAAACUUGUGGCUCCUAUUGUUGAGGUUGAUGUGAAACUGAUUGAAGGAAUAAUUGUCAAAGCUGGAAGCACAAUUAGGAUGCCUGCCAUUAUGAGAGGCAUACCUACUCCCUCUGCAAAAUGGGCCAUUGAUGGCGAAGAAAUUGUGAGUGAAGGGAACAUCAAAUUGGACACUGACAACUACUCCUCCAUCCUCACCAUUUCAGAAUGUACAAGAGAUCACACUGGAAUUUAUCUUCUCACCGUCUCAAAUGCUGCUGGAAGCAAGACUGUAGCUUUGAAUAUUACAGUUCUUGAUGUCCCAGACGCACCAAUUGGCCCUGUCAAUAUCCUUGAGGUCACUCCAGAGUACAUGCUUAUUGACUGGCGUCCUCCUAAGAAUGAUGGUGGUAGCCCGGUCAUAAACUACAUUGUUGAGAAGAGAGAAGCCAAGAAAGAAACCUGGGGUGGAGUGAGCUCUGGCAGUACCAGCACCAAAUUAAAGAUUAGCCGUCUCCAGAAGGGUGUUGAGUAUGUUGUGCGUAUUCGUGCAGAAAACAAGAUUGGCAUCGGUCUUCCUCUUGAAAGUGCACCUACUGUUGCCGAGCACUCAUUUGAAGCACCUGCUCAUCCUGGUAAACCAACUGUGUCUGACCUGUCUGAAGAUUCUUUGACUCUUGGUUGGACCAUGCCCUUGUAUGAUGGUGGCAGUUCAAUUAGUGGAUACCUUAUUGAGCGUAGACAUGUUGGAGGAAAAUGGAUUAGAGUGAAUAAGACACCUUGCAAGGAUCUUAGGUACAAAGUGCUUGGACUUUAUGAGGGAACUAGCUAUGAGUUCAGAGUCUUUGCAGAAAACAUUGUUGGCUACAGUGGUCCUUCUCAAACUUCAGAUCCCGCUAAGCCCAGUCGACAAAUCACUGUGCCUGGACCCCCAGUCAAUCCGAAAGUGAAAGACUACAGUAAGUCACAUGCUGACCUGGUCUGGAUCAAGCCUACCAAGGACGGUGGCAGCCCUGUCUUGGGAUAUGUUCUGGAGAUGCAGAAGGCCGUUGGUGAAUGGGAGAACUGCAAAAAGGAUGACCUGAUUAAACUAUGUGCAUUCAUGGUCACAGGCCUUGAAGAGGGCAUUGAGUACAGGUUCCGUGUCAGAGCAGUGAACAUGAUUGGAGAUGGUGAAACUAGAGAAAUUCCAGAAUCUGUCAUCGCUCAGGACAUCUUGAUCCCUCCAGAGAUCGAGAUGGAUGCAACAUGCCGCACACAUUUAACUGUAAGGGUUGGGCAUAACAUUAACAUCAUAGGCUAUAUUAAGGCAAGACCUGACCCAGAAAUUACAUGGUCCAAGGGUGAGAACAUUUUGGAAAAAGACAAGCGUACCACAAUCACAGUUAACUUCCCAGUUGUUCACUUCCACAUCAAAGAGGCCAAGAGAGGAGAUCAUGGUCAGUAUGUUCUCAAAGCUGUCAAUGCCAGUGGUGAAGCAACAGCAACUGUUACCGUAAAUGUCUUAGACAGACCUGGACACUGUCAGAAUCUGAGAGUGACAUAUGUGAGCAGGCAUUCUUGCAUGGUAUGCUGGGAUACUCCUGAGGACAAUGGCGGCACUGAAAUCAGUCAUUACGUCAUUGAGAUGCGUGAACCCAAUGUGAGAGCAUGGGCUGUAAUUUCAUCUGUGUGCACAAACCGCAUGAUCAAGGCAAAACUAAUGGAAGGCCAUGAGUACUUCUUCCGCGUCUCUGCAGCAAACAAAUGCGGCCCUGGGCCAACAGCAGAGACAAAGGUACCAACCCUUGCCAUUGAUCGCAUGGAGAAGCCUGGCGAGCCAGAGAACUUCCGUGUCACUGACGUUGGUAAGAACACAGUCUCCCUUAGAUGGAGAAAACCAGACUAUGAUGGAGGAUGUCCAAAUCUAUUCUACAAUUUGGAGAGGAAAGCCAAAGGGGCUGAAGAGUGGGAGGAACUGAACAUUGAAACACUGCUCAAAGAUACAUUCUUCACUGUGGACAAAUGUGUUGAGAACCAAAUGUACGUUUUCAGGGUUCAAACUGUAAAUGAUGGAGGAGAAAGCAACUGGGUGAAGACAGGUGAGAUUCUUGUCAAAGAAGAUAUCCAGAAACCAGUUAUUGACUUGAAAUUUUCUGGCACCACUGUGGUAAAGGCAGGUGAAUCUGUCAGACUGGAAGCUAAUAUCAGAGGCAAACCAACACCAGAGGUUAAAUGGUUCAAAGACAGAUGUACAGCUGACAAUCCUAGGAUUUCUGUUGAAAAUGGCACUGAUUAUUCCAAAUUCCUCUUGUCCAAAUCCAAGCGUGGUGAUACUGGAAAGUAUGUGAUUACAGCCACAAAUCCAGCUGGCACCUUCACAGCCUAUGCCAACAUUAAUGUUCUGGACAUACCAGGCCCUGUGAGGGACUUGAAGAUUUCUGGCAUUUCAGUUGACAAGUGCAGAGUUGUUUGGGAUCCACCAGAGGAUGAUGGUGGCUGUGAGGUUGACAGCUACAUCCUGGAGAAAUGUGAAACCAGAAGAAUGGUUUGGUCCACUUACUCAGCCUCCGUUGUCACCAGCUACUGCAAUGUCACUCGUCUUGUAGAAGGAAAUGAGUACAUCUUCAGGGUCAGGGCUGAAAACAAAAUGGGCACAGGUCCUGCCAUUGAAAGCAAGGCCAUUACUGCCAGGAGCAUGUAUAACAAGCCUGGGCCACCAAAUAUCCCAGAGAUCACUAAGAUUGGCAAAGAGGAAAUGACCGUUGUAUGGGCUCCUCCAGAGAAUGACGGAGGAAAGUCUAUCACUGGCUACAUCCUGGAGAGGAAAGAGAAGCGUGCCGUCAAAUGGGUGCCAGUUACAAAGAGUGCAAUUUCAGAAAGACGUAUGAAGGUCACAAACUUGAUCCCCAACCAUGAAUAUCAAUUCCGUGUAAAGGCUGAAAAUGAAGUUGGUUUGGGAGAGCCCAGCAAACCCACAAGACCUGUUGCUGCCAAAGAUCCAAUUGAACCUCCUGGUCCUCCUGGCAGCUUGAAGGUGGCUGACAGCACAAAGACUAGCAUUUCACUUGGCUGGGUCAGGCCUGUAUAUGAUGGCGGUGCUCCAAUCAUUGGAUAUUCUGUGGAAAUGAGGGAAAAGGUUGAAGGAGAACCUGAACCUGAAAAGCCUGUGGCUGAAGUGGUUGAAAAGGUGGAAGGUGAACAGGUAGAAGGUGAACAAGUAGAAGGUGAAAAGCCCGAAGGUGAAAAGCCCGAAGGUGAAACGCCCGAAGGUGAAACGCCCGAAGGUGAAACGCCCGAAGGUGAAAAGCCUGAAGGUGAAGUUAAGGUGAAACCUGCAAAGGAUCCAAAGGCAGCUUGGAAGAAGUGUAACACUGGUGGAGCUCUGGUCCUCACAGAGUUUACCAUCCUAAAUCUGGAUGAGAAGAAGCAGUAUGAUUUCCGAGUUGCGGCUCAAAACCAGAUGGGCUGGGGUCGCCCGGCAAAACUGAAAGAGGCAGCGUCACCCAAGGAAAUACUUGAGGCCCCAGAGAUUGACUUGGAUGCUAGUCUCAGGAAGGGAUUUUCUGUCAGAGCGGGAUGCCCUAUUAGACUGUUUGCAACAAUAAGAGGAAGACCAGCUCCUAAAGUAACAUGGAAACGAAUAGGUGAAGACAACGUUCUUCGCAGAGGGCACGUGGAUCAGGUGGAUACCAUGUCCUUCCUUAUGAUACCUGAAAGUACCCGCGAGGAUUCAGGAAGAUACUCCCUGACACUGUCAAACUCUUCUGGGGAGAAGGCAGUGUUUGUGCGUGUGAAAGUUUUAGACACUCCUGGACCAGUUGGUGGAUUUGAAGCAUCAGAUGUCACAAAGACAUCAAGCCAGCUUGCUUGGCUACCUCCUGAUAAUGAUGGUGGCAGUCCAAUCUUGAAUUACAUUGUCGAGAAGCGUGAGGUUGAUAGGAAGACUUGGUCAAACUGCACCAAUGAAAUAAAGAAGACAAGCUUCAAGAUCACAAAUCUUUCACCAGGAAUUGAGUACUACUUCCGGGUCAUGGCAGUCAAUAAGUAUGGCAUUGGUGUACCUAAAGAUUCUCCUAAGUCAUACCUGGCAACUGAUCCUAUGAGUGAACCUGAUCCUCCUAAGAAAAUGGAUGUUUUGGAAAUUUCAAAGAACUGUGCAACCCUGGGAUGGUUGAAACCAUUGAGAGAUGGUGGAUCCAAAAUCAAUGGAUACCUUGUUGAUUACCAAGAGGAUGGUCAGCCUGAGGAUAAAUGGACACCAUAUUCAGUUGUUAAAGAUUUCACCAUUGUUGUUGUUGGACUGAAAGAAAAUACAAAGUACAGAUUCAGAGUGGCUGCAAGGAAUGCAAUUGGAUGCAGUCUUGCAAGAGAAGCUGAGGGAAUCUUUGAGGUCAAGGAACAGCUAAUGGCACCAAAGCUUAUAGUGCCAGAUGUAGUCACUGUGAAGGCAGGAACUAAGAUGAAAAUUGAGGCACUGUUUUCCGGUAAACCUCAACCCUCCAUAAAAUGGAAGAUUGGCAAUGAUGACCUGAUCACUUCAAACCGUGUGCUUGUGCAAAGAACCCAAAAUACCACCACCCUCUUCAUCAAAGAUGUUAACAGAAAGGACAGUGGUUACUACAGUCUUGCUGCUGUGAACAGUGUCUCAAAGGUCAACCAGAUCAUAAAAGUCAUUGUUAUGGACAUUCCUGGUCCACCUGUGGCUCCUCUUGAAAUAGUAGAAGUGGAUACUGACGCUUGCAGUUUGUCAUGGAAUCAACCACAAGAGGAUGGAGGAAGCAGUAUCACUAACUAUAUUAUUGAGAAAUGUGAUGUAUCCAGAGGUGACUGGGUCACAGCGUCCGCCUCUUGCACCCAGACCACCUGCAGAAUUGGAAAGCUCACUCAAGGAAAUGAAUAUGGUUUCCGUGUGCGUGCAGAGAACCGCUUUGGCAUUUCAGAGCCUAUUUACUCAGAGAAGAUGAUUGCAAGACAUCCCUUCGACACUCCUAGUGAGCCAAGAAAUCUCACUCUCGUGACGGUUAACCGAGACUCUGUGAUCCUCACCUGGGAGACACCAUCCAGUGAUGGUGGCAGCCCACUGUCUGGAUACUGUAUUGAACGCAAAGAGAGAAACAGCUUGCUCUGGGUUAAGGCUAAUGAGGCCUUAGUUCGUUCAACAGGAUACACUUGCUAUAGCUUAAUUGAAGGUCUUGAGUAUACCUUCAGGGUGUCUGCCCUCAACAAGGCAGGUCAGGGUAAACCAAGCAAGCAGACUGAUUUCAUCACAGCAAGGACUGCAGUUGAUCCACCUGGCAAACCAGAGGCCAUUGAUGUGACAAGGACUUCAGUGGCUCUUGUAUGGAACCGUCCAGAAAAUGAUGGAGGCAGCAAGCUCAUUGGAUAUUAUGCUGAAUCACAGAAGGUACCUGGAGAAACGUGGGUACGCCAUAAUGCCAACUGUCAGAAUGUGCCAAAGGAGAACUUCAUUGUUACUGGACUUGAGGAAGGUUCUCAGUACAAAUUCAGAAUAAUUGCAAAGACAGCAAUUAAUCAGAGUUUGCCCUCUGAGGAAUCAGACCCCAUUCCUGUGAUAGCAGAAACUGUUCCACCAAGACUUGAGAUCGGCCUUGACAUGAAGAACCUGAUCAUAGUGAAGGCUGGUGCAAAUGUGACACUUCAAGCUGAAGUCUAUGGAAAACCAUUCCCGAAGGUUUCAUGGAAAAGGAACGGCGAACCACUGAAGCUGAUUGAGGGAAUGAAGAUGAAACAGGACAGACACAUGUUCAGUCUGGAAAUGUUUGCUGUAGCCAGGAAGGAAACCGGAGACUAUACUAUUAUUGCUGAGAAUCCAAGUGGAAUGGCCAAAUCUAGCAACAUUAGACUCAAGGUUCUUGACAAACCCGGACCUCCAGCAUCAAUCAAGGUCAGCCACAUCUUUGCAGACCGCGUUAAAAUAAGAUGGGAACAACCUGUGGCAGAUGGUGGCUCUGAAAUAAUCAACUACAUUGUAGACAAACGUGAGACAAGCAGAGCCAACUGGGCUCAAGUCACAGCCAAUGUAAAUGGGCAGAUCACAAACUCUUCAGUGGAGAAACUGAUCGAGGGCCAUGAGUACGAGUUCCGUGUCAGUGCUGAAAACAAGUAUGGUGUUGGUGAUCCCAUUGUCACUGACAGUGUAAUUGCAAGGAAUCCAUUCGGUGUUCCCGGGCCUUCUGAUCCUCCAAUCAUUACAAACAUCAUGUGCAAUCAGAUGACUGUCACAUGGAAGGCACCCAAAGAUGAUGGCCGUGCACCCAUCAUUGGAUACAUAGUUGAAAAACGUGAAGCUGAAGAGCUCACCUGGACUAAAGUCAACCGCAAACCGGUGAUAGACAGAACCAUAAAGGCAAGCAGCCUCACAGAGGGAACAGAGUACGAGUUCAGAGUAACUGCCCUCAACAAAGCAGGCCUUGGGAAACCAAGUGAUCCAUGCAAUUCUGCAUGUGCACUGGAUCCUUUGUAUCCCCCUGGACCUCCUGCUUUCCCGAAGGUUGUCGACUCCACACACAGCAGCAUUAGCCUUUCUUGGACAAAACCAGCUUAUGAUGGUGGAUGUGAGAUCUUGGGCUAUCAAGUGGAGUUCAAGAGAGCAGAGUCUGAAGACUGGAUGAGGUGCAAUGUUCCAAAGGAUCUCCAGAUCACAAAGUUCGUGGUGACGGGUCUUAUGGAUAACACAGAGUACCAGUUCCGUGUCCUUGCAGUGAAUAAGAUUGGAUUUGGUGAACCCAGUGACGUUCCUGGAAAUCAUAUGGCCCAAGACAUCUUGAUUGCUCCUGAGGGUGAGCUUGAUGCAGAUCUUAGGAAGGUCCUUGUGCUCCGUGCUGGAGUUACAAUGAGACUCUAUGUGCCACUGAGGGGUCGCCCUGCACCCAAAGUGACUUGGACCAAAUUUAAUGCCAAUAUCAAGGAGCGAGAUGGGCUCAUGAUCAACUCAACAGAGUGGGACACAUAUGUGCAGUGUGAGAAUGUCAACCGAUAUGAUGCUGGCAAAUAUAUCCUUUCUCUUGAAAACAGCAGUGGAUCAAAGUCCUACAUCAUUAUUGUCAAGGUCCUUGAUACACCUGGACCACCUGUUGAUCUAAUUGUCAAGGAGACUUCAAAGAGCCAUGCAUUUAUAUCUUGGGCUCCUCCACCUAUUGAUGGUGGAAGCCCUGUAAAGAGUUAUGUUGUUGAGAAGCGCCUUGCAGAGAGAAAGGCAUGGACCUGUGUUGCCCCUGAAUGGCCUAAAACAUCGUUUAGAGUUCCAAACUUGGAAGAAGGAAUGGCUUACUGUUUCAGAGUGUCUGCUGAGAACACCUAUGGUGUUGGGGAGGGUUGUGAUACCGCCGGACCAGUCAAAGCUUCAGAACAACCUGGACCAGUAUUGGACUUCAAGCCUGCCGAUAUCACUAAGGAUUCAGUCACACUUGGCUGGAAGAAACCAGUUAGUGAUGGUGGAAGCCACAUUGUUGCCUAUGUUUUGCAAAUCAGUGAAGGGGAAGAAAAAUGGAAAGAACUGAUGAAAUCUAGGCUCUACCAGUUCACUGUCGGCAGCCUUGAAGAAGGAAAGGAGUACACUUUCAGAAUCAAAGCCGUCAAUGAAUCUUUAGAGGGUCCUCCAACCGAUGUCACUGUGCUUGCUAAAGAUCAGAUGGUUCUACCAAAUGCUGACCUCACACAUGUGCCAGAUGGUUGCUAUGUGGCAAAGGAGGGCAGCACUGUACGCAUUAACAUCCCUGUUAGUGGCAUGCCCGCCCCCGUUGCUAUCUGGAAGAAGGGUGGUAUUACUCUGUCAGACAGUGGAAGGAUGUCUGUUGAAUCUGCUCCUGGCAUCUCUACUUUGCUUAUCCGUGACAUCCAGCGGGGUGAUGCUGACAAAUUCGGUCUUGUUGUGAGGAACAGUGGUGGCACCAAAGAGGCAGUCAUUGACCUGAAGGUUGUUGGCAAGCCAGGACUGCCUACAGGUCCGAUCGUGUUUGAUGAAAUCACUGCAGAUGCAAUAACACUUGAAUGGGGUCCACCAAAGGAUGAUGGUGGCUCAGAGGUCUCCAACUACAUUGUGGAGAAGAGACACACCACAGCCAGUAAGUGGGUUACUGUUGCUUCAGCUCUCCAGAAGACUUCCAUGCGAGUGAUGAGACUCCAUGAUGGUACUGAGUACAUCUUCAGAGUGUUCGCGGAGAACAAAUAUGGAGUUGGCGAUUGGCUCAGAUCUGACCCAAUUAUUGCCAAGCAUCCAUUUGAUGUGCCUGAUGCUCCAGCUGCGCCAGAAAUCAUCAGCAUCCGUCAUGAGUCAGCUAUUCUGACUUGGUCAGAUCCAAAAGAAACGGGUGGCUCUCCAAUUACAGGAUAUCAUGUUGAGUUUAAGGAAAGAAACAGUUUGAUGUGGAAGAGAGCUUGCAAGAUCCCCCUCAGAGUGAAGGAGUACAGAGUGACCAGUUUGAUUGAAGGCCUGGAGUAUGAAUUUAGAGUUAUUGCCUUGAAUAGGGCGGGUCUUGGAAAACCAAGCAAAACUACAGAGCCUGUUGUUGCACUUGAUCCUAUUGAUCCUCCUGGUAAACCAGAUGUUAUCAAUGUUACAAGAAACUCAGUUACACUGGUCUGGACCGCACCCAAGUAUGAUGGUGGUCACAAACUGACUGGUUACUUUGUUGAGAAACUGGAACAGCCAGGAAAAGCAUGGAUGAAAGCCAAUCAUGUGAAUAUCCAGGAAUGUGCAUACACAGUGACUGAUCUGGCAGAGGGCUGCAAGGUUGAAUUCAGGAUUAGAGCAAAGAAUGCAGCCGGUGCAGUCAGUGUUCCAUCUGAGCAAACUGAUAGUCUUGUCUGCAAAGAUGAAUACGAGCCUCCUACCAUUGAAAUUGAUCCAGACAUGAAGGAUGGUGUCAGUGUUAGAGCUGGAGAAACCAUUGUAAUUACUGCCUCAAGCAUCCUUGGAAAACCACCCCCCACUAAUGUUUGGUCCAAGGGAGGCAGGGAAUUAAAAUCAUCAGAUACCGUCCAAAUUACGAGCACCCCAACUACCUCCACAAUUUCCAUCAAAUAUGCCAACAGGAAGAAUACUGGCGAGUAUAUUAUUACAGCAAGCAAUCCAUUUGGCAUCAAAGAACAACGUGUUAAGGUCAAGGUUCUGGAUAUCCCUGGACCUCCAGGUCCAAUUGAUUUCAGCAGUGUGUCUGCUGAGAAGUGCACACUGACUUGGCUGGCACCAGAAGAGGAGGGAGGCUGCACGAUCAAAUCUUACACUCUGGAGAAGAGGGAAACCAGCCGCCUUCUCUGGACAAAGGUUGCAGAGAAUAUCAUGGACUGCCGUUUUGUUGCAAGCAAACUCAUCAAAGGAAAUGAGUACAUCUUCCGUGUAUCAGCAGUGAAUCAGUAUGGUACUGGUGAUUCAACACUGUCUGGUUCAGUCAAGAUGAUUGACAGCUUCAGACCACCUGGACCACCAUCAAGGCCAGAAAUUGAUAAUGUCAGCAGAACCGCUGUCACCAUUUCCUGGAAGAGACCAGUUAUUGAUGGAGGAAGUGAUAUCAGAGGAUAUUGCGUGGAGAGGAGGGAAAAGAGAGGAAUGCGAUUUGUUAGAGCUUGCAAAAAAACAGUGUCUGACCUUCGUUACAAAGUACAGGGUCUGACAGAGGGCGUUGAGUAUGAAUUCCGUGUCACUGCUGAGAACAAGGCUGGCUUUGGAGAGCCAAGUGAAGCCUCACCAUUGGUGAUGACCAAGGAUAUUACAUAUCCCCCUGGACCUCCAUCCAACCCAAGAAUUUCUGAUACAACAAAAACCACAGCAACAUUCAACUGGGGCAGACCUUUCUAUGAUGGUGGGCUUGAAGUGGCAGGAUACAUUGUUGAACAUAAACGGGAAGGAUUUGAAGACUGGAUUGAAGAUGCAUCAGGCUUGAGAAUAAAUGAAUUUGUUGUUUCAAACCUACAAUCUGGUGGAAAAUACCACUUCAGAGUGAAGGCUACAAACUCAGAGGGAACCGGUGAAGCUGGUGAAGUUGAGGAAGUGAUUGAACUUGAGGACCGUGAAUCUGUUCCAGACUUUGAGCUUGAUGCAGAGCUCAGGAAAACACUUGUUGUUAGGUCAAGAGGCUCUAUCCGCAUAUUUGUACCAAUUAAGGGACGUCCAACCCCUGAGGUGAGCUGGACCAAAGACGGUAAACCCCUUAAAGGAAGAGCACACAUUGACACCACUGAGUCAUACACUCUUGUUGUGAUCCCUGACUGCACAAGAUAUGAUGCAGGAAAGUACGCCUUAAGUUUGGAAAAUGUUGCUGGCAAGAAGACUGGAUUUGUUAAUGUCAGAGUCAUUGAUACUCCUGGGCCUCCAGUUAACCUGCAACCUAGGGAAAUCACUAAAACUAGCAUCACACUUCAGUGGGAGUUUCCAAUAAUUGACGGUGGUUCCAAAAUUAUUAGAUAUGUCAUAGAGAAGCGUGACGCUACAAAGAAGGCCUAUACAUUGCUCACUGCUGAAUGGCAGAAGUGCUCCUACAAGUUUGCUAAUCUUGAAGAAGGAAAUGAAUACUACUUCAGAAUAUCUGCUGAAAAUGAAUAUGGUGUCGGUGAGCCAGCAGAAACUCCUGAAACUAUUAGAGCCUCUCAGGCACCAUCUACUCCAGAUAACCUUACUGUGACUGAUGUAUCAAAUGACACUGCAACUCUCGCAUGGACAAAGCCAAAACAUGAUGGUGGCAACCUAAUAACGGGAUAUGUUAUUGAGGCUCAGAAGGCUGAUCAGAAGGAUACCGAUCAGUGGACACAUGUGACAACAAUUAAAGCUCUUGACUAUGUUGCAACAGAUCUGGUAGAAAAUGCAGAGUAUGUGUUCAGAAUCAUGGCUGUGAACAAGUCCGGCAGGAGCAACCCACGUGAAAGUCGGCCUGUCAUAAUUAGAGAACAAACCUCAGCACCUCAGUUUGACCUCAAAUCAGUCUAUCAGAAGACAGUGGUCAUCAGGGCAGGAGAUAACUUGAAGGUUGAUAUUCCUGUGCUGGGUCGUCCAAGACCCGCAAUUGUAUGGAAGAAGGAGGGCGAAGAAAUUAAACAGACACAGAGAAUUAACAUUGACAACACAGCAACCUCAACUAUCUUGAACAUCAGAGAGGUCAAGAGGAGAGACGGUGGAGAGUACUCUAUGAUUGGAAAGAACAUCAUUGGCACAGUCACUGAGAUAAUCACAGUUAAAAUACAUGAUAUUCCUGGACCCCCAACAGGACCAAUUAAGUUGGAAGAAGUUUCUUGUGAUUACGUUCUAUUUUCCUGGGAGGCCCCAGAAAUUGAUGGUGGAGUUCCAAUCAACAAUUACAUUGUUGAGAUGAGAGAGACCACAGGAACAUCAUGGGGGGAGUUGGCUGCAACAGUCAUUCGUACAACAUUCAAGGCUGCCCGCCUGACAACAGGAAUUCAAUAUCAAUUCCGUGUUAAAGCCCAGAACAGGUAUGGCGUUGGCCCCUACAUAACAUCAGAGGCUGUGAUUGCAGCUUAUCCAUUUGAUGUCCCAGGUCAGCCGGGAAUUCCCCAAGUUGUUGCCUUUACUAAAGAUGCCAUGACCAUCAGCUGGAAUGAACCUCCUUCCGAUGGUGGAAGCCCUAUUUUGGGUUAUCACAUUGAGAGAAAAGAGAAAAACAGCAUCCUCUGGCAGAAGAUCAGCAAGGCCCUCAUGGUAGGAAACCUGUACAAAUCAUCAGGUCUCAUGGAUGGAAUUGCAUAUGAGUUCCGUGUCAUAGCUGAGAACAUGGCUGGUCUGAGCAGACCAAGCAAACCAUCAGAGAUGGCAUUUGCCCUAGACCCAGUGGAUCCUCCAAGUCAACCACUGGCUAUUAAUGUUACCAGACAUGAAGUGACUCUUCGCUGGGUAAAACCUGAAGGCGAUGGUGGUUUCUCAAUCACUGGCUAUACAGUAGAAAAGAAACAGUUGCCAGAUGGUCGCUGGCUUAAAGCUAACUUCAGCAACAUCUUGGAAACAAUGUUCACUGUCAGUGGACUCAUAGAGGAUGCAUCCUAUGAAUUCCGUGUUCUGGCAAGGAAUUCCGCUGGUGCUGUCAGCAAGCCAUCUCAAACAUCUGAGAUCAUCACCUGCAGAGAUGAUAUUGAAGAGCCUAGAAUUGAUAUUGAAGCGGCUUAUAAUAAUCUGAUUGUGGUAAGAGCAGGAGAUGUCUUUACUUUGGCUGCCGAUGUCACAGGAAGACCCAUACCAUCUUUGGUCUGGACCAAGGAUGGAAAAGAGUUGUUGGAGGACACAGCAAAAAUAGAAAUCAAAAGCACAGACUUUGCCACCACACUGGUUAGCAAAGACUCUCUGAGAAGAGAUGGUGGUGUUUUUACUCUGACGGCCAGUAACCCUGGAGGCUUUGCUAAGCAAGUGUUCAAUGUUAAAGUUCUCGACAGACCAGGACCUCCUGAUGGGCUCACGGUUUCUCAUGUGACUAUUGAUAAAUGUGUCUUGACCUGGUUACCUCCUUCACAUGAUGGUGGAGGCAAGAUAGAGCACUACAUAAUUGAGAAGCGUGAAACAAGCAGACUUGCAUGGACAAAUGUGGCAUCAGAUCUGAAGGUAAACCGUUUUAAGGUACUUAAACUGCUAAAAGGCAACGAGUACAUUUUCAGAGUGAUGGCUGUGAACAAGUAUGGAGUUGGAGAGCCCAUUGAAUCAGUGCCAACACUUGCUACCAAUCCAUAUGUACCAGCUGAUCCUCCACAACAACCUGAGGUGACUACCAUUACUAGAGAUUCAAUGGUUGUCUGCUGGGGACACCCAGAGAACAAUGGCGGAAGCAGUAUCUCAACCUACGUAGUUGAAAGAAGAGAUAAGACUGGUCUUCGUUGGGUCAAAUGCAACAAGAGGAGUGUGACUGAUUUACGAUUCAAAGUCUCUGGACUUACUCCAGGGCAUGAAUAUGAGUUCAGAAUUCUGGCAGAGAAUGCUGCAGGGUUAAGUUUGCCAAGUCCAGAUAGUCUUUUCUAUAAGGCAUGCGACACAGUGUUCCAGCCUGGACCAGUUGGCAAUCCAAGAGUGCUGGAUACAACAAAGUCCUCCAUUACACUUGCUUGGAACAAACCUGUCUAUGACGGUGGCUCUGACAUUACAGGAUAUAUGGUGGAAACCUGCUUACCUGAGGAAGACGAAUGGACUAUUGUUUCUCCAAAGCAUGGAUUAACUGCAACCUCAUUUACAAUUAUUGGCCUUCAGGAAAAUCAGGAUUACAAAAUCAACAUUGCAGCACUUAACAGUGAAGGAGUGGGUGAGCCUACUUCCGUGCCAGGAACACCCAUAGCUGAGGACAGGCUGAUUCCUCCUGAAAUUGAGCUUGGUGCAGAUCUCAGAAAGGUUGUUUGCCUCCGUGCUUGCAGCACACUAAGACUGUUUGUUCCCAUUAGGGGAAGACCCGCUCCUGAGAUCAAAUGGUCCAGAGAGAAUGGUGAGCCACUGGAGAGAGCCAAUAUUGAAAACACACCAUCAUUUACAUCAGUCAUGGUUGAAAAUGUUGACCGUUUUGACAGUGGAAAAUACAUGUUGACAGUGGAAAACAGCACUGGAGUCAAAACAGCAUAUGUAAAUGUCCGAGUCCAUGACACUCCUGGUGCCCCUCAGAAUCUUACAAUUAAGGACAUUACAAAGGAUUCCGUCUCCCUUAUAUGGGACCCUCCCAUUAUUGAUGGUGGAUCCAGGACAAGACACUACAUUGUGGAAAAACGUGAAUCUGCCAGGAAAGCAUACUCUACUGUAAAUGCUGGCUGUCCCAAGACAAGUUGGAAAAUUGGAGAUCUCACAGAAGGUUGCAGCUACUUCUUCAGAGUGUUGGCAGAGAAUGAAUUUGGCAUUGGUCUGCCAGUGGAAACUACAGAUUCUAUUAGGGUGUCUGAAAAACCACUUCCACCAGGCAAAGUUACUCUCAAAGCGGUCACAGGCACCAGCGUUACCUUAUCUUGGGAGAAGCCUGACCAUGAUGGAGGAAGCCGUAUCACAGGAUACAUUGUUGAGAUGCAAGGCAAAGGCAGUGAAAAAUGGACACAGUGCGCAGUUGUAAAAUCAACAGGAGCUGUAGUAGCUGGAUUGACACAAGGGGAGGAAUACACUUUCCGUGUUUCAGCAACCAAUGAGAAAGGAUUAAGUGAUCCUCGCCUAUUAGGUGUUCCUGUAGUGGCUAAAGAUACUGUUAUCACACCAACAUUCAAACUUUCAUUCAGCACAUUCAGUGUUUUAGCUGGCGAUGACCUUAAAAUUGAUGUGCCUUAUGCUGCUGAACCAAAGGCUUCUGUCACCUGGCACAAAGAUGGUGUCGCUUUGAAAGAAACCACAAGAGUCAAUGCAGAAGUCACUGACGGGCAUUUACAUCUUGUAAUCAAGGAGGCCACUAGAGAUGAUGUUGGCAAGUACACCAUUAAACUUACAAACACAGCAGGUGAGGCUACAACAGACAUUUCUGUCAUUGUACUGGACAAACCUGGUCCCCCAACCGGUCCUAUCAAGAUUGAUGAAGUCACAGCUGACAGCAUGAUACUGACAUGGCAAAUUCCAGAAUAUGACGGUUGCUGCUCUAUCAAUAACUACAUUGUGGAAAAGAGAGACACCUCAACAACAAACUGGCAGAUUGUAUCUGCAACUGUAGCAAGAACAACAAUUAAAGCAGCUAGGCUCAAGACUGGCUGUGAGUAUCAGUUCAGAAUUGCAUCAGAAAACAGGUAUGGAAAGAGUACCGUACUGUUGUCUGAAGCAAUUGUUGCUCAGUAUCCAUUUGAAGUCCCAAGUACUCCUGGCACUCCAUCUGUACAAUCUGCAACAAAGGAGAACAUGCUUGUUGUAUGGAACAUACCAGGCAGUGAUGGUGGAAGCAAGAUUCUUGGAUAUCACCUUGAAAGUAAGGAGAGAAACAGCAUCCUUUGGACGAAACAGAACAAGCAAAUCAUUCCCGAAGCAAAAUUCAAAGUUGCUGGCCUUGAAGAAGGCAUUGAAUAUGAAUUUAGAGUGUAUGCAGAAAAUAUUGUUGGUCUUAGUAAAGCCAGCAAACUGUCACAAAUACAAGUUGCCAGAGACCCUUGUGACCCUCCAGGCAAGCCUGAAGCAGUCAUUGUUACCAGAAGUGCGGUGACCCUCAGGUGGACCAAGCCAGAACUUGAUGGUGGUAGCAAAGUCACUGGCUACUUGGUUGAGAAGAAAGAGUGUCCUGACGGUCGCUGGAUGAAAGCCAGCUUCGCUAACGUAAUGAAUACUGAAUUUGUGGUCACCGGCCUGGUUGAGGAGCAGAAAUAUGAAUUCCGUGUCAUUGCAAGAAAUGCCGCUGGAGUGUCUAGCGUGCCAUCUGGAAGCACUGGAGAAAUCACUGCUAAAGAUGAAGUUGAACCACCUCAGAUAGAGAUUGACUCUAAAUACGCUGCAGUCCUUGUGGUAAAUGCUGGUGAAUCUUUCAGAAUUGAUGCUGGUAUUCAAGGCAAACCUGUGCCCACAGCCCACUGGCUAAAGGGUGGUGAAGAGAUCACAAAUGCAGCAGCACGGCUUGAGAUUAAAAACACAGACUUUACAGCCUCUCUGAGCGUAAAAGAGGCCAUUCGUGUGGAUGGAGGUCAAUACACCCUUCUUUUGAAGAAUGUUGGCGGAGAGAAGUCUGUGAAUAUCAACGUAAAAGUUUUAGACAGACCUGGUCCACCUGAAGGACCAAUUGAAAUCUAUGGAGUGACAAAUGAAAAAUGCAGCAUUUCUUGGAAACCACCACAACAAGACGGAGGUGCUGAUGUAUCCCAUUUCAUUGUUGAGAGAAGAGAGACAAGCAGAUUAGUUUGGACUAGAGUAGAAUCUAAGGUUGCAACUCUAAAUCUGAAGAUCACAAAACUUCUCCCUGGCAAUGAGUAUAUAUUCAGAGUGAUUCCUGUGAACAAAUAUGGAAUUGGUGAACCCCUGGAAUCGGAUGCCGUGAUUGCUACUAAUCCGUUUGUUGCACCAAGUGCACCAACAGGUGUUGAGGUGUCCAAUAUCACAAAAGAUACCAUGGUUGUCACCUGGGAAAGACCGACUAAUGAUGGUGGCAACAGCAUUGCAGGAUUUGUUAUUGAAAAACGUGACAAAGAGGGGGUUCGCUGGACAAGAUGCAACAAGCGUAUUGUGAGUGAACUGCGCUUCAGAGUUUCAGGGCUGACUGAGAGCCGCAGCUAUGAAUUCAGAGUGUCAGCUGAAAAUGCGGCUGGAGUUGGAGCACCUAGUGCCGUGACUCCUUACCAUAAGGCACUUGAUCCCAUUUUCAAACCAGGCCCACCAAAUAAUCCCAAAGUUAUCGACAUUUCUCGAUCAUCUGUAGUCCUUUCAUGGGGCAAACCCAUCUAUGAUGGUGGUUGUGAUGUUCAAGCAUACAUUGUGGAAGCCUGUGAGGUGGUAGCUGAUGAAUGGACAAUGUGCACCCCACCUACAGGAAUCACAAAGACAAGAUUUGAAGUGAAGAAACUUCUAGAAAAGCAUGAAUACAAAUUCAGAAUCUGUGCCAUAAAUAAGAUGGGGGUUGGUGAGAGUGCUGAUCUGGCUGCACCUGUCCUCCUUGAGGAAAAACUAGAGGCACCAGACCUUGACAUUGACGCUGACCUCAGAAAGAUGAUUAAUGUCAGAGCUGGAAACACCUUGCGAUUGUUCGUUCCAAUCAGAGGACGCCCUGCACCAGAAGUCAAAUGGGGAAAAGCUGAUGGUGAAAUGAAAGAAACCGCUCAAAUCGACACGACAAGCAGUUAUACUUCACUUGUUAUUGAAAAUGUUGAUAGAUUCGACAGUGGAAAAUACACUGUGACUGCUGAGAAUGCAAGUGGAGUCAAAUCUGCUUUCAUCAGUGUGCGAGUGCUUGACACACCUAGUUCUCCUCAGAACUUCACUAUCAAGGAGAUCACCAGGAACUCAAUCACUCUUACUUGGGAGCCACCUGCUUUGGAUGGUGGUGCUAAGAUAAAGCAUUACAUUGUAGAGAAGAGGGAGACCACAAGGAAGGCCUACUCUCCAGUUGUGACUUGCAACAGGAUGUCAUGGAGGAUAGAUAAACUCCAAGAGGGACAGAACUAUUUCUUCAGAGUUCUUGCUGAAACUGAACAUGGUACUGGAUUACCAGCUGAAACUCUUGAGCCUGUCAAGAUCUCAGAGGUCCCACAACCACCUGGUCGAAUGUCCGUUGUGGAUGUUACAAGGAAGACUAUUUCUCUUGCUUGGGAGAAACCUGAUUAUGAUGGAGGUAGCAAAAUAAGCCACUAUGAAGUUGAGAUGCAAGUAAAGGACACUGACAACUGGUCUUUAUGUGUUCAAAUAAAGGCACUUGAAACUGUAGUUACUAAUUUAGCCAAGGGUCAGUCAUACACAUUUAGGGUCAUUGCUGUUAACGAUAAAGGCAAGAGUGACCCCAGAAUCCUUGGCAGUUUUGUCGAAGCAAAGGACCUGGUUAUUCUACCUGCUGCUCGUCCAAGAUUGAGCACGUACAGUGUACAAGUUGGCUAUGAUCUCAAAAUAGAAGUUCCAGUAGCUGGACACCCAAAACCAACCAUCGCCUGGACUAAAGAUGGUGCAGCUCUGAAACAGACCACAAGAGUAAAUGUUGCAGACAGUGCACACAACACCAUUCUCACCCUUAAAGAGGCAACAAGAGAUGAUGGUGGCAUGUACAACAUUUCUGUAGUCAAUACUCUGGGACAGGCUGAUGUCGGUAUUGAAAUCAUAACACUUGACAAACCCGGUCCACCAACAGGCCCAGUGAGGCUAGAAGAUAUCAGUGCUGAAAGCAUUACCCUAUCUUGGGAGCCACCAGAGUACACUGGAGGUUGCCAAAUUUCAAAUUAUGUUGUUGAGAAGAGAGACACAACCACCGUUAACUGGAUUACAGUGUCUGCCACAGUUGCAAGAACAACACUGAAGGUAGCAAAUCUGAAAACUGGUGCUGAAUAUCAAUUCAGAAUCUGUGCUGAAAACAAAUUUGGCAAAAGUCAUGCUAUUGAUUCUGAACCUGUUCUUGCCCAGUACCCAUUCAAAGAGCCUGGACCUCCAGGUACUCCAUAUGUGUCUGCACACACAAAGGAGUCUAUGGCUGUAGAAUGGCACAAACCAAUCUCAGACGGUGGCAGUGUUAUUUUUGGCUAUCAUCUUGAAAGAAAGGAGAAGAACAGCAUUCUGUGGACAAAGAUGAACAAGAUCCUCAUACAAGACACUAGAUACAAAACAUCCCCAUUAGAAGAGGGCAUUGAAUAUGAAUACAGAGUUUCUGCUGAGAACAUUGUUGGUAUUGGUCAAUACAGCAAAGUCUCAGAGGGCUGUGUAGCCCGUGACCCUUGUGAUCCACCUGGUACACCGUUGGCCAUUGUUGUGUCUAGACACUCAGUGAGACUGCGCUGGACCCCUCCUCAGUAUGAUGGUGGCAGCAUGGUCACUGGAUAUGUUGUGGAGAGACGAGACCUUCCAGAUGGUCGAUGGAUGAAGGCAAGUUUCGCAAACGUCAAAGAAACUGAAUUUUCUGUCGAAGGACUAAAAGAAGACUCUAAGUAUGACUUCAGGAUAAUUGCCAGAAAUGCAGCUGGUGCUAUCAGCAAACCAUCUGAGAGCACUGGAUCCAUUACAGCAAAGGAUGAGGUUGAACCACCAACAUGUGAAAUUGAGUCCAAGUUUAGCCAGGUCACGGUUGUGAAUGCAGGGGACACAUUCAUACUUGAAGCUGAUGUGCAAGGCAAGCCCUUGCCCACAAUUCAGUGGUUCAAGGGUGAUGUGGAAGUUGAAAUGUCUGCCAGAUGUGAAACCAAGAACACAGACUUUAAAGCAGUACUUGUGGUUAAGGAUGCCAUUCGAAUUGAUGGUGGACAAUACACUCUCCAAAUUACCAAUGUAGCUGGAACUAAAACUGCAACCUACAAUACGAAAGUGCUUGACAGACCAGGACCUCCAAAAGGACCUCUGACUGUCUCUAAUGUAACAUGUGAAAAAUGUUCACUGUCUUGGCUUCCUCCACAACAUGAUGGUGGCAGCAGCGUUUCUCACUAUAUCAUCCAAAAGAGAGAAACCAGUCGUCUUGCAUGGACUCUGGUUUCUGGUGAGUGUGGAGCAACUAUGUUCAAAGUAACAAAGCUCCUCCAAGGAAAUGAAUACAUUUUCCGUAUCAUGGCUGUUAACAAGUAUGGUGAUGGAGAACCUCUGGAAUCUACACCAGUAAUUAUGAGAAAUCCAUUUGUCGCUCCUGACGCACCAAAAGAUAUAGAAAUCGUCAACAUCUCAAGAGAAUCCAUGACUGUGUGCUGGAGCCGAUCAGAGAAUAAUGGUGGCAGUGAGAUUGCCGGGUACAUUGUGGAGAAGAGAGACAGAGCUGGAGUUAGAUGGACAAAAUGUAACAAACGCAGAGUAACAGAUCUACGUUUUAGAGUGACAGGACUCACAGAAGAUCAUGAGUAUGAGUUCAGGGUCUCAGCAGAAAAUGCAGCUGGCCCUGGACAACCAAGCCCAGAAACUAUUUACUUCAAGGCAUGUGACCCCACAUUUAAUCCUGGCCCACCCACAAAUGUUCACGUUCUGGAUACGACCAAAAAUUCAGUCUCACUGGCAUGGGGAAGACCAAUCUAUGAUGGUGGCUGUGAUAUUCAGGGAUAUGCUGUGGAGAUCUGCAAAGUAGAUGAGGAGGAUUGGACUGUUUGCACACCAGCAACUGGACUGAUUGCCACUAAAUUUACUAUCACUAAGCUCAUAGAGUACCAGGAAUAUAUGGUUCAGGUAUGUGCUAUUAACAAAGAAGGAGUUGGUGAACCACUUGCCCUACCUGGAACAGUCAAACCUGUAGAUAACAUGUUUGCUCCAGAGAUUGAGCUUGAUGGAGAUCUGAGAAAGGGUAUUGUUGUUCGUGCUGGUGGAUCUAUGAAAAUCAGGAUACCCUUCAAAGGACGUCCUGCUCCAGAAAUUAACUGGACCAAAGAUGAUGGAGACAUUCCUGAGAGGGCGCAAGUUGAAAAAGCCCUUGAUUACACUGUGGUAUCAGUUGACAUCUGUGACAGAUAUGAUGCCGGAAAAUAUGCCCUGAAUUUGGAAAAUAACAAUGGAUCCAAGUCCGCAUUUGUUAACGUUAAAGUGCUGGACACUCCAGGACCACCACUGAAUCUUACUGUGAAAGACAUAACAAGGAGUUAUGUCACUCUGAGUUGGGAGCCCCCAGCUAUUGAUGGUGGUGCCAAAAUCAAGAACUAUGUUGUGGACAAGCGUGACUCAACCAGACAGGGCUAUACCAAUAUCAACCCCAAGUGCACUAAGACAACUAUCCGUAUUGGAGAUCUUGUUGAGGGUGGCAUUUAUUACUUUAGAGUCAUGGCUGAGAAUGAAUUUGGAGUUGGCUUACCUGCUGAAACAGAAGAUGCAGUCAAGACAUCAGAGGUCCCUCUGUCUGUGGGUAAGGUCACCCUAACUGAUGUCACAAAAACUACAGCCUCGCUGUCAUGGGAGAAACCAGACUUUGAUGGUGGCAGUAGGAUUCUAGGAUACUACAUUGAAAUGCAGCCUAAAGAAUCAGAGGAAUGGAUUGUGGCAACAACAACUAAGACUUGUGAGGGAACCGUCGCUGGGCUUAGUACAGGUCAGGAAUAUCUCCUCAGAGUUUCAGCCUUUAAUGAAAAAGGAAGAAGUGAUCCAAGAACAUUACUUAACCCUGUAGUAGUUAAAGAUGUCACCAUGAAACCCCAUCUCAAGAUGACUGUUAACACAUUCAGUGUUCAGGCGGGUAACGAUUUGAAAGUAGAGAUACCAGUAUUUGGCCGUCCAGCACCAAAGAUCAUAUGGGCUAAAGGUGGACAAGCUCUCAAAGAAACAACCAGAUUGAAUGUCUCUACCACAGCAACAACAACUGUUCUUCAUCUCAAAGAUGCUAAUAGAGAGGACUCUGGUAAAUACACCAUCACAGCUGCUAACACUGCAGGAACAGUUACAGAGGAAAUUGGAAUAAUAAUUCUGGACAAGCCUGGCCCCCCAGUUGGACCUGUCAAAAUUGAGGAGGUCAGUGCUGAUUAUGUCAACCUCUCUUGGGAGCCACCUGUGUAUACUGGUGGUUGUCAAAUCAAUAACUACAUUGUGCAAAAACGUGACACAACCACCGUCAACUGGCAGAUUGUGUCUGCAACUAUUGCACGUACAACAAUCAAAGUAACUAAGCUGAAAACUGGCACAGAGUAUCAGUUUAGAAUUUCAGCUGAAAACAGAUAUGGAAAGAGUCCAGCAAUUGAUUCAACCGCUGUUGUUGUACAAUAUCCCUUCACUGAGCCAUUAGCCACUGGCACUCCUGAAAUCACAUCAGUGACUAAGGAUUACAUGGUCGUUGAAUGGAAGCCCCCUGCUAACAACGGAGGCAGCCCAAUUCUUGGCUACCAUGUAGAACGUAAAGAGAAAAACAGUAUCCUGUGGACUAAGCUGAACAAACUUUUGAUCCCUGACACUAGACUGAGAACAAACGGUCUUGAAGAGGGUAUUGAGUAUGAAUACAGAGUCUAUGCUGAAAAUAUUGCUGGACUUAGUCCUGUAAGCAAAGUGUCUGCGACCACAGUUGCUCGUGACCAAUGUGAUGCACCCGGUACCCCUGAAGCUAUUGAUAUCACAAGAAACCAUGUGACACUUACCUGGACAAAGCCACAAUAUAAUGGUGGUAGUGCAAUUACAGGAUAUAUUGUUGAGAGAAAGAAGCAUCCUGAUACUCUCUGGAUGAAGGCAAGUUUCGCUAAUAUCAUUGACACUCAGUUUACAAACACAGGUCUCACAGAAGAAAGAAUAUAUGAAUUUAGAAUAAUUGCAAGAAACGCAGCUGGUAUUUUCAGUAAACCCUCUGGAAGCACUGGACCAAUCACAGCUAAAGAUGAAAUUGAAGCACCAACCAUUUCAAUGGAUACAACUACAAUUACUGUCCAUGCUGAUGAAAAUUUUGCAAUUGAGGCUGACAUUGCUGGAAAACCAGUUCCUGAAGUUAUGUGGACACGGGAUGGUAAAGAAGUCGAUAAUGCUACACCAAGAGUGGAGAUAAAUACUACUCUGCAACGCAGUAUUCUCACAGUUAAGGACUGCAUUAGGGUAGAUGGGGGACAUUUUGUGCUGAAUCUUACUAAUGUUGGAGGCACAAAAGCGGUUCCAAUAACUGUUAAAGUCCUUGAUAGACCUGGACCAGCUGAGGGCCCUUUGAGAGUUACUGGUGUCACAGCAGAGAAAUGCUAUCUCCACUGGGACCAUCCACCACAUGAUGGUGGUGCAAGCAUAUCCCAUUAUAUUAUUGAGAAGAGGGAGACCAGUCGUCUCUCUUGGACUGUUGUGGAACCCAAAAUCCAAGCCAUUAGUUACAAAGUGACCAAGCUCCUGCCAGGAAAUGAGUACAUCUUUAGAGUUAUGGCAGUGAAUAAAUAUGGAGUUGGUGAGCCUCUGGAGUCUGAGCCUGUGAUUGCACGCAAUCCAUUCAAGCCACCUGGUCCACCAUCAACACCUGAGGCAGGUGCCAUAACAAGGGAUUCAAUUGUUCUGACAUGGGAACGCCCUGAGGAUGAUGGAGGUUCAAUGAUCGACGGUUACGUCCUGGAAAAACGUGACAAGGAAGGCAUCCGCUGGACAAAGUGCAACCGCAAAAGACUUACUGAUUUGCGUUUCAGGGCUGCCGGAUUAAACGAGGGACAUUCCUAUGAAUUCAGAGUAUCUGCUGAGAAUGCAGGUGGUGUUGGAACACCAAGUAAGUCAUCAGAAUUAUACAAAGCUUGUGAUGCAACAUACCCCCCUGGUCCUCCAAAUAAUCCCAAAGUGACUGACCACUCAAGUGCUACUGUUUCCCUUGCAUGGAGCAGACCUAUUUAUGAUGGUGGUGCAUCAGUCUCUGGGUACAUGGUUGAAGUGAAAGAAGCCUCAGAAGAUGAAUGGACCAUUGCCACCCCACAUUGCGGUGUGCAAGUAGCCCAUUACACGGUAAAGAAACUGAGGGAGAAUGCAGAGUACAAUUUCCGUAUCUCUGCUAUAAAUAUUGAAGGAGUUGGUGAGGCUAUUGAUCUUCCAGGUACUGUGACUGCUGCAGAAAAACUUGAGAUCCCUGAGAUUGAACUCGGCGCAGACCUUAGAAAGAUGGUCACUGUCCGUGCAAGUGCAUCAUUGAGGCUUUUUGUCACCAUCAGAGGAAAACCUGAACCUGAGGUCAAGUGGAGCAAGGCUGAUGGUACUUUGACAGAGCGUGCACAAAUUGAAGUUACCAGCUCCUACACAAUGCUUGUCAUUGACAGUGUUGACAGAUUUGAUACUGGUAAAUAUGUUUUGACUCUCGAAAAUAACAGUGGCAAAAAAUCAGCCUUUAUCAAUGUGAAAGUAUUGGAUUCACCAAGUGCACCUGAAAACUUUGAAAUCAAGGAUAUCAAAACAAAUUCCGUGCAACUAUCCUGGGAACCACCUCUCAUUGAUGGCGGAUCUAAAAUAACCCAUUACAUGGUGGAGAAGAAGGAGUCUCAAAGACUGUCAUUUACAUCUGUAACAAACAAUUGUGUGAGGAAUUCUAUCCUCGUUCCUGAUCUCCAAGAGGGAGGUGUUUACCACUUCCGUGUGUUGGCUGUCAAUGAGCUCGGUGUUGGUUUGCCAGCAGCAACUAUUGAGCCCAUCAAAGUCUCCCAAGCACCUUUACCUCCAGGAAAAGUCACACUUGUUGAUGUAACACGUCACACUGUAAUGCUUGCAUGGGAUAAACCAGACCAUGAUGGAGGCAGUAAAAUUACAGGCUACACUGUGGAAAUGCUUGCCAAAGGAGCUGAUAAAUGGACUGUGUGUGCCACAGUAAAAGCACUGGAGGUAACCAUUGAAGGACUCACUUCAGGAGAGGAGUAUUCAUUCAGAGUCACAGCUUUGAAUGACAAAGGCAAAAGUGAUCCUAAACCACUCGGUGAACCCGUGAUUGCAAAAGACAUUACUACCGAGCCUACCAUAAACCUGCUUUUCAGCACUUACAGUGUGAAGGCCGGCGAUGACCUCAAAAUUGAUAUUCCAUUCAGGGGCAGACCUCAACCAGAAGUCUCAUGGAAAAAGGAUGGUCACUCACUCAAGCAGACGACUAGAGUGAAUGUUUUAUCAUCUGCUACCUCAUCCAAAAUUACAAUCAAAGAUUCCACAAGGGAGGAUAAGGGCAAAUAUGAAAUCACAUUGACAAACUCAAUUGGUACUAAAUCAGCCAAAAUAACAGUAGUUAUCCUGGAUAAACCAGGUCCACCUGGUCCCAUACAAGUCGAUGAAAUCAGUGCUGACAGUCUAGUAUUGUCAUGGGACCCACCAAUGUAUGAUGGAGGUUGCCAGAUCAACAAUUAUGUUGUUGAGAAGAGAGAUACCACCUCUACAAACUGGCAAAUCGUAUCAGCCACAGUUGCCAGAACAUCAAUUAAGGUUGCUCGUUUGACACAAGGAAAUGAGUAUCAGUUCCGUGUUGCUGCAGAAAACCGGUAUGGCAAGAGUCAUGCAGUGGAUUCAGCUCCUAUUGUUGCACAAUACUCCUUUACACCUCCUGGUCCUCCAACCAACCUCGAAGUUGCUCAUGCCACCAAGUCAGGCAUGCUGGUCAAAUGGGAUACACCUGCAAGUGAUGGUGGUAGUGCAAUAAUUGGAUAUCAUUUGGAAGGAAAAGAACACAACAGUAUUCUGUGGACAAAACUGAACAGAGGUCUUAUCACUGAAACUGAGUUCAAGGUAACUGGCAUUGAAGAGGCCUUGACAUACCAGUACCGUGUCUAUGCUCAGAAUUUUGCUGGCAUUGGACCUUGCACCAAAGCUUGUGAACCCGUUGCUGCUAGAGACCCAUGUGAUCCACCAGGUCAGCCUGAGGUCAUCAACAUCACAAGAACAUCUGUUUCCCUGACAUGGACCCCACCUGAGUACAAUGGUGGAGCUAUGUUGACCGGUUACAUUGUUGAGCGCAGGGAAUUACCUGAUGGUCGCUGGCUCAAGUGCAAUUUCGCAAACCUCCAGGAAGUAUUCUUUGAUGUAACAGGCCUUACAGAGGAUGUAAGCUAUGACUUCCAUGUUAUUGCCAAGAAUGCUGCCGGACUGCUCAGUCAACCAUCAAAGGCCACGGGAUCUAUCACUGUUAGAGAUGAUGUUGAUGCACCAUGCAUCGAAAUGGAGGACAAAUACAGACAGCUGGUGGUUGUGAAAGCUGGGGAUCUUCUAAGAAUUGAUGCCAGUUUCACUGGACGUCCCAUCCCAGUGAUAUCAUGGGCAAAGGAUGGUAAGGAAAUUGAAGCUAAGGCUAGAUGUGAGAUUUCUGCAACACAUAAUCUGACAACAUUAAUUGUCAGAGACAGCAUCAGAAGGGACUCUGGUCAAUAUGUCCUAACUCUACAAAAUGUUGCUGGCGCUAGAUCAAUAGCAGUAAAUUGUAAGGUACUUGACCGCCCAGGGCCAUCUGCAGGACCGCUGGCAGUCAAUGGCAUGAGAGCAGAUAAAUGCACACUGUCAUGGGGACAUCCUCAAGAAAAUGGUGGUGCAGAAAUCCAGUAUUUCAUUGUGGAGAAACGCGAAACAAGUCGCCUGGCCUGGACAUUGGUUUAUGCUGACAUGAAAGCUACAACAUGCAAAGUUACUAAACUGCUUAAAGGAAAUGAGUACAUUUUCAGAGUGAGAGGAGUAAACAAGUAUGGAAUUGGUGAGGCUUUGGAAAGUGAUCCUGCCAAGGCACUCGAUCCAUUUACAGUGGCAGCCGCACCAACAAAUGUGGAAGUCACCAGUGUCACAAGUGGGGCCAUGACCAUUUGCUGGGAGAGGCCAGACGCUGAUGGAGGAAGCACCAUUGCUGGAUAUGUGAUUGAGAAACGUGAGAAGACCGGUCUGCGCUGGUGUCGUGUGAACAAAAAACCUGUGUAUGACUUGAGAGUCAAAGCAUCCAAUCUCCGUGAAGGAGCUGAAUAUGAGUACCGUGUCUUUGCUGAAAAUGCUGCAGGCUUAAGUCUCCCAAGUACACCUUGCCCCUUGACAAAGGCAGCAGAUCCAUUGUUCCUGCCAUCUCCACCAGCUAAACCCAGAAUUAUUGACUCAACCAAAACUACAAUGACUCUUGCCUGGAAUAAACCAUUGUUUGAUGGUGGAUCUCCAAUCACAGGGUACUCUGUAGAAUACCAGAAAUCAGAUGAUGAUGAUGAUGAAUGGAUUGUUGGUGUUCAAAACACAAAGAACACUGAGUUCACUGUUGUGGGACUUACAUUUGGAGUUGAAUAUAUCUUCACGGUCAGAUCCAUUAACAAGAUUGGCCUGAGUGAACAAAGCCAGCCAACAGAUAUUCAGGUGGCUAAAGAGAGAGAGGAUGAACCUGUUUUCCUGAUUGGUAAUGAAAUGAGGAAGACCCUGGUUGUGAGAGAUGGUGGAUCCUUUACUAUGAGAGUACCCUUCAAAGGCAAACCUGUCCCACAUGUGAUGUGGAACAAGGCUGAUGUUGACCUUAGAGUAAGGGCAACCAUUGAUACCACAGACACUUGCACAGCUAUAACAGUUGAACAAGCAACAAGAAAUGACUCAGGAAAAUAUGUUGUGACACUACAAAAUGUAGCUGGAUCUGCAAUACUGAACUUGAACGUCAAAGUUCUUGACUCCCCUGGUCCACCAAAACAUAUUGAAAUCAAGGAUGUCACCCGAACCUCUGCAACAAUCACAUGGGACACGCCUGACAAUGAAGGUGGAGGUCCUGUGAAGAACUAUCUUGUUGAUAUCAGAGAAGCCAGCAAAAAGGGAUGGACUAGGCUUACAGACAGUUGCCCACGGAUGACAUACAAGGUGUCUGAACUGAUAGAGGGAGGUGUAUACUAUUUCAGAAUCACUGGUGAAAAUGAGUAUGGUGCUGGGGUUCCAUCUGAGACCAAGGAAGGAACUAAGAUGUCUGAAAAACCAAGCCCACCAGAAAAACUAGGAGUGACUGAAGUCACUAAGGACAGUGUUGCUCUUGCAUGGAGCAAAUCGGAACAUGACGGAGGAAGCCGAAUCACUGGAUAUCAUGUAGAAACACUUGAAAAAGGACAGGAGAAGUGGGUGAAGUGUGUUGUUACCAAAGCCGCCUGCUUUGUUGUCAGCGGUCUAAGAGAAAAUGUAGAAUACUUCUUCAGAGUCCGUGCUGAAAACCAUGCUGGCCUGAGUGAGGCCAAGGAUAUGCUCCUGCCUGUCCUUGUGAAAGAUCAGCAUGAAUCCCCGGAGAUCAACAUGAACAAUGUCCCUCACAAUACUGUUUAUGUUAAAGCUAGAUCAAACAUUAAGUUGGAGAUCCCACUAACUGGUAAACCAAUGCCAAAGGUGACUCUCACCAAAGAUGAUGUUGAGCUAAAAUCAACUUUGAGAUUCAACUCUGAAGUGACUCCAGAUACCCUCAUCAUCACACUACGGGAGAGCAUUGCUGUUGAUGCAGGAAGAUAUAACAUCACUGCCUCAAAUUCAAGUGGAACCACAAAGUCCUUUGUCAAUAUUGUGGUCCUUGAUAGGCCAAGUGUUCCACUUGGACCAGUUGAGUUGUAUGACACCACAGAAGACAGCGUUAGCCUGAAAUGGCUUCCACCUGCAUAUGAGGGUGGCAGCCCAAUCACCAACUACAUCGUUCAGAAACGUGAAACAACCAAUGCCAACUGGGUUGAUGUGUCAUCAGCAUGUGCAAGAUCCACAAUUAAGAUUAUGAAACUGACCACUGGAGUUGAGUAUCAGUUCAGAAUGCGUGCUGAGAAUCGACUUGGCAUCAGUGAACACCUUGACUCUCCAACUGUCACCGUAAAUCUCCCUUACACUCUUCCUGGAGCACCACUGCCACCAUUUGUGUCACAUGUCACAAGAGAGACCAUCACCGUUGACUGGAAAGAGCCCUCAUCUGAUGGUGGAAGCAAUGUAUUUGGAUACCACCUCCAGAUGAAAGACAAAAACAGCAUUCUUUGGCAGAAGGUUAACAAGUCUGUCAUCCGUGCCACUCACUUCAAAGUGAUCGAUAUUAAUCCUGGCCUGAUCUAUGAGUUCAAGGUUGCUGCUGAAAAUGCAGCUGGCAUUGGUGAAGUGAGCAAAAUAUCAGAUGCUGUCCUGGCAAUUGAUGCCUGUGAGCCACCAACUGAUGUUCGUGUCACUGACAUUACAAAGAACUCAAUAACCCUGGGCUGGCAGAAGCCUUCCUAUGAUGGUGGUAGCAAAAUCACUGGGUACAUCAUUGAGAAGAGAGAUGGACCAAACAGUAGAUGGUCUAAAGCCAACUUGGCAAAUGUGUCUAGUCGCAGGUUCACUGUGCAAGGCCUUACUCAGGAUGAGUCCUAUGAAUUCAGAGUCAUGGCUAAGAAUGCAGUUGGUUCAAUCAGCAAUCCUUCAAGUGUUAUUGGACCAGUUACAUGUGUUGACACAUUCGGUGCUCCAGAGAUCAUGAUUCCCUCAGAAUAUAUGGAGACUGUGAAACAUAAGGCAGGGGCCACAGUUGAGCUUAAGGUUGGACUCAUUGCAAAGCCUCAGCCAACAAUUGAAUGGUUCAAAGAUGGCAAAGAGCUGGAGUCUAGUGCCCAGAUCAUUAUCAAACACACCUUUGAGUCUACAAGUGUCAUAAUGAGGGAUGUCACUCGUCUCAACUCUGGAACAUAUGACGUCAAAAUAAAAAAUUCUUUGGGAUCUGCAUGGGGUUCCAUCAGAGUGCAAAUUCAAGACAAACCUGGACCUCCAGUCGGAACUAUUCAGUUCAAGAAAAUCACUGCUAGCAUGAUGACCAUAAUGUGGGAUCCUCCAGAAGAUGAAGGUGGCGCAAUGGUCACCCACUACAUCGUAGAGAAACGGGAGUCAAGCAGGAUUAUGUGGUCGAUUAUAUCUGAGACACUGGUGGACUGCAUUGUAUCUGUACAGAGACUGAUUAAAGGCAAUGAGUAUAUAUUCCGUGUCAGAGGUGUAAACAAAUUCGGAAUUGGAGAUGCUUUGGAAUCUGAUCCUGCUAUUGCACGUAACUCAUUCGUUCCUCCAAGCCAACCAUCCAAACCUCAGGUCACUAUGAUUACUAAAUCAACAAUGACUGUGGUAUGGGAAAGACCAACUCUUGAUGGUGGAAGUGACAUUGACGGAUAUUACCUGGAGAAACGGGAGAUAAAGAGUCUGCAGUGGUUUAAGGUCAUCAAAGAUCAGAUUCGAGAUACCAGACAAAAGGUCAGCAACCUCACAGAUGGAAACGAAUACCAGUACCGCGUCUGUGCAAUCAACAAAGCCGGAGCUGGUGCCUACUCUGAAGUAUCCCCAUUCUACAAAGCUUAUGAUCCAAUUCACCCACCAAGUGAGCCAACCAAGCUUAAGAUCGUUGACUCCACUAAGACUUCUAUAACACUGGGAUGGGUAAAGCCUGUGUAUGAUGGUGGCAGUGAAAUCACCAGCUAUGUUGUUGAACAAAUGGACACUGAAGAAAGGGAAUGGAAUGUGAUUAGCUCCAAGGGUGAAGUGAGGACAACAGAAUUUGUUGCAUCUCACCUGAAACCUGGAAUCUGGUACUUCUUCCGUGUCUCUGCUGCUAACUGUGUUGGAGCUGGACGUUCAAUUGCGAUUGUUCAACCAGUCCAGGCAAAGGAUAUCCUUGAGGAAGCUGAUGUUAACCUUGAUAUCUCUAUGUCAACUCAGUAUACUGCAAAGGCAGGCAGGGAUGUGGAAAUAAUGAUUCCUCUCAAGGGCAGACCUGCACCAAAUGUCACCUGGAGGAGAGGAGAUAAGAACAUUGCUGCUGAUACAAGAUACACUAUUAAAAACACCGAAUAUUCAACAACUCUGAUUAUAUCCAAAGUAACCCGAGAUGAUUGUGGAAAAUAUCUUCUUGAAAUUGAAAAUGGUGUUGGUGAGCCCAAGACGAUAAUUGUCUCAGUUAAAGUACUAGACUCUCCAUCAGCUUGCCAUUCGCUGAUUGUUAAGAAUGUCAGUCGAGGCAAGCUCACACUGAGCUGGGAGCCUCCUCACAUAGAUGGUGGCUCUCCAAUUACCAAUUACAUUGUGGAGAAGAAAGAUGCCUUGAUGAAGGCAUUCACCGUUAUCACCACAGUGUGUCCCAACUCCACAUACAAGGUUGAUGGUCUCGCUGAGGACAUAGCCUACUUCUUCCGUGUUUCUGCAGAGAAUGAGAAUGGAAUCGGAGAUACAUGUGAAACUGCAGAGCCAGUUAGAGCCACCGAGACACCUGGUCCUAUCAAAAACCUGGUAAUGACGGAUUCUACUAGCACAUCUGUAACUCUGGCAUGGAUCAAGCCUGAUCAUGAUGGCGGCAGUCAUAUCGGAGAGUACAUAAUUGAGAAGAAAGCCAAAGAUGAAACAACUUGGUCGCUUGCUGCAACAUGCAGACGUUGCAAGUGUGAGGUUAAAAAUCUGAAAGCGUUUUCAGUGUUGGACUUCAAAGUAUUUGCAAAGAAUGAGAAGGGUCGUAGUGACUUCUCACAAAUCGGCCCCAUUACUGUGAAGGAGUGUGUUAUUUCACCUGAGGCAAACCUCAUAGACUAUGCAGGAGGUGAACUAUUUGUUCGUAUUGGACAAAACAUUGUCAUCGAUUUGCCAUUCAAGGGUAAACCAAAACCAGUAAUUUCAUGGAUGAAAGAAGACCAUCCCCUCAGAGAAAGUGAACAAGUUCGCUUCAGGGAAUCAGAAAACAAAGCUACCCUGACAGUGAGGAAUGCAAGAAAGGAAAAUGCCGGAAAAUACACACUUGUUCUGGACAACAAACAAGUCAAGAACUACUUUGACAUCAAAGUAUCUACUCUUGGAUCACCUUCUGCACCAGUUGGACCGAUACAAUUUGAUGAAAUCAAAGCACAGAGUAUAAUCAUUUCUUGGAAUGAGCCAAAGGAAAACGGAGGAGGAGAAGUUACAUGCUACAUUGUUGAGAAACGUGAAACAUCCCAGGCAGAAUGGAAGAUAGUUUGCGCCAGUGUGGUGAGGACCUCGUUUAAGAUUCCAAACUUGGUUAAAGAAACACAUUACCAGUUCAGAGUGCGUGCAGAAAACAAGUAUGGUGUGAGCGAGGCACUGAAUUCUGAGGAAGUGGUUGCCCAGCACCAGUACAAACCACCAGGUGCACCAGCCAAACCAGUUGUUCUCAAUGUGACAAGUGAUGGUAUGACCAUACAGUGGGAUGCACCAAGCUUCGAUGGAGGCUCUCCAAUCACUGGCUACCAUCUUGAAAAGAAGGACAGAAAUAGCCUUUUGUGGAUGAAGGUUAACUCCUCAGUUAUUUCAUCAAGAGAAUACAGAGCCAUUGGUCUAAUUGAGGGUCUGGAAUACUCCUUCAGAGUUUAUGCUGAGAACAAUGCAGGCCUCAGUCCUGUCAGUGAUCAAAGCAAACACAGACUGGCCAUCUCCCCUGUUGAUCCACCUGGCACCCCCAACUGCAUUGAUGUCACAAGAGACUCUGUCACAAUUCGAUGGGAACCACCCCAGCGCGAUGGUGGCAGUAGGAUUGUCGCAUACAGUGUUGAGAGGCGCCAAGGAAGAAACAAGUGGCUCAGGUGUAACUUCAUUGACAUCUGUGAAUGCCAGUUCACCGUCACAGCGCUUUCAGCUGGUGAUCGCUUUGAAUUCAGAGUGAUUGCAAGAAAUGCUGUUGGCACUGUCAGUCCGCCCUCGCAGUCUUCUGGCUACAUCAUGACAAGGGAUGAAAGUGUUAUACCUGAAAUUGUCUUCAGCACAGAGAAGAGCCUAACUAUCAAAGCAGGAGAAAACAUCAAGAUUCAGUGCAGCAUCAGUGGAAGGCCCUUGCCUCAGGUUGCAUGGUACAAAGAUGGAAAGGAGCUUGACAAGAUGCUGGUUGAAAUUAUAACUAAUGUUGGAUCAAGCAGCCUCUUUCUCAGAGAUGCUGACCGCAAUGAUCGUGGUGUUUACACUGUUGAGGCUAAGAAUAGCUCUGGCACAAUGAAGGAGGAUGUUCUUGUUAGAGUACAAGACACCCCUGGAUCUCCUGAAGGACCUCUAAGAUUCACCAAUAUUGGGGCUGAGAAAGCUACACUCUGGUGGAGCCCACCAGACAAUGAUGGCUGUGCAGGUAUCACACACUACGUGGUUGAGAAGAGAGAAACUUCAAGGAUCUCUUGGGCUCUCGUCGCAUCCAAAGUUGAAGCUUGCUCAUUCAACGCCACAAAGUUGAUCAAGGGCAAUGAAUAUCAGUUCCGUGUCUCUGCUGUCAACAAAUUUGGUGUCGGCAAAACUCUUGAAUCUGAUGCCAUCGUUGCAAAGAUGCAAUUCACUGUUCCUGAAGCACCUGGAACACCUGACUGUACGCAUGUCACAGGAAACAGCAUCACACUGGUCUGGACCAGACCCCGAUCAGAUGGAGGAAAUGAGAUCAAGCACUAUGUUCUCGAGAGACGUGAAAAGAAGAGCUUACAGUGGGUUAAGGUGUCAGCCAAGAGAUCAAUCACAGAGGUCAGGCACAGAGUCAUCAACCUGACGGAAGGAAAUGAAUACGAAUUCCGUGUGAUGGCUGAAAAUACUGCUGGCGUUGGACCACCAAGCAGCACCUCAAGACUGUUCAAGUGCAGAGAACCAACAAGUUCACCAAGCGCACCAUCUGUGGUCAAGGUGGCAGACUCCACAAAGUCAUCUGUAACUUUGGAAUGGAUGAAGCCUGUCUUUGAUGGUGGAUUGGACGUCAUUGGUUAUGUCAUUGAGAUGUGCAAGGCAAGUCUUGGGGAGUGGCACAGGGUGAAUAACGAAACUUGUAUCAACACUAAAUACACAGCAAAGGACUUGGAACCAGGCGAGGAGUACAACUUCCGUGUGUCUGCUCUGAACGGAGCAGGAAAGGGAGAACCUGGUGAGAUACCCAAUCCUGUAAGAGCUGUUGACAGACUCACAUCACCAGAGAUGGACAUCGGUGCAGACUUUAAGCAGACACACAUUGUGAGAAACGGAGGCACAGUUUCACUUCAUGUUGCCUUCCGUGGAAAACCUGCACCACUUGCUACCUGGACAAAGGUUGAUGGUGAAAUUGGUUUGAUGGUUGACAUCAAUACAACUGACUGUUUCAGCACUCUGACCAUGGAGAACUGCACUAGGUAUGAUGCCGGAAAAUACACACUGUCUUUGGAGAACAACAGUGGCCGCAAAAAUGUUACAUUCACUGUUAAGAUAUUGGACAGUCCUGGACCACCUGGACCUGUCUCAUUCAAGGAUGUGACAAGAGGAGCCCUCACUCUCAUGUGGGACGCUCCAAGCAAUGAUGGAGGCUCUCGCAUCACUCAUUACGUUGUAGAUAAGCGUGAAGCCAGUCGCCUGAGCUGGCAGGAAUGCAGCCCCAAGUGCAAUCGCCAGAUCCUUAAAGUGAACAACCUUGGAGUGGGUGUGGCAUACGUUUUCAGAAUUAUUGCCCACAACCAGUAUGGUGCCGGUGAACCUUACGAAAUGACAGAACCAAUUAUUGCCACUGAAGAGCCUGCUGCACCAAAGAGGCUUGAUGUCAUUGACACCACCAGCACAACUGCCUACUUGGCCUGGCUAAAACCUGAGCAUGAUGGUGGAAGCCGCAUCACAGGCUACAUCGUUGAGAUGAGAGUCAAGGGCACAGUCAACUGGCUGGUUGCUGGUCAAACUAAAUCUCUGAAAAUGGUGGUUGAAGGCUUGAUAGAGAACACUGAAUAUCAGUUCCGUGUCAAAGCCCAGAAUGAUUCUGGCAUCAGUUACCCAAAAGAUGCUCUAACCUCUGUUGUUAUUAAAGAGCCUCGUAUCGAGCCCACUGCAGAUCUCAGUGGCAUCACCAAACAGCUCAUCUCUUGCAAGGCUGGAGAUGCAUUCACUAUUGAUAUUCCAAUCAGUGGUAGACCAUCUCCUAAAGUAACAUGGAAACUUGAAGAGAUGAAGCUCAAAGAAACAGACAGAGUCUCAAUCAGAACUUCCCAGGAGAGGACCACCCUGGUGGUAAGAGACAGCAGGAGAGGAGACAGUGGCAAGUAUUAUCUCAUCCUGGACAAUGCUGCUGGAACCAAGACCUUCACCGUCAAUGUCAUUGUAACUGGCAGACCAACUCCAAUUACAGGCCCUAUUGAAAUUUCAGCUGUCACAUCUGAGUCUUGUGUGUUGACAUGGGCAGAACCUACCGAUGAUGGUGGAACAGACAUCACAAAUUACAUUGUUGAGAAACGUGAGUCUGGCAAUACCUCUUGGCAGGUGGUGAACUCCAGUGUUAAGCGCACCACAAUCAAAGUCUCUCACCUGACUAAGUACAUGGAGUACACCUUCCGUGUCUGUGCUGAGAACAAACUUGGUGUAAGCAAGUCCGUUGAGUCUACACCCAUGAUUGCUGAGCAUCCAUUUGUUCCACCAAGUCCACCUGGUAGACCAGAUGUGGUGUCAGUGUCUGCCGCUGCCAUUUGCAUUAAGUGGGAUUUGGCCUACAAUGAUGGUGGAAGUGCAGUCACUGGAUACUGGAUUGAGAAGAAAGAGAGAAACACCAUCUUGUGGGUGAGGGAGAACAAGCUUCCUUGCCUUGAUUGCCAAUACAAGAUCUCCACUCUCAUUGAAGGCCUUGAGUACCAGUUCAGAGUGUAUGCAAUGAACAUUGCUGGUCUCAGCAAAGCCAGUGAGGCAUCGAGACCAGUGCUGGCUUUGAAUCCAGUUGAUCCUCCUGGUAAACCAGAGGUUUAUGAUGUCACAAGAUCCUCAGUUUCCAUCCAGUGGACCAUUCCAUUCAAUGACGGUGGUAGCAAAAUUGUGGGAUACGUUGUUGAGCGCAAGAUAUUCUCUGAAGAUGAAUACAGCGAUGAACGCUGGUUGAAGUGCAACUACACCACUAUCACAGAAACCUGCUUUACCAUCUCAUCACUCAGUGAGGGAGAGGUGUAUGAGUUCCGUGUGCUUGCCAGAAAUGGUGCUGGUGUCCAUAGUAUGCCAUCUGAAACAACAGGACCGGUCACAUGCAAGGAUGAAUACACACCACCCAAGGCUGAGCUUGACAGCAAACUCAUUGGAGAGCAUGUCACUGUUCGGGCUGGAUCUGAUCUUGUACUUGAUGCAGCUGUUGGUGGCAAACCUGAACCCAAGGUAUUCUGGGCUAAGGGCGAAAAGGAACUGGAGCUUGGUGAAAAAUAUUCUUUGACAUACACCACCACCAGAGCCAUGGCCAUCAUAAAGAGCUGUGACAGAAACGACACAGGAAAAUAUGUGCUUACAGUGAAGAAUGCCAGUGGUAUCAAGACAAGUGCAGUUCAUGUCAAAGUACUUGAUACUCCUGGAGCACCUGACGGCUCCGUCACAAUCAGCAGGGUGACUGAAGAGAAGUGUUCCGUUGCUUGGAAGAUACCUCUGGAGGAUGGUGGUGACUCAGUGACCCACUACAUUGUUGAGAGGCGUGAAACUAGCAGACUAAACUGGGUAAUAAUGGAGACAGAGUGUAAGACUCUGGCGUGCGUCAGCAGUAAACUGAUCAAGAAUAAUGAGUACGUCUUCAGAGUCAGAGGUGUCAACAAGUAUGGACCUGGUGUGCCGCUGGAGUCUGAGCCUGUCAUUGCAAGAAACGCUUACACCAUUCCAUCACCACCUGGAUCACCAGAGAUUACUGCUGUUGGAAAGGAGCAUGUCAUCUUUGAAUGGAUGAAGCCAGAGAGUGAUGGUGGUAGUGAGAUCAAGAAUUACAUUGUGGAAAAGAGAGAGAAGAGCAGUGUCAGAUGGACAAGAGUAAACAGAACAUUCACCAUCUAUGACACAAGACUCAAGAUUAGUGGUCUGCUGGAAGGCAGUGAAUACCAAUUCCGUGUAACUGCUGAGAACGCUGCUGGACCCGGUUUGGCUAGUGACGCAUCUCCAUACAUCCUCUGCAAGGACCCAACAUAUACUCCUGCUCCUCCAUCCGUUCCACGCAUCACUGAUACUACCAAGCACAGUAUCAGCAUGAAAUGGACAAGGCCCAUGUAUGACGGUGGCUCUGAUGUCAUUGGUUACAUUAUUGAGAUCCUUGAGGAAGGAACAGAACAAUGGUACAGGGCUUCACUAAAGACCCUGAGCACAACAACAUUCAUUGCAGCUGGCCUAGCAAGUAACAAGAACUACUCAUUCAGAGUGGCAGCUUUAAAUGCAAUGGGUGUUGGAGAAUUCAGUGAAGGCAGUGUGCAAACGUCACCCUCAGAGAGAGUUGAAAUGCCUGACUUUGAGCUUCCUGAUGACCUCAAGAAGACUGUCUGCCUGAGAGCAGGAAGUACUCUGCGCCUGUUUGUAAAAAUACUUGGAAGACCAGCACCAGUGGUCACCUGGAGAAAACCUGGUGUGGAACUGACUAGUCGUGGAUAUAUUGAGACAACUGACCAUUUCACAAGCCUAACUGUUGAAAAAGUGCAUCGUUAUGAUGCUGGAAAAUACAUUGUUGAGGCUGAGAAUCCAUCUGGCAAGAAGACAUCUACCAUUAUUGUCAAAGUUUAUGAUACUCCUGGACCUCCUGGCGCCGUCAAAGUCAAGGACUACACUAAAGAAUCUGUGGUAAUCACAUGGGAUGUGCCAAGUAUUGAUGGUGGUGCACAUAUCAGCAAUUACAUCAUUGAGAAACGUGAAGCUUCCAUGAAAUCAUACAAAACUGUUACAACCGAGUGCAGGAAGACAUUGUACAGAAUCACAGGUCUUGAUGAAGGAACACAUUACUUCUUCAGGGUGCUGCCAGAGAAUAUUUAUGGUAUUGGAGAACCUCGCGAAAUCAGUGAAUCAGUUUUGCUCUGCGAAGUUCCAUCAAUUCCAGUUGAUCUUCAAGUUGUUGACAUUUACAAGUCAUCUGUCGCCCUUCGUUGGGAGAAGCCAUUCAAUGAUGGAGGCAGUAGAAUCACUGGUUUUGUCAUUGAAGCCUGCAAGCUGGGAACUGACCGCUGGGUGACAUGUGCUACUGUAAAAUCUUCAAUUCUGCACACCACUAUUGACUCUCUGACUGAGAAAGACCAGUAUAUCUUCAGAGUGAGAGCCAUGAACAGCAGGGGUACCAGUGAGCCAAGAGAACUCACAUCAUCUGUUACAAUUGAGGAACAGAAAGAUGUGCCCAGGAUUGAUCUCUCUGGCAUUCCCUCAAAGAUUGUCAAUGUGCAUGCUGGCAAAGCAAUUGUGCUCACCAUUCCUAUCAAAGGAAAACCUGCUCCAGUUUGUUCAUGGUUCUUCAUGGGUGUCCAGAUGAAGGCUAAUCUGGAACGUAUCAAGAUGGAAACAACCGCCACAUACACCAAACUCACUGUGCGUGAAACAACAAUUCAUGACACUGGAAAUUACACACUCAAGGUGAAGAAUGACUUAGGAAUGGCAACGGAGACCAUCAAAGUCAUUAUUCUUGACAAGCCUGGAAUACCCAUUGGUCCUCUCAGAAUGGAUGAGACUGAUGGUGUAUCAGUCACUGUCAGCUGGGAACCACCAGAGAAAGAUGGAGGUGCCAAUAUCAGUUGUUAUAUCGUUGAACAGCGUGAGGCUCACACCCCGGGAUGGUCAACAGUAUCCGAAUCAGUCACAAGAACCACGUUUAAAUUUACCAGAUUAACUGAGGAAAAAGAGUAUGUGUUCCGUGUUGCUGCAUCCAACCGAUUCGGCAUGGGAGGUUUCUUGCAAUCAGAAGUUGUUGAGUGCAAGAGUGCCAAGACCUUACCUGGACCACCAAGCACACCAGACAUAUUGGAUGUGUCUCAUGAUGGUAUGACUUUGACCUGGCAACCACCAGAAGAUAAUGGAGGUUCCACAAUUGCUGGCUACAUCAUUGAACGCAAGGAAACCAGAUCAGACAGAUGGUUGUGCAUCAAUAAGAACCCUAUAACAAUGACCAGAUACAGAUCUACUGGUCUGGUGGAAGGUCUUGAGUAUGAGUACAGAGUAUUUGCCAUCAACUCCAGAGGCAAUGGCAAACCCAGUAUAUGCUCUAAACCUAUUAUUGCAAUGGAUCCUAUUGAACCACCUGGACCACCAAUAAGUCCAAAGGUUACAGAUACCACCAGAACAUCUGUCUCCCUUGCUUGGCAAACUCCUGAGGAAGAGGGAGGUUCUGUGGUGUCUGGAUAUCUGGUUGAGAUGCAGAAGGUUGACCAGGUUGAAUGGACAAAGUGCAACACAACACCAACAAAGGUCUGCGAGUAUACUCUGACGCAUAUGCCACAAGGUGCUGAAUACAAAUUCCGUGUGAUGGCAUGCAAUGCUGGCGGAGCUGGAGAACCUGUUGAGGUUCCAGGAAUUGUCAAGGUCACAGAAAUGCUUGAAUAUCCUGAUUAUGAACUCGACAAGAAGUACCAAGAAGGAUACAUUGUCAGACAGGGUGGAGUCGUCAGUCUGUCUGUACCAAUUAAAGGCAAACCUCUCCCAAAUUGCAAGUGGACAAAAGAAGGCCGUGAUAUUUCUUACAGGGCAAUGAUUGCCACUGGUGAAGAGCGCACUGAGCUUGUUAUUAAGGAUGCCCACAGAGAUGACACCGGCACUUAUGACCUUGUGCUAGAGAACAAAUGUGGCAAAAAGACCGUUUACAUCAAUGUUAAAGUCAUCGGACGUCCAGACACACCUGAAGGUCCUCUUGAAUUCGAUGAUAUCCAGGCUCGUUCUGUGAGAGUGAGCUGGAGACCUCCUUCCAAUGAUGGUGGCUCCGAUAUUCUCGGCUACAUUGUGGAGAGACGUGAAGUUCCAAAAGCAGCUUGGUGUACUGUGGACUCAAGGGUGAUCGACACAUCCCUUGUGGUUAAAGGACUCAAGGAAAAUGUUGAGUAUCACUUUAGAGUGUAUGCUGAAAAUCAGUUUGGUGUCAGCAGAUCCCUGAAAUCAGAUGAGACUGUCACACCCAAAACACCCCUCAGUCCACCAGAGCCUCCCCUCAAUCCUCCAGAGAUCAUGGAUGCCACAAAGACUACUAUUUGUAUCUCUUGGGCGAAGCCCAAAGACGAUGGUGGCUCUCGUGUCACAGGAUACUAUGUUGAGAGAAGGGAGGUGUCUACAGAGAAGUGGGUGCGUCACAACAAGACUCACAUCACCACGACAAUGUACACCCUCACCGGACUUAUCCCUGAUGCAGAGUAUGUGUUCCGUGUGGUUGCCCAAAGUGAUAUUGGUCAGAGUGAACCUGGAGCUGUUUCUGAAUCAGUAGUGUGCAAAGAUCCAUUCGACAAACCAAGCCAGCCAGGGGAAAUCGACAUUGUCUCCAUUACAAAAGACAGUAUUACCAUUCACUGGCUCCGUCCAGAAUCUGAUGGUAACAAAGAGAUCCUGGGAUACAUGGUUGAAUUCAGACAGGCAGGUGAAAGUGCCUGGAAGAAAUGUGCAAAGGAACGCUCUAAAGACCGUCAGUUUACUAUGGGUGGUCUUGAGGAGGCAACUGAAUACGAGUUCAGAGUGAUCGCUGAAAAUGAAACUGGUUUGAGCAGACCACGAAGAACUGCCAUGGGAAUAAAGACCAAAUUGAGCGUUGGAGAGACUCCAGCCCUCAAGGAGGAUAUAAAAGAUGUUACGACUAACCUGGGAGAACCAGGCACGUUGACAUGCCAGAUUAUUGGCAGACCUCUUCCUGAAAUCAAAUGGUACAGAUUUGGAAAGGAACUGAUCCAGAGCCGCAAAUACAAGAUGAGCUCUGAUGGCCGUAACCACUCCAUCACAGUGGUCACAGAUGAGCAGGAAGAUGAGGGCAUGUACACCUGCAGAGCCAUAAAUGAGGCUGGUGAAAUUGAGACCAGUGGGAAGCUCCGUUUGCAGGCAGCACCUGCAUUCCAUUCUGGAUUCCCUUUGAAAGAAAAGUACUAUGCUGGAUCUGGAACAAGCCUUCGCCUUCACGUCGUAUACAUUGGACGACCAAUCCCACAAAUCAUGUGGUUCUAUGGCAAAAAGCCUCUGAAUGCAUCCGAGAGUGUCAUCAUUGAGAACACAGAGAGUUACACUCACCUUGUGAUCAGAAAUGUCCAGCGUAAGGAAAAUGCUGGAAGAUACAAGGUGCAGCUGAGCAACAAAUAUGGCACAGUUGACACAACUCUACGUGUUGAAAUCCAAGAUAAACCAGCCAUCCCUGAAGGACCAAUUGUCGUUGAAUCCCUGCGUAAAAACUAUGUGAUUAUCAGCUGGAAACCACCAAAGGAUGAUGGUGGUGCAGCGAUUACCAACUACAUUGUGGAGAAGCGUGAAGCCAAAGAGGGCGAGAAGUGGAAUCUUGUGUCAUCCUCAAUUUCAGGAACAUCAUGCCGUGUUCCAAAUCUGAAUGAGAGUUCUGGAUAUUACUUCCGUGUGUCUGCACAGAACCAGUAUGGUAUCAGUGAGUCACUUGAGAUUCCAGCAGUCCUCAUGCUCAAGAGUCCAUAUGAAAAACCUGGAAUUCCUCAACAACCUGUUGUUUCAGACCUCACAAAGGACUCUUGUAUUGUGACUUGGAAGGCUCCAUCCAGCGAUGGUGGUGCCAGGGUCAAGAAUUACUUCCUUGAAAAGAGGGAGAAGAAACAGAAUAAAUGGAUUGCUGUUACAACUAAAGAAAUCCAUGAGACCCAUUAUGAGGUUAUAGGACUCAUUGAAGGCUUUGAAUAUGAAUUCCGUGUCAAAUGUGAAAACAUUGGAGGUGAGAGUGACUGGAGUGAGUUGUCAGAGCCCAUCAUUCCAAAGUCAGAACAGAAACCUCGUGCUCCAGUCUUCAGGGAAGAACUGAGAGACAUGAUCGUCAAAUAUAAAGCACAUGCUACCUUUGUUACAAAGAUUGUUGGAUAUCCCAAACCAGUCAUUAAAUGGUACAAGGGUGGCAAAGAAAUUCUCCCAGAUGGACAAAAGAUCAAGGGGCACGAAUUCAAAGGAGGAUACUACCAACUUGUUGUCUCUGACGCGGAUGAGAGUGAUGCUGCCACUUACCAGAUCAGAGCAACAAACCGAAUGGGGUCAAUUUCGACAACUGUGAAUUUGGAUGUUGAAAUACCUGCAAAGAUUUACCUGCCCAAGCAUCUCCAAGGCUUUGGAGCUGUUCAUGCUGUUUGUGGUGAAGUCGUCUCAAUCAAGAUUCCAAUCAGUGGCAAACCUGAGCCUGCAAUCACAUGGCAGAAAGGAAAAGAUAUAAUUGACAACACUGUAUAUCAUCAAGUGAUUGUGACUAGAUCCUUUACUUCUCUUGUAUUCCCUAAGGGAGUUCAAAGGAAGAGUUCUGGUUACUACAUAAUUACAGCAAAGAACAGAUUUGGUGUUGACAAACAAACAGUUGAACUGGAUGUUGCUGAUGUACCCAGUCCACCCAAAGACUUGGUUAUCAGUGAUGUAUCAAGAGAUUCCAUCACUUUCACAUGGAGUCCUCCAGAAGAUGACGGUGGCACCCCAAUAAUUAAUUACAUUGUGGAGAAGUGUCCCACGACAGGUGAUAGAUGGAUCCGUGCUGCUACGACAACUGAACCGACAUUAACUUUAAUCAAUCUCUUUGGCAAGACCAAGUACCAGUUCCGUGUCAUUGCUGAAAACAGAUUUGGUGUGAGUGAACCAUCCAAGCCUACAGAGCCUGUGACAACAAAGGAAGAAAAAUCAAUCCUCAGAAAUUAUGAUGAUGAGGUGGAUGAGGCUAGAGACGUUGCUAAGGAGGAAGCUCCUCAUUCAAAGGUGAAGCUUGUGCCUAAAAAGUACGACAUUGCUGAGGAGUUUGCUCGUUCAGGACACUUUGGCACUGUUUGUCGCGCUGUUGAAUUAAGUUCUAAGAAGACUUUCUUGGCCAAAUUCAUUAAAGUCAAAGGUGCGGAUCGUGAGCUGGUGGUCAGAGAGGUUGAGACACUUAACCUGGCCAGACACAAGAACAUUCUGUAUCUGCACGAGACAUUUGAUAGCUUGGAGGAAUACGUCUUGAUCUAUGAAUUUUUGUCUGGCGUUGACAUAUUUGAUCGUCUUGGCACAGGCAACUUUGAACUAACAGAACAGGAAAUUUCACGCUACAUGAGACAGGUGUGCCAGGCUCUUAAGUUCUUGCAUAGUCACAACUAUGGACACUUUGACAUUAGACCUGAAAACAUCAUCUAUGCCACAAAAAGAAGCUCAACUAUCAAGAUCAUUGAGAUGGGCCAGGCUAGACAUCUGACUCCUGGAGAAAAUAUUAGGAUCCAGUUCACUGCAGCUGAGUACUAUGCACCUGAAGUCCACAAGCACGAUUUGGUUACCACAGCAACAGACAUGUGGUCAGUCGGUGUUCUGGCCUACGUGCUCCUCAGUGGCAUUAAUCCAUUUGGCGCUGAGUCUCAGCACAAGAUGAUUGAAAAUAUCACAAAUGUUGAGUACAUCUUUGACAAUGAGGCAUUCAGAGACAUCAGCAUUGAAGGUAUGGACUUUGUUGACAGACUGCUCGUUAAGCAGCGGAGGAACCGUAUGACUGCCUCUGAGGCACUUGAACAUCCUUGGCUCAAGAUGAAGAUUGAAAAUGUCAGCAACAAAGUCAUCAAAACGUUGAGACACAGAAGGUACUACCAGUCAUUGGUGAAGAAAGAAUGGAGUACUGUGGUCACAGUAGCCCGUGUUGCCUAUGGUGGUGCCUACAGAAACCAGAAGGGUCUUACAGUUGAAAGAGUGAAGGUUGGAACUCCUGAGCAAGGCUUGAGACCAGGGCCUGUCAUGCAUGGCUCUGCUGAGGAAGGUGGUCAUGUGAGAUUCAUGUGCGCCAUUGCAAACUACGAAAGAAACACAGAGGUGACAUGGUACCACGGCUCUCGCAAACUAGUAGCAAGUCAUAAGUAUGAAAUCAGCUAUGCUAAUGGAUUUGCCAGUAUCUAUGUGAAGGACAUUGAGGAUUCAGAUGAUGGUUUAUACAGAUGCAAAGUUGUUAAUGAGGAGAGAGAGGAGAAUUCCUAUGCAGAGAUAUUUGUGGAAAGUGUAAGAUCUCAUCGUGAGUACUACCUGGGACGCACAGUUAAGAAAUUGAGGAGGGGAAUUGAUAAAUCUAAACUUCUUCAGAGGCCUCCUGAGUUUACACUGCCUUUGUACAACCGUACAGCAUACAUUGGUGAAGAUGUACGAUAUGGAGUGACAAUUACAGUCCAUCCAGAGCCACAGGUCACUUGGUUGAAGGCUGGACACAGAAUCAAACCUGAUGACAGCAAGUACACCUUUACAAGUGACAAGGGUCUCUAUCAGUUGCUUAUUCACAAUGUUGGAUUUGAUGAUGAUGCUGAGUACACUGUCAUGGCUCACAACAAGUUUGGUGAGGACAGCUGCACGGCCCGCCUUACAGUAACACACCAUCCUGUUGUUGAAGAGACAAUGAGGCCCAUGUUCAAGCGCCUUUUGGCAAAUGUGGAAUGUGUUGAAGGAGAGAGCGUCCGCUUUGACUUGAGGGUGUCUGGAAUUCCAGCACCAACCCUGAAGUGGGAGAAGAAUGGAAAGCCUCUGGAAUUCAGACCACAAGUUGCAGUUGUUCAAGAAGAUGCAGACUACCAUGUUCUGCACCUUCGCGAAACUCUUAUUGAGGACACUGGCACAUACAGAGUCACUGCAACAAACUCUGCAGGAUCAACAAGCUGCCAGGCGACACUUAGGGUUGACCGUCUUACCUACACCAGGAGAGAAUUUAAGAGCGAGGAUGAAAAACAGAAAUACGUUCAGAACCAAAUCAAAAAGACACUGAAGAUGGCACAGCACUUCUCAAGAACAGAGGUUGAUACAACACUCAAUCUUGCCGCACAAGAAGCUUUGAAAGAAGCUUCAGAAUUAUACAAACCAGCAUUCAGCACAAAGAAUGUCCAGGGUGAAUUUGACAUUACAGUGGAGAAGAGACCAAAGAUAUUAACGGAGGAGAGGAGAAUCCGUAUGCCCUAUGAAAUUCCAGAACGUCAGGCUCAUGAUCCAACUGUCCUUGAGGAGGACAUGGGUAUCAAACUCUUUGUUCCCCUGUCUGAAAUGAAGUGGUACAAGAAGCUGCGUGAUCAGUAUGAGAUACCUGAACGCAUGGAGAGAAUUGUGCAGAAGAGACAACCUCGCAUCCGUCUUUCCAGAUGGGAGCAGUUCUAUGUGAUGCCACUUCCAAGAAUAACAGAUCAGUACAGGCCAAGGUUCCGUAUUCCUCAGCUCUCUCAAGACGAUCUUGAAACUGUAAGACCAGCAAGGAGAUCACCUUCUCCCGAAUCAGUGGCAUCCUUCAGACAGAGAAGAAGGUCCCUUGGAGACCUGUCUGAGGACGAACUUCUGCAGCCUGUGGAUGAAUACCUGAAGUCGAAGAGAACUGAGGAGCAGCAGUUGCUUGAGGAGGAGCUUGAACUUGGCUUCUCUGCCUCCCCACUAAGUGGCAGUCCAGUACGCUUUGAACUGUCUUCACUACGCCGUGCAUCACCAAGGCCUGUGGCAAUGGCUGAGGUGAAGCAUGAGGAAAAGAAAAAGCGCACCACCGUUGCACAAUUCAUGAAAAGAAGAAGGUCACUGUCACCAACUUACAUUGAGCUGAUGCGUCCAGUGUCUGAAUUGAUAAGACCUCCUCGAGCUCGUCCCCCAGUGGAGGUUGAGGGAGUGGCUAUAGAAAGAAGAUCACCCACCCCUGAGAGGACACGUCCUCGCUCUCCUAGCCCGGUUUCCACAGAGAGGUCCAGAUCAUCUAGGUCAUCCUCCAGGUUCGAAAGGUCUGCCAGAUUUGACAUCAUGUCAAGAUAUGAAUCAAAGAAAGCAGCUCUUAAAUCUGAGAGGAAAUACCAGGUUGUUACUCAGACACCAUUCAGCCUUGACCAUGUUCCACGUAUUACUGUUAGAAUGCGUUCUCAUCGUGUGCCAUGUGGUCAGGACACAAAGUUCACAUUAAAUGUCCAAGCCAAGCCAGCGGCAGAAAUCAAAUGGUAUCAUAAUGGACAGGAAAUUCAAGAGAGCAGCAAAUACCAGUUCACAAAUAUGAGUGGAGUUCUGUCUAUAAAGGUCUCAGAGUGCAAUGCAGAGGACAGUGGAACAUACCGUGUUGUCUGCACAAAUUCAAAGGGAGAUGCAUCCGACUAUGCCACCCUUGAUGUUUCAGGUGGAGAAUUUUCCACAUAUACCUCCCGCCGUAAAGAUGAGGAGACCCCUGUAACUUUUGUUCCAGACAUCACAAAAACUGACUACUACCAUACAUCAUCAGUUAGAGCUUCUUCCUCUUCGAGAACUCACCUUGAGAUUAAAGAAACCUCAACAAAGUACAUGGAAAGACGUGAGGUAUCAGCAUCAGAAUAUGCUGCAGCUGAGAGGGUGGCAUCAUCACCUAUAAGAUAUGCUUCAACUGAAUACUUGUCUUCAGCAUCUUAUUCCUCAUCAGAAAAAUUUGCUGCUACUUCAAAGUCAAAAACAGUUGAAGAGGUCAAAAAAGUUAAGGCCACUUUAUCUGCAAGAAUCCUCACAAAGCCCCAGUCAACUACAGUUUCUCUCGGGGAGACUGCAAGAUUUACAUGUGAUAUUGAUGGUGAACCAGCACCAAGUGUGACAUGGCUGCAUGAAGGAACCACUAUUGUAUCAUCUCACCAUUACCAGGUGACUACAACACAGUACAAGUCUACAUUUGAAAUCUCCUCUGUUGAGCUUUCUGAUGAGGGCACCUACACACUGAUAGUGGAGAAUUCAGAGGGCAAACAAGAGGCAAGAUUUACCUUGACCAUCCGUAAACCACCACCUAAAGAGGAGGUCAUUGCCCCACCUCCAAGUGUGAAGUCCCCUGAGCCUGAGGUAAAAUCCCCAGAGCCAAUUCAAGUAGCCUCACCAGAGCCCAGAGUCAAAUCACCUGAGAGUGUGAAGUCCCCAGAACCAGUUACCGCACCCGAGAGGGUGGCAUCCCCCCCAAUGGUCAAAUCUCCAGAGCCCAUUACAUCACCUCCAAGGGUCAAAUCCCCAACACCAAUUAAGUCCCCAGAGCCGGUGACUUCACCACUAAGGGUGAAAUCUCCAACUCCAGUAAAAUCUCCAGAACCAAUCACAUCACCACUAAGGAUGAAAUCUCCAACUCCAGUCAAAUCGCCUGAACCAAUUGCUUCACCACCAAGGGUGAAAUCUCCAACUCGAGUCAAAUCUCCAGAACCAAUCACAUCACCACUAAGAGUGAAAUCUCCAACUCCAGUCAAAUCUCCAGAACCAAUCACAUCACCCCUAAGGAUGAAAUCUCCAACUCCAGUCAAAUCUCCAGAACCAAUCACAUCACCCCUAAGGAUGAAAUCUCCAACUCCAGUCAAAUCUCCAGAACCAAUCACAUCACCCCUAAGGGUGAAAUCUCCAACUCCAGUCAAAUCUCCAGAACCAAUCACAUCACCCCUAAGGGUGAAAUCUCCAACUCCAAUUACUUCACCACUAAGGAUGAAAUCUCCUACACCUGUGAAAUCUCCAGAGCCAAUUGCCUCACCUCCAAGAAUCAAGUCUCCAGUGCCAAUUGCUUCGCCACCAAGAAUCAAGUCUCCAGUGCCAAUUACAUCACCCCUAAGGGUGAAAUCUCCAACUCCAGUCAAAUCACCAGAGCCCAUCACUUCACCUAAACGGGUAAAAUCCCCAACACCAGUUAAGUCUGCCCCACCAAAGAUGGUUCAGCAGCUUAAAGCAGAGGCCUCUGAAGACAAAGUGAAAAUGUACUGUGUUGCUGAAAGCAUGGUGAAGGAAGUUGUGUGGUACAAAGGGAGCAAGAAAUUGACACAAGGCAGCCACUAUCAAAUUCAAACCUCUGCUGAUGGAACCUGCUGCCUGUUUAUCUAUGACGUCUCUGAGAGUGACCAAGGUGAAUACACCUGCGAGAUUACUACAGAAGGAGGAAUGUCCAAAACAUCAUUCUCCUUCACUGGCCAAGUGUUCCAGAGCAUAUACUCAAAAGUGACAGCUUUUGUAGCAACGCACAUGGCAAUUCAACAAUCUGUAAAGACUUCUGAGGUCAUGACCCAUGGAUUCCAAGAGUCAUCUGAAAUGAUGGUCAUGAAAGAAAGUUCCGCUUUCUCAUCCAAGUCUGUCCACAUGGAGAGCUCUGUGCAAGAGGCCUCGUUCAGCAGUGCCAGCAUGGCUGAAAUGAAGUUUGAAACAAUGUCUCAAUCCAGCAUGUCCUCAAUGACAUCCGAGUCAGUUUACGCAAUGAGUUCAAGCAGUAUAUUGUCAAGUCACUCGCAUCUAGAAGGGACCUCCAUGAGAUCCAUGCUGCAAAGUGGGCAAGGCUCAGCACCUAGAAUUGAAGCCCUCCCUGAGGAUAUCAGCAUUGAAACAGGGAAGGUUCUUACUGUUACCUGUGCUUUCUCUGGAGAGCCCAUCCCUCACAUUGAGUGGUCCCGCUCAGGAAAGAAACUGCCUGGUGAGGAGGAAAGUGGCAGAUUCCACAUUGACACCACAGAAGACCUCACCACACUCAUCAUCACCAGUGUCAAAGAGAGUGAUGCUGGCGCAUACACCCUCAAACUUUCCAAUGAGCAUGGAUCUGACACAGCAACUGUCACCAUUAGUAUUCGAUCAGUGUAAAAGCAAUACGAUUAUUUCUAAUCCCCCUCCCUCUUUAAGUGCCUUUUUAUUUAUUAAAUGAGCAAAGAAAUCUUUACUUGAUAAAUACCUGGAUUACUGUUCCUGUAAAUAUGAACUAUUUUUAUACCAAACUUGACAUUAAUUUAUGCCAAACUAGACUAAAGUCUAAAGUUGUUAUAAAAUGUGCCAUAUUGGAUAAUUAUGACUUAGGAUUUUUGGAUCCAUUUUUCUGUGACAUGUACAUAAUGUAUAUAGCCGAAUUUAACGGUUAUGGGAAAUGUAUGAAUUGUUAUUUAUGACAAUAUAAACUGAAACACAAGGAACUAAAUGUUUAACAGGAGAAAGUUUCGCAUGAAACGAAUACCCUGAAAAACUAGAAACGAAACUAUGUGCCUCAACAAAAAGUUGAAGUCUUAAGAUUGCCUCAACAGGUAGAGAGGCUCCCUGUUGAAGUUGAAACUAAAUCUGAGAGACAAUAUAAUAAUCACUGUAUGCCCACGCAUGCAGUGCUUUUACCGUACUCUUAUGAAAUGUUACUUGACCAUAAGACCUUGAGUGCUGUUUGCAUAUUACCCUCAUGUAAGCAGGACAACUAGGCCUUGUGUUCAGACUGACUAUGUCAUACCACCAUUUUAAUGACAUGCUCAAAGUGCGAGCGGCCUGCACUAGAGCAAAAGUUUUUAUGUGCUCUGUUUCUGGCAAAGGACUGCCUGCAUAUGCUUUAAAAAACAUCACCUGGCCAUAAAUCAAGAAAGUAUAUCUUGUACUUCUUUGCAGAAACAGAGCCUUCUCUCGGAGGAUUGCUUUUGUGCAUCAUGUGUGUUUGUGUGUUAGCUUUAGUAUUUCACCCUGUCAGUCGUUGGGGCAACUAUCAAGAAAGUGUACCACAGUAACAACACCUGCUGUGCAAAGAAGACUUAACAAAAGUAAUAUGCCCUACACUUUGGUUUGAUUGAAUGUAGUAUUGUAGUAUUACUUAUAUAUGCAACCUCCUUGAGUUUUAUUAUUAUUGAUUCAAUAAAGCAUGAUUUCAGCACAUACA